GGGCGAGGGGGUCGCCUGCGCCUGCGCGCCAGGCGCCGAGAGACGGCGGCCUUGACAGCUUGCGCCUUGUGUGCCGUAGAAGGGGCGGGGGAGAGCGAGCGCGCAUGCGUGGUAGGGGCAGCUUCGGGGGCUCGGGUGGAGACAGCCGCCGCCGCCGCCGCCGCCGCGGCACUGAGAGGAUUCCCCCGUCCGCGCCUCCCUCCGCCCGCCCGCCCGCCCGCCCGCCCGCCUGGGCCUGCUCAGCCGCUGCCGUUGCCGCCGCCGCCGCCGCCGCCGGAGUCCCGGCCCCUCCCGCGGGGAGGCACGAAGGUCCCGGGAGCCGCGACGGGGCAGGCGGGACCAUGUCCGGGCGCGCCCAGAGCGGCAAACUGUCCACGACGGAGCGCAUCGUGAAGGGUGAGGGGCCGGGGGCUCCGGGGGGGGGCGGACUCGCCGCCUCCUCGCCCCGUUUUGGCCGGGGGGCAUUUGAGGGAAUGGGAAUAAUAAGCCGGGAUUAAUCACAAUAAUCGUUCGUGAGGAGCUGCAGGAUCCUGUGGCGAUGGGGGCGGAAGGGCGGCCCUCGGCCUGCGCUGUGGGGCAGCGGGGAAGCGGGCGGGCGGGCGGGCGGCGGCGGCAGCAGCUGCUGCCAAACCCCCCUAGCGAUGGGGCGGAAGGGCAGCCGGUCCCUCGCCCCACAGAGCUGCAGUUUCCCCAUUGCUCAGGGUGGGGGAUCCUGGAUGGGGGUACCCUGGAUGUCGAAGCCACGAAGCAAAGAGAUGCGGGGGUGGGAGGUCUCUGGUGUCCCUUCACUCUCAGGCAAGGGAGCUGCAAGGGGGCCGAGGAAGGGGCUGGGUGGAGGGAAAAGGCUGCCCGCCUGCCUCCCUCUGGGGAGUCCGGAGUGGUCCACUGCGAGGAUGCGUGGAGGAACAAGGAGGUGGAGCUGUGACAUAAAUUAGGGGGGCAGGAAGGGCUGAUGCAGAACUAGGACUGAGGGCUGGUGGUGACACCCUUGUGUGACAGUGACAUUUCAAAGCCCUGUGCUACUUACAGCAACCUUUUUCUUUUUCAUGUGCUUGUGGGGUGUUUGUGCAGCUGUUAAAUGGGUACAUAGGAGCAAAAUGUGAAAACAAUCUGUGUGGCAGAUAACAGCUGGGAUGGGUGGGUGUGCGUGCGCUCAGGCGGGGUCAUCAGGUCCCCAUUACCAGUUGACUAUGGUGCUUACAGGCAUACUGCAACCUUUCUUUGCUGUUACUCUUUAAACCUUCCAGCUUUUCUUCAGCAUGCUUGUUAAUUUAAUGGUCAGUGACCACCUAAACCCCCCUCCCCCAUUUGUGUGCCUGAAACAGCACAUGCUGUUUUAAAAUAGCCAGUGAUACUGGAAACAGUUAAUAAGCAGGAGGGCAAAAUGUUAAUCGAGAAGCUGUUGGAUUAGUGGGAGGCUUUUACAAUGUAGAUUUAGCUGUCCUAAUUAAUCUGAUUCCAGCUAUCAUACCCCACGUAUUGGGAAAAGAUCUUUCAUACACUCAUUUGUUUAAAUGUGCAUGCUGCACCCUGCUAGCUGUUCAAGAUAAACAACUUCAGCAAUGCAGGUACUAGGAGAACUUGGACAUCAGAAAUUGUUAUGACCAGCCAGUUUAGCUUUGAUCUCUUCUGUUGCAGGUGUUAACUAGAUCUCUGCCAUGUUGUCUUGUAAGUGUUGUGGUUCAUUAUUCCAAGACUCCUAUUGUUAUCUGUUUUUCAAGUCCCAGUUUGAAUGCUUGUAUUGUAUACAAGGUGUUCACCUCUGGUAAACAGUAUUUUGAAAGAUAGUUGAUUGUUAUUGAGCUGAUGGGGUCUUGCAGUAAUGAUGUAGUUGGCCAAUAGGUGCAGAAUUCCAGAUAAAGGACCCCCCCCAUUCCACUUUUAUUUCUGAUCCCAUCUCCCCUCCUUUCCCCCUUCCUAUCAUAUGCUUAUGAAGAUUUUUUAACACUUUUUUUACACUUUACUUUUUGUGCUGCUGAUGAGUGAGUAGUAGAAAUUCAAGACUAAUCUUGAGUAUGUUCAUUUGUUCUUACCAUAGAAUUUGGAGCUCUCACUUCAACAUUCAUUGAAAGAAUUUAGAGGUGGGGAGAAAGAGAAAUACUACCAUUGAGCCUUGUUGUAUUCACCUUGCUUGUGUAAACAGAGGAUGGCUUAAGAGUGGCAAGAACUAACUACCGUACUUUUCCGUCUAUCAGGCACCCCCAUGUAUAAGACGCCCCUAUUUGGGGGGACUCAAAUUUAAGAAAAUGGGGGGAGAUGGCACAGAGUUGUUGAACUUUUUUGUAGAGGAUUGCCCAGAGUUGUUGAGCUUUUUUUGAGGGGGGAUUGCCGAAAAUCGCUCACCCGCACACAUUGCUAAAUCCGCCUCCUGUCUUUCCCUGACGCAGCAACCAAUAACACACACAAUAGCCGCUGACAGCCGUGGCAGCAACCAAUCAAACGUCCAACCUAUGCACCAUCCAUGUAUAAGACAACCCCCACUUUUUAGCAUGAUUUUUAAAGAAUAAAACAUAGUCUUAUACACGGAAAAGUACGGUAAUUGCUUUGAUGUGACUCUGAGAGCUGUUUUGUGUAAGACCAUAGGAGAAUAUAAUACCUGAUAGCCUGGUCCUAUGCAUUCAUGCUUGGAAAUAAGUGUCAGUGAAUGCAAUAGAGGUUACUUCAAAGUUAGCAUGCACAGGAUUGAGCUCUAAGGAUGUGAACUUGGAGCUGGGAAGCCUCUUGUGUGGUGUUGGGGAGACAGAAUUUUGGACUUGGACCAGAGAUAUAUGUGUUCAAAUCCCCACCCACUUACCCACUUGGUGGUCUGGGGUAGUCGACAACUCUUGGCCUAACUGCUUGUAAAAGGAAAAUGGAGAGGGAAAUAGACUGCAGUAUAAUUAACUUUAGUCAAUAAGUUUAUGACCAGUUGUGGCCUGAUAUAUGUCUAAUGCAGGGGUCAGCGAACGUUUUCAGCAGGGGGCCGGACUAUAUUUUUUGGGGGAGGGGAAUGAACGACUGAGGCUAAGGAGAGAUGGCGGCUCCGGAGGAGCGGCACCAGGUGUGUGUGACUGGACUUUGGCGCUGGGUAAUCCCUGAGCCACCACCAACACAGGUGCCUUCUUGCAAAAAGGGAGGCAGACUCCCAAGUCCCCCAGAGACCCCUUUGACCAUAUCCACCCCUGACCUUUACACACUCAGAAAAAGGAAGAAAAAAACUAGGACUUUUUUAAAGCUGCUGCAACAUGGGACUGCACAGCUCCUUCUGCAAAAAGUAGAUGAGGGUGAGAGAGCGGCCAGGUGAAGCUUGAGGCAAACAGGGGAAGGUGCUUUUAAAAAAGCCCCAGUAGAGAGAUCCCCCCCCUGCUUGCACACAAGUAGGAAUGGGAUUGGGGCUGCUCUGAUAGGCAGCGCGAAGCCUCCCUUCCCAGCUGAGGGAUCCCAACCCGAGAAGCCGUACGCACAUCUCCGUCUCCUGAGACGGCAACAGCUAGAGCGGCGGUGCCUGCAAUGUUUCCUGCGACGGAAAGGGACUUGGGGUCUCUGGCGCUCACCUGCGCACAGCCCCUCCCAGGAAAGGCCCUCCCCGCCCUGAGUAAUUCCUGACUUCGAGGCCCUGAGCCAAAACGACUGCACCCCCGCUGCUCACUCCUCUGUAGCACCUGGGCAAUUGCCGGGCGCCAGAUUUAGAACCCUGCUGGGCCUGAUCCAGCCCGGGGACCAUAGUUUGCCGACCCGAUCUAGUAUAUUAAGUAGUUCCAGAAUUCAGUGAGAAAAAAAUCACUAUACAAGCGUACAGUGCGGAAUGAGUGAAGCAGCAUUUGAGAUAUAGAAGCAUCUUAAUGUUUUUUCUGUCUUCAUCAUGAGUUCCAAUGUGAUGAGUGUUUUGGUUCACUCUCCUUCCUUCCAAUGUUGGCAGCAGACCCUAUUUGAAGUAAUUUUGGAUGCCCGGGGCUCUAUUUCUUUUAAGGCAAAAUGAUUGCAAGGUAAUUUACUGUAUCCGCUAAACUUAUAUUUGAGUUCUGGGGAGAAAUCCAGACUUUGAUCACUUUCUGGACUGAAAAUGUCCGUCUUAUUAAAUAUACAAGACUGUAUUUGCUCCAUAUAUUAAUUUUUGCAAGUGACUUUGCAAACAUUAGAUCUUCUUUAAGCUAUGCUAUUUCUAUCCUUUAUUAAACCAACCCUUCCCCCAUCAAUUUACUUGGGCCCCUUUUCACAUUUCUCAUUCCAAGCACUGACCUUAGAAAAUUCCAUGCUGAGGAUCAGUAUCUUGUUUUAGCAUUGUCUUUAUUUUAAAAAAUAUGAAGGAAUAUCUCUGAGGAGGUUUUUGGGAUCUGACUCUUACAGAACUGAUUCUACAACCUUGAUGUAAUUCUUGCAAACUUGACACUAAAAAUAUCUGACUUGCUGAACACUGAAUAGAAGAAAGCAGCUCAAUAAGAAACUUAGUGCUGAUUUCUCCCUUCCCGCCAUUAGUCCCGUGGACACCUAAAUCUAUUUCUACAUCCAAAUCAUUUGUGAAAUUUGGUGGAACCUUAGCACAGUUGCAGAAACUUGCAAAUGCAAAGGACUAGCAACGUAUGUAAGCCAAGUUAAAAUAAGUUUAGUAAUGCCAGAUGAUAAAGCCACUGUCUUCAUUCAUUCAUCCAUUCAUUUCAAACAUGGGGCUUAAAAACUGAAUAGACCAUGAGUAUGGAGUUUCCUCCCCAGUUGAUAACUGCCCUCUCCAGGUGAGAAAAGAACAUCUCCUUAUGGAUUGUCUUAUGACAAUCUCAGUGUAUGAUAGCCAUGGUUUUAGGUUAGUGUGUGCUGAAUUCCAGCCACAUUGGUGCACAGCAAAACUGUCUGAAAGGGCAGGGUUUAAUCCGUUUGACUUUUCAUGUGUUUCUACAGGCAUUGUCCUUGACCCAACUGUCUGCAAAUCAGAGAUGAUUGCAUGAGGAGACAUUUACAUACAAGGUGGACAAGAGCACAAGAUAGAGCAAUAAGCAUUACAUCCAACCUGGGAAUUGUGGUUUGUUGCACUGAAACCACAGUUGAAAACCCCAGAACAACCCCUGGCUUCGCAUAAUGGUUUGUUUAGAAGGAAAGAAACCAUGAUCUUCAUUUCAGAUGUACUGUAAUACUAAGUUAGGAAUUGUGGUCUGUUAGGGGAGGAGCAAAGCAGGAGCCAUUUUGGCACUAACUAUGGUUUACAGUGACAUGCAGACAUAGUCACUGGUUCGCCAGAAAUGGCUUAGUCAUGCUGGCCACAUGACCCGGAAGCUGUACAUCAGCUCCCUCGGCCAGUAAAGCGAGCUGAGCACCACAACCCCAGAGUCGUCCACGACUGGACCUAAUGGUCAGGGGUCUCUUUACCCUUUACCGUAAAAGGGCACUUUUGUGUAUAACUCCUUCGCUUAUAAAACAUGAGAUAUAUUCUGCAAAUUAGAUUACUCAUGGUAUUGGUUUUCAUAUGCAAUUGUGCAAAAGCGGAUGAGAGAAGAUUAAAAUUCCAUCCAUGCUGCAACAUCUCAAAGCAGUUUUACUUGUAAGUUUUGUAAACUUGUAAAAGUAUUGGGUUUUGCUUGGUCAUAGCUUAAUUAUCGAAAUAUGAAAGGCUUGAUUCUUUAUCAGUUACAGUAGGCUUCCAGUAAUUCAUUGUAAAACACUGGAAUUUGGCUGCUAUAGCCAAAUGCUGUAUCAUAAAUUGAUGUUAUAAGACAUCUACUGUAACAAUUACGUUUGAAACCAAAAUUAUUCCAAGUGCCACUACUUAGCUAGUGAGUUUUAGUUUUUAAGCUUUUCUGACGGCCUUUUCUGUAAUCCAGCAGACCUUUAGUGAGCAAAUCACCUAAAAUAUAGUUCCAUAUUACAAUGGAGCUUAAAAAUGGCUUUUUUGGAGCAUACUUGAUUGAGCAAUAACACCAAGUUUCCAUUUGCUGUCAUUUCAAAUAACCAGUGAGGGGCUCUUGAUUGAGUUGGGAGAGGGUUGAGAGUCCCAGAUAUUAGAACCAAUCAAAGAAUCAUAGUCAGAAGAGAUAUUGGAGAUCAUCUAGUCACCCAGCUGCUUGCACAGCACAGAGCUGGAAUCUUUUUAUUGUUUGAUUUAUUUGAAGUAUAUAUACACUGGUCUUCAGUCCAAAAAGAGCCUUAACAAUGAUCAAUAAAUAGACGUAUGGUCUUGAGUUUAUAAUCUAGGCACAACACAAAGGGAUUUACAGAGGUAGCAGGUACAGUGGUACCUUGGGUUACAGAUGCUUCAGGUUACAGACUCCGCUAACCCAGAAAUAGUACCUCGGGUUAAGAACUUUGCUUCAAGAUGAGAACAGAAAUCGUGCUCCGGGGGCAUGGCGGCAGCGGGAGGCCCCAUUAGCUAAAGUGGUACCUCAGAUUAAGAACAGUUUCAGGUUAAGAACAGACCUCCAGAACGAAUCAAGUUCUUAACCCGAGGUACCGCUGUAUAAAUCAGAUUUAGACUCUACUUCUUAGUUUUGCUUCAUAAUUUAGAAUGCUAUAGGGCUAGACCACCCUUUCUAGGAACAUUGUGGCAAAACUGAAACAUUUUGUGAUACGGGUUAGUGGUGCCAAACUGAGGGUCAUUGAAAAUCAAAAGGGAUGCCCAAAGGCCCAUUUCCUGCCUUUUCCCCUGACAGGGACUCAAGGUGGCUUACAGAAAAAAAUAGGAAUAGCUAUGACAGAGGGAAGGGGAACAAUCAUUAACAAACAGUUAAACAUUAAUAAAAUUAAAAUCAUCUAUCUAUCAGAUCUAUCUAUCUAUCUAUCAGAUCUAUUAAAACAUAUACAUAUGGUAAUUACCAGCCCUUUCAUUAAAAGCAGUCAGUUCCGAAAAGCCUUUCGGAACAAGAAAGUCUUCACCUGCUAGUGGAAGGACAACAAGGAGGGAGCCUAUCAAACUUCUCUAUGGAGGGAACUCCAAAGUCCAGGAGCAGCCACCGAGAAGGCCCUCUCCUGCAUCCCUACCAAGUGUGCCUGUGAGAGUGGUGGGACUGAGAGAAGGGCCUCCCUGGAAGAUCUCAGAGCCCAGGCAGGAUCGUAUGAGGAAAUAAGCUCUUUCAAAUAGCCUGGGCCUACGCUGUAUUCUUCUUUUUCUUUGGUGAUCACUUGUAGCCGAGUAAGAUUGUCUUCUAUGAACACAGUCUUAACGGUGUGUCCGCAAGUGACUGUGGAGGCCAAUUCUGGAUCCACAUGUCCUUCCACAGUGGAGACAUAGGUGCCUUCAACUUAGCUCCUUUCUUCCUUUUGUCCUGAAUUUGUGCUUCUUCAAAGUCCAUGAUGCCUUUGGUAGAGGCUGUUCUCCAAUUGGAGCACUCACAGGCCAGUGUUUCCCACCCAAUUAUCUGUGCUUAUACUUCAGUUUUAAAGAUUUAUUUUUAUUUAAAGACACUUGGGAGUGUCUUUAAACCUCUUUUGCUGUCCACCAGCAUUUCACUUUCCAUUCUUAAGUUCAGAACAGAAUGCAGUUGUACCCAGGAGCUUCCUUCAGCCACUCAGAAGCUGCGCUUUGGUUUUCGAACGUUUUGGAAGUUGAACUGACUUCCGGAAUGGAUUCUGUUUGCCUUCCAAGGUAUGACUGUAGUUGCUUUGGAAGGCGAUAAUCAGGCAUCCGAACAACAUGAGCAGUCUAACAAAGUUGAUGUUGAAGAAUCAUUGCUUCAACACUGGUGUUCUUUGCUUUUUCCAGUACACUGACAUUAGUUUGCCUGUCUUCCCAAGUGAUAUAUAAUUUUUUCCAGAAACCCCGUGGAUGGAAUUUUUUGAGGAGUUGGAGAUGGCAUUUAUAAGUGGUCAGUGUCAUAACCAGCACUUUAAAUUGUUCCUGGAAGCAGACCAGUAGCCAGGGGAGCUGUCGUACUGAGUGACUGGGAUGCUGCCUACAGCCAGCCCUGGCUAACAAUCUGGCUGCAGUUUUUUGAGCCACUUGAAGUUUCUGAGCACUUUUCUAAGGCAGCGCCAGGUAGAGUGUGUUUCAGUAAUUCUAACAGGAUAUAACUAAGGCAUAUGUCACUGUGGCCAAACUGUUUCUAUAACAGUGUUUUUACAUCACAUUGUUAACCAUUCACCCUGGUGCAGAUCUUAGACCCUAGAUUUAUAGCUAGAAAUGAGGACAGAAUUGCGAUUAUAUAUUUAUAGUCAUAUAUAAUCGCAAUUCUGUCCUCAUUUCUAGCUAUAAAUCUAGGGUCUAAGAUCUGCACCAGGGUGAAUGGUUAACCAAUGGUUAACAAGCAGUACUUUUAGGGCUUGAAGUUGGAAAAUUACAUAUAAAUGUUGCAAAAUACAGAACAACUUUGUGUAUUUGGUCCCGUCAGGCAAUGGCUCAAUUGCAAUGGCAAGGAUAUAACCAACAUGCUACCCUGCUGUCGAAAGAAUUGCAUUGGCUACCAGUUAGUUCAAGGUAUUGGUUUUGGUGUAUAAAGCCCUACACAUCUUGGCACCAGAUACCUGAAAUGUUGUUUCAUUCACCCCGAACAUACUCAGUUGAUCACUGCAUUUUAAAAUAAAGGCCUCUUGCAGGUGCCAUCUUAUAAGGAGGUCUGUUCUGCACAAGGUUAGAAUCAGUCCAUUAGUGUUGUGGCAUCUAUCCUUUGGGAUUCCUUCGCCUUGAAUAUUAGUCAUGUUCCAUCUGUGUUGUCUUUUCAGUGCCUACUAAAGACCUUCCUCUUUCAACAAGCCUUUUAAGCUGUGAUCUUUUCCCAGUCUGCAUCUGUACUGAAUUAUUCUUAAGAUUUUUUGUGUUUGUUUGUUUGUUUUUUAUUGCUUAUAACAAAAUCCGUUUGGAGGAAUGGCGGGAAAGAAAUAAUCUGUCACUCUCUCUCAGCCCAAACUAGAAUGCUUAUGAAAAUAAAACGAUAAUGGAGAGAACCACAAGUUAUUGAAAGAGGAGCAAGAUAAAUAUAUUUGUGACAAUGAAAAGAAUAAAAAAGUUUUGGCCAUGAUUGAUAAUAUGUAAUGAGAUGGAUUGGGAUAUAAAUAAAAAAUGGCUUCAGGAUACACUAUUUUGUCUAGUUAAUGACAUUUGCUGUGUAUGAUUAUCUAGUACGUAUUGAAGAGGUCAGUGGUGAUAAAACUUAACCAAAUAUCUAUGGAUAUAUUGCUACUCAAUUGCAUGAAAACCUUGUUUAUUUCUGGGGGUUUUCUGUUUCCAUUAAAUAAUGUUGAGGGUACUGAAAAUCCAAAAAGCUGCUUUAGUUCUGAUUUCUUUUUUAUGUUUUACAAAUUCCUUGGGAUGCAAGUUCCUGUGCCAUAUGACAUAAUGCUUUUAGAACUUUUUUUGAAACCAAGAAGUUCUAUAAGCAAAAUGCCGUAUGGCGACUCAGGUGGAGGGCAGAGAUGGAGGAGACAACUCACUUUUAAAAAAACCCCUAGACUUCCUUAACUGUGAAGGACUAUUUCUGUGAUGCUUUGAAUUCUGGAUAAUAAAACUUUCCUUUUGUUUGCUAUCUUAAAAGAUGACAAUAGAAACCAUCAUUCCCCCCCCCCCUCUAUUUUCCCAGCUGGCAAAAACAAAGGCAUCAUUGGAUUAUCUUUAAACCACAGCAGUUUGCAGCUCUAUCUCUAACACUGGGUAUAUAUUUAGUCAUUAUUUGAAUGUAGUUUUACUUUUAAAUUUCAUAAAUAUACCACACAGUACAAUUUUAUUUGCUACCUCAGUUACUACUUAAAGUAGUAGUUGUGGUUUGAUAAGAAAGUUUUGCUUACACUUCAGUUUUUAACAAAAUGUCUGUGUUGGGUCCCCCCCUUAUUAUUAUUAUUUUGAUAUUUGAUAUAUUUAUGUGUAGUACAUUAAAACUCCUCAUCACCACCACCUCUGACUACUUGACAUGCUUCCCAGUGUGCUUCAGAUUAUUAUCCUGGGUCCAGAAAAGAGAUUUUUUACUUGCACUGUGAAGCCAAAGUAAGAAAGAAUUUCUGCAUGAUGCCUUGAAUUUAGCAUUUCCUGGAAAACGUAUCGGGUACAAAUUGGAAGCUUCUAACAUAGCCUUCCCAAACCUGAUGCCCUCCAAGUGUGUUGGAAUACCAUCCCUAAUCAUUGGAUGUGUUGGCUAGGGUGGUGGGAGUUGGAAUACAAAACACCAGGAGAUGCCAGGCUUGGGAAGGCUGUUCUGAACUGUAUCUAGUGAUGCUUGGUGAGCUGAAAAGAAAAUGCCAAAAGGGCAAGCAGCUGUAAUCUUUCAUUAGCUGAAGGAAAAGGGAAGUCCAAGUAACCCACUUCAGCUGCUGAGAAGAAAAGGAGUAGGAAAUGCCCCCAGGGGAAACUGAAAGCCGUAGUUUUUUUGUUUGCAGAUAACACUGAUUUUGAUGUCUAUAAGAAUUCCACAAACAUGGUGUAAUAAAGGCAGAGUAUAAACUUAAAAAUAUUCCAGUAAUAAAGGGCUGUGGGCUUACCCAAUAUUUGCACCGAUCAUCAGACGGCAAGGCUGGUACCCUGUCAGAAUGGUGUAGAACAGGCUGAUGUUGGAACAAAAACAGUCUGAGAUUAUACUGUGCUAUUCGACAGUGGAAUUUGCUGCCAAGGAGUGUGGUGGAGUCUCCUUCUUUGGAGGUCUUUAAGCAGAGGCUUGACAACCAUAUGUCAGGAGUGCUCUGAUGGUGUUUCCUGCUUGGCAGGGGGUUGGACUCGAUGGCCCUUGUGGUCUCUUCCAACUCUAUGAUUCUAUGAUUCUAUGAUCAAAAGAAGAAAAAAGGUUGGAUAGAUUUAUUAAUUAAGUUAGGUUUUAUCCUACUCUUCCACUGAAGGACCCGAAGGCAGCAACAAAAGAACAAUAAAAGCAAUACAAAAUUUAAGAACAAACCAAAAAUAUUCACAAAUAUUAUGUCAAAGUUGUUGGAAACAGUAUAUUCAGCCCUAAAUACUGAAUAAACUGGAAUCUUUGUAGAACAGUUGUUUCAAAGACUUGGAAUGUUAGGGUGAGCCCAGAAUACCCCUUCUCUAUUCAGGAGUGAAAUAAAUAAAUUUCCUGGGUGAUAUUGCCAUGUAGGAAAAAGUCUAUUUAUAGAGUAUUAUUAUUAACAACAGUAAGUAAUAAUAAAUAAUAAAGAAAGUGCAGGGGAAAUUAAAUGUAAUGCUUGCUUCAUUUUUUUUAAGGCUAAAGCACUGUGUAAAUGUGAAAGGUAUGGGCAAGGACAAUCCAGGGGAAAAACUUUGAGGAACUGGAAGGUUAGCUGAAAAGGGUUUAGAAAAUCUACAGCUUUGGUAAAAACAUGAAUCAGGAUUUGGAUUAAUGUUCACAAAUUAAUGUAUGAAAGAGAAGUUUAAUCUUACUAGAGUUUUAAUGUUAAACAAGGGAUAUAAAAAGAAAGUCCUGAAAUUGGGAUAUAUUCCUGGAUAUGUAACUUGAUGUGAUUUUGUAACUAAACAUAUCAUAAAUCCAAAACAGGCAGUAGAAGACACUGAUACUCAGUUUUCUAACAAAUUUAACUGGUAUAAAAAGACAGUUUCAUGUUUGUUGAAAACUGGAAAGCAUCAGCACUGAAUAGGAAACAAGCUUAUUGUUGCAGUGGUGAAGCUAACAGAUUAGAUAGAAAAAUAAGAAGGAACACAAAAGCAGACAGAUUUGUGUGAGCUUCGUGUAUCAAAAUAAUUGAGUGCCAUUUAAUGAUAGCCUUAAACAUUUGUAAUAACUUUUUAUCAUAUCUAUAUGCAGUAUAUUAAUUAGUGUACCACAAGUGUAGUAUAGAACUGAUGACUGGCUUGAUUUUUAGUUUUUAGGAAUGUUGGAGUAACGAGCCAAGCUCUGUAAAUAUUAAAUUUAUCUAUACUGGAUUAAUAUUUGUAUAUUUACUGUUCUGUUUGUGAAACAGAGAACCAAGUUGUAUGGUCAGUUUCAGUGGUAGUGAAAUGAGAUAUGGUUUGAUUGAAUUGGUGCUACUUGAGCAAGAAGGCUGGUGUAUUGGCGGGACUCUGAUAGCUGUGUGAACACAAACGUGAUUUUUUUCAACUACAGUCGUAUCUUGGAAGUCAAACGGGAUCCAUUCCAGAAGUCCGUUCGACUUCCAAAAUGUUCAAAAACCAAAGCAUGGCUUCUGAUUGGCUCCAGGAAGUUUCUGCAGCCAAUUGGAAGCCCUAUUGGACGUUCGGCUUCCAAAAAUAGCAAACUGGAACAGUCACUUCCGGGUUAGCGACGUUUGGGAGCCAAAACGUUCAGGACCUAAGCUGUUUGACUUCCAAGGUACAACUGUACCUUUGAGAGCCAGUGUGGUGUAGCGGUUAAGAGCGGUAGUCUCAUAAUCUGGGGAACCGGGUUCGCGUCUCCGCUCCUCCACAUGCAGCUGCUGGGUGACCUUGGGCCAGUCACACUUCUCUGAAGUCUCUCAGCCCCACUCACCUCACAGAGUGUUUGUUGUGGGGGAGGAAGGAAAGGAGAUUGUGAGCCGCUUUGAGACUCCUGAAGGGGAGUGAAAGGCGGGAUAUCAAAUCCAAACUCUUCUUCCUCCUCCUCUUCUUCUUCUUCUUCUUCUGUACAACAUAGAAUGCCAGCAUGAAUAAUGAUAGAUCUGAAUGUAAAUGUGUACAACAGAUUUCUUCAAAGUGGAACUUUUCAGAUGUUUUGAACUCCCAACUCCCCACCAGUCCCAGUUAGCAUAGCUAUUGGUCAGGGAUGGUGGAGUUGUAAUCCAGCUGUCUUUGGAGGACACCAUGUAGGCAGAGGCAGAGGCUAACAAGGCCUGUGGUGAGAAAGAAAGUGGUGAGACUGAUUUACAGACCAAGAGAGUGUCUGUUCUUAAUACAUUAGUUGCCAGUAGGGCAUCUGGAAGGCACAUGUGUGGCCUUCCCUAAAUCCUGAAGGGUCAGCUCCCUGCCCCCUCCCAGCUGAAGAGAGGCUUGAAAGUAGUACAGCAUUCAGUUUUAGGGCAGUGUGUGCAUGGGGCCCACAAUAGUAAACUGUGUUUUAACAGCCAGCUUGUUUUAGCUAGUGCCAUAGCUGUCAACGUUUUCCUUUUUUUAAGGGAAAUUCCCUUAUUCCGAACAGGAUUCCUCGCAAGAAAAGGGAAAAGUUAACAGCUAUGGCUAGUGCUUGUGCCCAUGCUUGAUGAGACCAUUGAAGAAGUCAGGCUGUCCGCUGCCAUGUUUUAAGCCAGCUGGAAGUGCUUCCUAAGACCCAUGCAGUAGUUUUUUGUAAUAGCUAGCAUCUUUCACAAACUGCUCUUGCGCGAUAUAAUCAAUGGCUGAUUAUCAAGACAUUUUUCAUGAUGGACAAAAGAAAACUGUUGGUGGUUUGAAGGAGAUAUGCAUUUUAAUGCAUUUAAAAUCCACUAUGUCAGAGACCAUAAGAUUUAGUUGGGGAAUCUCCUAGGCUAUUUAACUGUAUGUAGUAACAACAACAACAACAACAACAACAACAAUUUAUUAUUUCUACCCCGCCCAUCUGGCUGGAUUUCCUCAGCCACUCUAGUCUGCUUCCAACAGAAUAUUAAAAUACAAUAGUCUAUUAAACAUUAAAAGCUUCCCUAAACAGGGCUGGCUUCAGAUGUCUUCUAAAAGUCUGGUAGUUAUUUUUCUCUUUGACAUCUGGUGGGAGGGUGUUCCACAGGGCAGGUGCCACUACCGAGAAGGCCCUCUGCCUGGUUCCCUGUAACUUGGCUUCUCACAGUGAGGGAACCGCCAGAAGGCCCUCAGCGCUGGACCUCAGUGUCUGGGCAGAACGAUGGAGGUGGAGACGCUCCUUCAGGAAUACUGGACCAAGGCCAUUCAGGGCUUUAAAGGUCAGCACCAACACUUUGAAUUGUGCUUGGAAACAUACUGGGAGCCAGUGUAGGUCUUUCAAGUCUGGUGUUAUGUGGUCUCGGUGGCCGCUCCCAGUCACCAGUCUAGCUGCUGCUUUCUGGAUUAGUUGCAGUUUCCGGGUCACUUUCAAAGGUAGCCCCACAUAGAGCGCAUUGCAGUAGUCCAAGCGAGAGAUAACUAGAGCAUGCACCACUCUGGUGAGGCAGUCUGUGCCUCCAUGGACAGCUGUGAGUCCAAAAUGACUCCCAGGCUGCGCACCUGGUCCUUCAGGGGCACAGUUACCCCAUUCAGGACCAGGGAGGUUUUUUUUACCAUUUGUUUUUUUACAUUUGUUUUUUACAUUUUACUUUUUUACAUUGUUUUUAUUACAUUUAUAUCCUGCCUUUCUUUCAAGGAGCCCAAAAGCAGCGUAUGCUUCCUUCUCCCCAUAUUUACCCUCAGAGCAACCCUGUGAUGUAGGUUAGGUUGAGAGGUAUUGACUAUCCAAGGUCUUCCAAUUCACUUUAUGGCUUAUGUCAGGAGUGCUCUGAUGGCGUUUCCUGCUUGGCAGGGGGUUGGACUCGAUGGCCCUUGUGGUCUCUUCCAACUCUAUGAUUCUAUGAUUCUAGUGAAGACUUGAACCUAAGUCUCCCCCAUUCUAGUUUGACACACUAACAUUACACCACACUGGCUGUUUUAGUGAGCUAGGACUGUGUGAAUGCUCAGGCUCUUCACACAUAGAAGGAAAUAGGGCUGGGCACCAUUAAUGUCAUUUAUUGGCACGUGGUUGGAUGUCUCUAGUUUGGCCAAGACAGGUAUGGAAUCCAGGAGUCUUGCUUUCUGCUGUUGCCUGGUCUGCAGAGCAGAUCUUCUGACUGCUCCAGCUCAAGCCCUCAGUUCAGUGGCUGAUGGAGGGACUUUGAUUGUGCUCUGACAUGAUCUUUCGCUUCUGAGGAAGACAAGGCAUCCCUUAACAGUUGUUUGGCAGCUAAAGGGCAAACUUCUUACAUGUUCUGCAUGGCCCCGAAGUGUUUGAAGAUUCCUUCCUAGUGCUGCCAAUAAUUUUAAGAAGCUCCUUUCUCGCUCUUCUUACAGUAUUGUGAAAAAAAUUGGCCAAGAAAUUAAAAUGCAUUCCGCAGAAGCAAUAAGGUCACAUGAUAGCCAGUGUAUUCUAAAGGGUCACGUAUUGGAAUAGAUAUAUGCUGCAUAGCUAGUGCCAACUGCAUAUAUAGGUGGAGUUGUAAAAAUCCAGAGUGACCAAGAGGGAUGAUGUGUAUGUCCAAACUGGUUUCUGGCUUGAGAAAAGAGGAAAUACAGUGGCAGUAAAAUACAUAAAACAUAAAACAUAGAACAUAAACAUAAAACAUAGAACAUAAAAAUCAGUAUAUAUUUUUUCUGUAAGUGUGUGACUUCUAUAUCUUGUGUAUCAGCUAUAAAUUAAUUGAUGUUUCUUGAAAACAAAAUGAUGAAAUAUUUUUUCCACUUUAUAGCUAGAAAGGCCUUCAUGACUGAAAUUGCAGUACAGUUUCUAAUGUUUUAGUUCACACAAAUGGGGUGCUUGCAGAUAAGAAGCAAAAAUAUUUGUUUGUUUUGUGAAUUUAUACCCCACCAGUAUUGCUCCCAAAAUCUCUCAGGAUAACCUACAGAAUAUAGCAUUCAUAUGAAGUUUGCAGUAGUAAAAUACCAUAUAUCUAGGUAAAACAUAUACCUUGUAUACAUGGUUGUAAAAGUCCCCGGCAGCAGCAAUUUCCCACUGAAACCUUAAUAAAAUAUUAUUAUUAUUAUUAUUAUUAUUAUUAUUAUUAAUUUCUAUACCACCCUAAGGUAUCUUUGAGGUAUAUGUCUUAAAAAGAAGAUAUAACCUUCUUCUAAAUGCUCAUGGAAACUAGACUGACUUUGUAAAGACCAACAACAAACAGGUCUGAUAAAUCUUUCAAGGCAGGGACUUGUUGAAUAAAGGUUCCACCCAGUGCUAUUUUUAAAGAAAAAGAGGUUCCAGAACUCCCCAUGAACACCUCCCUUGUUCUCUUAUAAUGGCAAUGGCGCCCACUUGAGAGGUGCUGGAACCAGGGCUUUUUUUCUGCUGGAACUCACCAGAACUCAGUUCUAGCACCUCUUAGGUGGGCGCCAUUGCCAUAUCGAUGGUAAAUCUCCAUAUCCAGAAAGAUAACCCAAAAGUAGUUCAUGUAUUUGAUAUGGAAGAUUUGGGGGAGAAAGCUGUGUACUGCUGGUGUUGGAGGUCUAAGAAGUUUCCAUUGUCUGAUGGGUCUCAUACAAACCAUAAUGAUGAAAUGGGAGACAAUGUGGGACCUCUGAUCAUCAAGAGAAAACAUGCAUAAAUGAUGAAUGAUCUGGACACCGCACAAACAACCAUAUUGCAGUGUUUUCUGCUCACUUGUAAUUGGUGUAAAAAUGAGGUCUUAAGUCAUUUCACUGAAGCUUUUUACAUGUGGUAUGCUGCAACUGAUGUAAUUCAUGGUGUUUGCCUUGUUUAAACACUACAAUGUAUGUUAGGAAUGAAUACUUGUGACCUUGCUCUUUUUGUCUUGUAAAAUGUACAUUCUCAUUAAGUGUUUUUUUAAAAAAAGACCUUUAGAAUGUACAGCCGCCCAGAGUGGCUGGGGAAACCCAGCCAGAUGGGUGGGGUAUAAAUAAUAAAUUAUUAUAUUAUUAUUACAGUGGUACCUCGGGUUACAUAUGCUUCAGGUUACAGACUCUGCUAACCCAGAAAUAGUACCUCGGGCUAAGAACUUUGCUUCAGGAUGAGAACAGAAAUCAUACAGCGGCGGCGCGGCGGCAGCAGGAGGCCCCAUUAGCUAAAGUGGUACCUCAGGUUAAGAAUGGACCUCCGGAACGAAUUAAGUUGUUAACCCGAGGUACCACUGUAUUAUACAACCCAGUGCCAAAUCAAUCCCAUCACCUGUUUUUAUGACAAAAGUAGCUGUGCAUGGGGCAACUAAGUGGAGAUUUAUUAGUUUUUAGCUGGUCCAUAUUUAGCUGCUUCUGUUGAAAGCAAGAAGGAAGGAAGGCUCCUGGCUUAGGAAAUGAACCUGUAGGAAGUAGGGCAGGGUGCUGGCUUAAAAUAGUCUUGAAGACUGGCCUGUGUUUAUGAUGAACUGAUCUAUUUAGGUAAAUCCUGGAGUCAUUGUGGGGGUAGAGCUGUAUGCUAAUCUAAAGAUAUUAGCUAACAGACCAGUACAGUGAAGGCCUGGGUUUAUCCCUGGCUUGCUUCCUGUUGAAGAGUUUCCAGUUCACCCAGGAGUGUUGGCUGCUGCCAGCUAUGUUUUCUAGUUAUUCAGCAAGGUCUCGAAUAAUAAUGACAUUAGGUAUUGAUUAAGCAGCUGAAGCAAAAGGAUCAGCCUAUGUUAAGGCAGCAGCAGCAGCAGCAUUAGUUUAUAAUGCAUUCCCUUUCUGCAGGGCCAGACUGAUGGCCCAGUGUUGAAGACUGUGCAGGCAAAGAUUGUUGCAGGGGUACCAAAGGGGAGGGGUGUGCACUGCUUGCUUGCACUGCAGUGGAGGCCUCUGGCAGGCAAGCCAAAGCUUGGUGGGAUAGCAAGAUAAAAAGCACAAGUGGGAGGGAAUUUAAUGUGGGCAGAAGAUCGCAAAGGAUGUGGCAGAAGUUGAGGGGAGGAAAGAUAAAACACUUCUCUGCUGUUCUUAAAUUCUUUAACAAGUAGUGGGCGGGAGCGUUCCUUGUGCCAUCUAGAUUGCUCUUCUGUUUUCCAGUCACUGAAGGGUAGUAAUUCCCUGACGUGUCUAGUAACUUUUUCGUCUCCUACUAGAAUGCUAGACUAGAGGUUGCUGGACUCCUCAUGGUUCCAGUGGUGAAUGUUAGUUAUCUUAAAUGCUGUCUCACUUGUUCAUUUACCCAGACCUGAGUCUUUUAACUUAGGCCCUGUUUUUCCUUUUAUAUGUUCAAGGUCUUUCUGGAGAGCAAACAUCAAAUGUACACUGAAGAUCCCUACAAUCAGGGGUUCUGCCUCACCCCUUUUCUUUGUCCCAAUUACAAAUAAUUGGUUUUUCAAAUAUUCACUUAGUCAUUAUUUCUCAUAUGUUGUAUGCUAGUUCCUUUGGGCAGAGAGCACAAGCAUUCCUUUGGGCAGAGACUGAGUAUAGACUGAGUAUACCUUGCAACUUCAAUGACCUUGGAGUGAGCAGGAUGUCAAUAAAAUACUGGGGCAUCUUGUUGUUUGCAUCCAUCUUUCUUGAGAGACAAUAGAAGAGUGCGCCUUCAGGGGGUGAAGUCAAACCAUUGGAAAGUUACAGCACCUGCUGUGGCUGUAGAGAUUGAUAAGGAAGAAACAUGUUUUCUUGUAGGUGGAGCAGAUGAAGGCACCAGUUUUGCUGCUACAGUUGCACCGUGGCUUUUAUUCUCUGUAUGGAGUGCUGGCAACAGCUAGGAUAUUGGUCUUCGUCAGGCUGAUGGUGCAGCCUGAGCAAAAUGGUUGAUGAGUCUAUGUAGAGCUUCCUUGGAUCUUGUCAGGACUGUGUCAUCUGCAAGCAACAUAUCUCGAAUAAGCACCCGCUACACUUUUGUUUUGGCAUGGAGACAUGCCAGGGUGAACCAACCCCCGUUGCUCCUUGAAUGCUCCUUAGUACACACCGCCUUCAGUCAAGCUGAAGGCAUAGGAGAACAGCAGAGAGAAGAAUAUGCCAAAGAGAGAUUGAGUCCCAUUUCACACCACACUUCAUAGGGAAGGCAUCCGAGGAUGAGCUACCAUACUGGGCAUGUAGAAGAACAACAUAAGCUCUCUGCAAGAUUGGGCCAAGGGUCCAGCAUCCUGCUUGCAAGCAAUACCAACCAGAUGUUUGUACAAAGGCAACAGCCCACCUUUGUUGCUUACCCCUUACCAGAUAGCAUUCACUGCCACUGGACCCAGAGGGUCCUAUUUAGCUACUGUGACUAGUAAUUAUCAAUAGACUUCUCUGCUUUGAAUUUGUUCACUUUCUUUUUACAGGAGACAGUCAUUUUGCAAUGGGAUUAUGUUCCCAGCUCCCAUGCGCGUCUGUGGAGCUUGUGUAAGCGCAUCCUGCCCUGUUCUACCCUACCCCAUUCCACUCCGUCCUCAUUCUGCCCCCGUUCUUUCCUCUCCUGGGUCCAAAAGAACCACACAUUGGCAAUCGUGUCAAAUAUUGGCCUUGUUUGCACAUAACACUAAACCCAAAUUGUGGCUUCGUGUGAAUGAGCAAGUGUGCUGGAACACAGUGAGAAAAUUGUGGCAGUAUUAUUCCUCUCUUCUCUGCUGCUGUCCUGCUAGGAGGAGGUCAGUGAUGGUUUGGCUUAGCGUUGUGUCUGAAUCUGGGUUUGUGGUUUGACUUGGUUCCUGUUAACAUGGCACCAGCAGGAGCAGGAUACGAGUGAAGCAGCCAAUAUUUUCUCAGUGUUCACCUGCAUGCGUAUUCAAAAUAUGUAAUACCAAAAGAAUACAGAAGAUACUUAAAUUAUAUUACUAGAUUUGAAAGGAUCUCAAGGAAUACCUUGCUUUCAGUGCCAAGAAAAUGUGGACAGCUAAUUUGAAAACUUCUGAGGUUUUUACAAGCAAGCAGAUUUGCCCAGUCUUGCUAUUUCACACACUGGCAGCCUCUGUACAAGAGGAAGAGAAAUUGGGAUGUCUGCCUUGGAUAUGCUGCAUAUUCAGAAAUGGUUAGUGGAAGCACUCUAUGCCACUUGUUCUUCGCAACUCUUCCUUCAAGGCUUGUUGACUGGUCCCUGCCUCCUUGUCUCAGAUUUGGCACUGAUCUCUGAAGUGCAUGCUGUUGACUAUUGCUUUGUUUAGGUUUUUUGUACAGAAUGGGUCAGUGUAUGUCUUCAAGCUGGCUUGGCUUUUAUGGCAAGUACAUUAUGUGCAAAAUCAUCUUCACUUAAAAUACCUUCUUUAAAAAGUGCUCUCUAUUUUCCACAUCCCCGUCCCUUUCCAACUCAGCUGCUGUGAGAGCCAGAAUUGCAUUUUUAGCAGGUGGGGAAACUCAUUUAAGGCAACAAAAUGUUCCCACUGUUGUUUUAAUACAUGUCACAUAUAUAUUCACACACACAAUCUAUUAUUGGACUAGCAGUCACCUUGCUAACCUUAUGAUAACAGGUGGUGAGUUUCUCUGCCUGCUGACAUCUAGGAAUCCCCCACUCCUAUCCUUUGGCUAGCUCCCUUUUAUAAAUUAGGUGCAGCUGUUUGCUGUAAGCAUUGGGCACUAUACCUCUCCGCCUCUUCCUGCAUGUGUGCACACACAAACACAUGCACGCACCAAGACCAAGGUUAGAAAAGUUGGCUGGGGCAAACAUCCAAUCUGAUCAAACUGAUGAAAGGAAGAUGACGGAUCUGACACUGAUACUGGUUGGCAGACUGUUGAGUGAUUGUUUUAGCGUGAGCAGUAUAUUUUUAACUGCGAAAAGGUCUUGGCACCUGUGCAGUCUCAAAGAUCAUUUAAAAGCUACACAUCAGGUUUUCCUUGGCUGUUUCUUCAGGGUAGGUGGCAGUUUGAGAUCACAGUCAAGGCUUUCUGAUAACAUAUUCAGCACGGCCAGAAUCUUACCAUUUACUAAGAAAGCUUUGUCCGAAAGGUUAGAAUGGUAUUCUUUAAGCUACUUAGAGUAUUAAAAAAUAUGAGACAAAAUAAAGAAUAGCACAGUGCAAUCUUAGACCCUUUGUGAAAAUCAGACAAAAGAAAUACAAAGAUCUUCUGUAUUGAUUAAUUAAAUUUAUAUUUUGUGUUUUCUUCUAAGGAGCUUAAUUUAGUAUACACGGUUCUGGUCCAAGGUCACCCAGUGAGUUUCAUAGCUGAAUGGGGAUUUUAACCUAGACCUCUUCAGUCUUCAUCAUACUCUAAGCACACCAGCACACUGACUCCUUCAUGUUUCCCUUUUCCUUUAUGACUUCUCCUUGGAUUUCUAAUGCCAGAACAGCAGGCAGGGGCUUCAGGUGCCUCUAUGUCUCCUGCCACACCCUCCUGUGUUGCUUUUUCCUGACCUUGCUUCUUACCUGUCUCCCACUUCCUAGGCUUUUCUUUCCUUCCAGGCUCCCCAGUCCUUGCUAAGCAUUUUCUGCUUUCUUCAAACAUAUGUACUUGUGUUUCUGCCACAAAAUUCUGUUGGCCUUUAGGGUGCCUCAAGGCUCUUUUUUGUGUAUGUGUUUUUGCUGCACCAUACAAAGGAACUAGCCCUGUGGAAUAUGUGCUUUUCUGUAGCUGAAGUUUUUCAGAUCACCAAAAUGGGUUUUCCUGAUGGAGAGAAUUUUUUUUAUUACCAAGUAUACAUGUCCCUUUAACUGUGUUUCAGGCCCUUUGGAGUCUUCCCUUCAUGAGAGAAAGAAGCUUUACAUUUUGUGUGUUUUGGGCAUGUCCUGACAACCAAACUUUCAUAAAUUCAAGAGGUGGACAAGCCAGAGUAUGAGGAAGCUAUUGGGGAAUAUUAUAUGUUUCUUUUCCCACAAGUGUGGUGAGAGAAGUAGGUGUUUUUCUGGAACUCUCUAGCUUUCUCCAUAAUCCAGCGCAUGUUUGCAAUUUGGUCUCUGGUUCCUCUGCCCCUUCGAAAUCCAGCUUGCACUUCUGGGAGUUCUCGGUCCACAUACUGCUUGAGCUUGCCUUGUAGAAUUUUAAGCAUAACCUUGCUAGCGUGUGAAAUGAGUGCAAUUGUGCGGUAGUUGGAGCAUUCUUUGGCACUGCCCUUCUUUGGGAUUGGGAUGUAGACUGAUCUUCUCCAAUCCUCUGGCCACUGCUGAGUUUUCCAAACUUGCUAGCAUACUGAGUGUAUGGUUUUCAUUGCUGCCUCCUGUAUAAUGUUAUGAGCCUUCAUCCAUAGUUCUUCAGGCACUCUGUCCACCAAAUCUAAAUCCUUAAAACUGUUCCUCACUUCCACUGUGUAUUCAUAAGGGAUUUGACUUAGAUUGUAUCUUACCGGCCCAGUGGUUUUCCCUACUUUCUUCAGUUUAAGCUUGAAUUUUGCUAUAAGAAGAUGAUGAUCUGAGUCACAGUCAGCUCCAGAUCUUGUUUUUUGCUGACUUUAUAGAGCUUCUCCAUCUUCGGCUGCAGAGAAAAUUAUCAGUCUGAUUUCGAUGCUGCCUAUCUGGUGAUGUCCAUGUGUAGAGUCAUCUCUUGUAUUGUUGGAAAAGAGUGUGAUGACCAGCUUGUUCUCUUGACAGAACUCUAUUAGCCUUUGCCCUGCUUCGUUUUGAACUCCAAAGCCAAACUUGCCAGUUGUUCCUUUUAUCUCUUGACUCCCUGCUUUAGCAUUCCAAUCCCCUAUAAUGAGAAGAACAUCCUUCUUUGGUGUCAUUUCUAGAAGGUGUUGUAAGUCUUCAUAGAAUUGGUCAAUUUCAGUUUCUUCAGCACUGGUAGUUGGUGCAUAAACUUGGAUUACUGUGAUGUUAAAAGGUCUGCCUUGGGUUCGUAUCGAGAUCAUUCUGUCCUUUUUGAGAUUGCAUCCCAGUACAGCUUUUGCCACUCUUUUGUUGACUAUAAGGGGCACUCCAUUUCUUUUGCGGGUUUCAUAGAAUCAUAGAAUCAGAGUUGGAAGAGACCACAAGGGCCAUCGAGUCCAACCCCCUGCCAAGCAGGAAACACCAUCAGAGCACUCCUGACAUAUGGUUGUCAAGCCUCUGCUUAAAGACCUCCAAAGAAGGAGACUCCACCACACUCCUUGGCAGCAAAUUCCACUGUCGAACAGCUCUUACUGUCAGGAAGUUCUUCCUAAUGUUUAGGUGGAAUCUUCUUUCUUGUAGUUUGGAUCCAUUGCUCCGUGUCCGCUUCUCUGGAGCAGCAGAAAACAACCUUUCUCCCUCCUCUAUGUGACAUCCUUUUAUAUAUUUGAACAUGGCUAUCAUAUCACCCCUUAACCUCCUCUUCUCCAGGCUAAACAUGCCCAGCUCCCUUAGCCGUUCCUCAUAAGGCAUCGUUUCCAGGCCUUUGACCAUUUUGGUUGCCCUCCUCUGGACACGUUCCAGUUUGUCAGUGUCCUUCUUGAACUGUGGUGCCCAGAACUGGACACAGUACUCCAGGUGAGGUCUGACCAGAGCAGAAUACUUCCCUUGAUCUAGAUGCUAUACUCCUAUUGAUGCAGCCCAGAAUUGCAUUGGCUUUUUUAGCUGCCGUGUCACACUGUUGGCUCAUGUCAAGUUUGUGGGUUUCUUGCCCACAGUGGUAGAUAUGAUGAUCAUCCGAACUGAAUUCGCUCAUUCCCGUCCAUUUUAGUUCACUGAUGCCCAGGAUGUCAAUAUUUAUUCUUGCCAUCUCAUUUUUGACCACAUCCAAUUUACCAAGGUUCAUGGUUCUUACAUCCCAGUUUCCUAUGCAGUAUCUUUCUUACAGCAUUGUACUUUCCUUUCACUUCCAGGCACAUCCGCAACUGAGCUACCUUUUGGCUUUGGCCCAGCUGCUUCACCAGCUCUGAAUCUACUUGUACUUGUCCUCCGCUCUUCCUCAGUAGCAUGUUAGAAGCCUUCCGACCUGAGGGGCUCAUCUUCCAGCAUCAUAACUUUUAUAUGCCUGUUGUCUUUGUCCAUGGAGUUUUCUUGGCAGGGAUACUGGAGUGGCUUGCCGGUUCCUGCUCCAGGUGGAUCACAUUUAGUUAAAACUCUCCACUAUGACCUGUCUGUCUUGGGUGGCCCUGCAUGGCAUAGCUCAUAGCUUCUCUGAGUUAUUCAAGCCCCUUUGCCACGACAAGGCAGUGAUCCAUGAAGGAGGCUACAUACAUAGCUUAAGUUUUUUUUCUUCUUCUGUGGUGGCUGUGAGAGUCAGUGGAGAUACAAUUGAGUACAGUAUCAUGGGGAUACAGCACAUCUAAUCUCAACCAGAUGAUAGGCAAGUGCUUCCUAUAUUUCUGCAUAAUGAGAUGGUGAUGGAAAUUGUUGGUGGGAACUCUUAUAGGACCAGAUGGGAAUGGGAUUGAGUCUGUUAGGCUGCAAACUGUAGUCGCACUGCAGUGCUAUUGCUUCCUGCUCUAGAGAGCAACUAUCAAAUUGUGUCCAAAGCAAUCCCAACAGAAAACAGUUUUGAACAUCUGAAGUGUGAUGAAGCUGAAAGAAGCACUUUGGGGCACAGUAGAAAGCACUUCUAAAUUGAAGGUAAAAUACAAAGUAGCAUUGGUGUCUGGCAGUACUGAAAGGUUCCUAGAGAAGCAGAAAGCCCAUUUGGAAACCUGGAGAAAUUGAACAAGAGAAUUCAGGACUUCAGAAAUAAAACUUAAAUAUGAUAACCCACAGUAUUUCAGUGCACACUUUCUGGUUAAACUUUAGCUAAGAAUCCUUUUAAGUUUUAUUCUGUUGGUACCUUGCCUUAUUCCAGAAUAAUAAAAUUCCUUGAAACUUAACACAUACCAAUGAUAAGAAAAGCAGUAGAACCAACAGUAAAAUCAGCAGUAAAAUCAAAGGGCCAGCAAUAAAAUAAGCCUCACAGCAUUUUUGGAGAGUAGGGAGGACUAUAGACUCAUGCUCUUACUCUUGGACUAAUCAAAAUGCACGGGAAACUGAUCUUUGGAGUUCUGUGAAGAGGCUGAAUCUUUGCUGACCGGAUAAGGGUAGCCUGCUUUCCACUUCUCAAACUCCACUCCAAUUUACUGAUCACAUUUCUUCUUCUUUUUCUCCCCUCCAAUUUGUAAUUGGUAUUUUGAAGUAGUGUGCCAAUUUUUCAUUCUAGUCAUAUUCUUAAUUGAAUUUUGCAAAAAUUGUGAGUAUGUAUUAACUUUACCACUUAAUACUAGAUUGGGCUGCUGAUGCAUUUUACUCACCAAAAAUUUGCCUUCUGCUUCACGUGGUUACUGUCAAGUUUACACUGAAAUGCAAUAUAUCCGCUGCGCAUGAGCAAUUUAUAUUUCAGUAUAUACUUGACAUAGCUGUUGUACAGAAUUCCUUGGCUUUAGGGCUGUGGGGAGGAUCUUAGUGUCACUUAAUGUUCUAGGCAGAAGAAAGACUUGGCAAGGGAUUAAGACUUUCAAGAAGGUUGUUGCUGCUGGCAGGGAUUAUUUAUACCCAAAUAAAGAGUGAUGGGAGGAUCUGGCUUGUAGGUGGAUCUUAAUUGCUGCAUUACAGCCUACUGGAGGGCAAAUGCCUUGCUUUUAUCAGUUUCAGGUGGUUCAAAAGCCAUCAGUUGGAGGGCCUCAAAGUGCAAGAUUGGCUUAAUACUUUUAAAAAGCAUGCUUUCUGAAUUAAUGGCAUGCAGUUCCUGUCAUUGUCGAGUUACUUUCCACAGUGCAGCCAUGAGGAUUAAAAACAGAUUUGGAAAUAGCUGUUUUCUCAGUCACCUGAGGCAAGUAAGAACCUGCUCUAGGCUAUCAGGUAAAGAAUCUCCCCCCCCCCCACACACUUUCAGCCCAUCAAGUUUCCCUAAAUGGCUGCAGACUCUUAUGGACCUGUAUAGCUACACUUAAGGUUAACAAAAGCUGUGGCCAGGCAGAGUGUCCCUGCAUUCCUUCAUGGCACAUUUUAUAUGACAAGUCUCUUCCAUAAUGUGUAUCUGAGAUGAUAGGUUGUACACUAAGGUGAAGAAAUCUAGGGUACAUGAUAGGGGAUUAUUGCAUUAGUUUUCCUGGUUAUAAUGCUAGUGCCUCUGUUCCAGUUUCUAACAUUCCUUUUAAUACUGCAUUACCUGUUACAUUAUGGAACUAUGGAUUUUUCAUCAAUAUACAGGCAACUCCCCAUUUGCGUGUGAUUGGCACGUGUAUGACUUCUGAUGUGUGUGCCAUUUUCAGCACUGCAAAGGAGUGAGGCGGAAUGGAAUGGGCUUACACGCGUCCUGCCAACGCAUGCAGUGCCUCAGAAUGCUAGCCCUGCGUAAAUGGGGAGUUGCCUGUAUUGCCAUGUUGCCCUAAAUUUCAUUCACACUAGUGGGCAUGGUGUGACACAACGCAUGCUUCUGCUGCCAUGUGGGAAUCCCUUGCAGUUGAUUGUAGUGCCUAGAGACAGACAGUCAGGUUGUGUAUCCACAGCAGUGACCAGAGGGGAAAUGACCACUAGGAGGCGCACAGAGAAAUGCCAUGGUGCAACAGCAAAAGCAGACUCCUUCAUCUGUCCCAGCUGCAACAAAACAUGUCUCUCCCUUAUCACUCCACAACCACAGCAGGCGCUGUAGCUGUCCGAAGGUUUGACUUCACUCCCAAAGGCACACUCCUCCAUGGUCUCCUGAGAUGGACGGAUACCAACAACAACAAGCGUCUUCUGCUUCCCCAUGAUUCACCCAUGAAAACAGGGGGGGGGGCGACUGUAGGCCAGAAUACGCCCCAAAUUUCUUACCAUGUUUUUCCAUGUUAACGGAGUUGCAAACAUAUUUUUUUCUGGAAGCAGUUAACAUGGACAUAACUUUCACUAGAUUCCACUAGAUUUCCAUAAGCGGCUUUUACCUCAUAUGAAACAUAAAAGUUACAAGGUAAAGAAACAUCAAGAAAAAGGAAUAAAGUGCUGCAUGUGAAGCUCUAGAUUUGCAUCUUGACAUUAUUUAUGCAUUUAAUGCAUUUAUCAGUCAAACCAACUUACACAACUACAAAUCCAUAUAUAGUUCUUGGACUGAUGGGCAUGUGUUAAUAGCGCUAUUCUUCAAAGCCCUAGAUGAAAUGGAAAGCCAUUAAUGAGUUGGGAAGUGGUUAGAACGCCUUAUGACACCAUGGACUAAUGGUUGCUUCAGAAGGUAAAGUUUAUUCUUGGGAUAGGGGACUUUAGCUAUAAAUACAGCAGCAAAUUAAACACAGGUUUGAAUUUGACCAGCUUAAAUGUUCAGGGUCAGACUGGGUUCAAGUCAUUCAUUCAAUCUGGCAGCUCUAAAGAAUUUAGCAUGGUUUCAAGUUCUGCUUUAGCCUGUAGGCCUUGUCAAGCCAUUGUCUGAGAAUCAGUUGAAGAACAGCCUGUUAGAAAGCACUUUGUUGCUUUUUUUUCAAUCAGCCUGUUACACAUAGCUUUUAGGAUGUAAUCCUCUAGUGAACUUCAUGGAAAUUCUGAGUAGACAUGCAUAGAAUUGCACUGUUCACCUGUUGCUGUUUUUCCAUUUUUUUUAUUUACAGAGUUAAAAAUAUUACAAUAUUUAAUAUUCACAAGUAACAGCUCAAAUUAGUAGCUUGAAGUAAGCUACGCUUUCAGUAUAAAGAGAAUGAAAUCCAGCUGGUUUAUCUAAGCAUGUGUCCUCAGAGUUGCAAUAGUCAGAAAGGUUCUGCCUGCUUUUGCUUCUUGUCACUCCCACCCCUGGCAUUUGGCUUCCAGGUGGUUGUCCAGAGGGGCAUGUGGUGCUUGGACCAAAAAAGGUCCUCCAUCAUGGCCAAAUUGAGCUUGGGUUUAAAUCUUUAACUUUUACACUGUAUCUGAGGCAUGACUUGGGAGUUUCCCCUGGCAAAAUCCCACUUGAUGUUCCUCGCAGAUUUAAAAUUCCUGUCUUGUAAAUCCUCCUGUGUCCAUCUGAUUGGCGCAUACAGAGACUGUCAGACUAGGACCUGGGAGACCUGGGUUCAAAUCUUCACUCAGCCAUGAAGCUCACUGGGUGACCCUGAAUCAGUCACUGCCUCUCUGCCUAACCUACCUCACAAGGUAGUUGCCAGGAUUAAAUGAAAAGGAGGAGAAAAAUGUACGCUACCUUGAGUUCUUGGGAGAAACAGUGGGAUAUUAAUUAAAUAAAGUGCCAGGAGCAUGAUUCUCUUUUGGUUCAUAUGCAGCUUGUUGCUUUUGUAUGUGACCAACUUGCCCCAAAACAUUCCUCGAUGCCUGAGAAAUUUUUAUCUUUCCCAUCCUGCAGUCUAAUCCAUGCAUAGAGAGCCCUCUGCUCUGCCUGGGCGGAUAACAGGUAGCCUUUCUGAAAAAGCCACCUUGGAAGUUCUGGAUUUCAACUUCCUAUCUUUUGCCAGACCAUACAUUUCCCCAUGUCAUUGGUUCCAGUGCAACAGCUUGCUGUUCCUCACCACUGCCUGCAUGCCUAACUAGAUGAAACUUUUGCACAGGAACAGAAGUUGUCAUGCAGCCUACCUGUUAAGCUACAGAAGAUGGAGGGAGGUGGCGUAAGCCUUUUUCCAUCAUAGCUUUCAAGGAACAAUCCUCACAACUACAGUUGUUUGGCUGUCUGAAGUAGCUAGUCAGAUGCCUUCCAGAGAAUUACUAGUUUAGUAACAGCCCUCCCUUAUUGUUUGUUCCCCAACAACUGCAAUUACUAGUAUAAUGCUUCCAAACAAAGGACGAUGAGUCGGUGACAGUUACAGUCGUACCUCAGAAGUCGAAUGAAAUCCGUUCCAGAAGUCCAUUCGACUUCCGAAAUGUUCAGAAACCAAGCCACGGCUUCUGAUUGGUUUCUGAUUGCGCAGGCUCACUGGAAACAAUAGUGGAAGCUGCACCGGACAUUUGGCUUCCAAAAAAAGUUCGAAAACCGGAACACUCCCUUCUGGUUUUCAGUUGUUCAGUAGCUGAAAUGUUCAAUUCCCAAGGUGUUCGGGAGCCAAGGUAUGACUGUACUGGUAUUCAGAGAAGUAAGAUGGCUAGAAAGUCUUGUUUUAGUAGAUAUUAAAAAAUGGUGGCGUAUGAAAAUAAGAGAAUAUAUUGUUUAUGUAUAUUUAACAAUAUACAUUGAAUCAUAGAAUCCUAGAGUUGGAAGAGACCACAAGGGCCAUCGAGUCCAACCCCCUGCCAAGCAGGAAACACCAUCAGAGCACUCCUGACAUAUGGUUGUCAAGCCUCUGCUUAAAGACCUCCAAAGAAGGAGACUCCACCACACUCUUUGGCAGCAAAUUCCACUGUCGAACAGCUCUUACUGUCUGGAAGUUCUUCCUACUGUUUAGGUGGAAUCUUCUUUCUUGUAGUUUGGAUCCAUUGCUCCGUGUCCGCUUCUCUGGAGCAGCAGAAAACAACCUUUCUCCCUCCUCUAUGUGACAUCCUUUUAUAUAUUUGAACAUGGCUAUCAUAUCACCCCUUAACCUCCUCUUCUCCAGGCUAAACAUGCCCAGCUCCCUUAGCCGUUCCUCAUAAGGCAUCGUUUCCAGGCCUUUGACCAUUUUGGUUGCCCUCCUCUGGACAUGUUCCAGUUUGUCAGUGUCCUUCUUGAACUGUGGUGCCCAGAACUGGACACAGUACUCCAGGUGAGGUCUGACCAGAGCAGAAUACAGUGGCACUAUUACUCCCUUGAUCUAGAUGCUAUACUCCUAUUGAUGCAGCCCAGAAUUGCAUUGGCUUUUUAGCUGCCGCGUCACACUGUUGGCUCAUGUCAAGUUUGUGGUCAACCAAGACCCCUAGAUCCUUUUCACAUGUACUGCUCUCAAGCCAGGUGUCCCCAUCUUGUAUUUGUGCCUCUCAUUUUUUUGCCCAAGUGCAAUACUUUACAUUUCUCCCUGUUAAAAUUCAUCUUGUUUGUUUUGGCCCAGUUCUCUAAUCUGUCAAGGUUGUUUUGAAGUGUGAUCCUGUCCUCUGGGGUGUUAGCCACCCCUCCCAGUUUGGUGUCAUCUGCAAAUUUGAUCAGGAUGCCCUUGAGUCCAUCAUCCAAGUCGUUGAUAAAGAUGUUGAAUAAGACCGGGCCCAAGACAGAACCCUGUGGCACCCCACUAGUCACUCUUCUCCAGGAUGAAGAGGAACCAUUGAUGAGCACCCUUUGGGUUCGGUCAGUCAGCCAGUUACAAAUCCACUGAGUGGUAGCAUAGUCAAGACCACAUUUUACCAGCUUCUUUACAAGAAUAUCAUGGGGCACCUUGUCAAAUGCCUUGCUGAAAUCAAGGUAGGCUACAUCCACUGCGUUCCCUUCAUCCACCAGGCUUGUAAUUCUGUCAAAAAACGAGAUCCGGUUAGUCUGACAUGACUUAUUUUUCAGAAAUCCAUGCUGACUAUUGGUGAUCACAGCAUUCCUUUCUAGGUGCUCACAGACUGUUUGCUUAAUGAUCUGCUCCAGAAUCUUCCCUGGUAUUGAUGUCAGACUGACUGGGCGGUAAUUAUUUGGGUCCUCUCUUUUCUCCUUUUUGAAAAUAGGGACAACAUUUGCCCUCCUCCAGUCUGCCAGGACUUCGCCUGUUCUCCCGGAAUUCUCAAAGAUGACUGCCAGUGGUUCUGAGAUCACAUCUGCCAGUUCUUUUAAUACUCUUGGAUGCAGUUCAUCUGGCCCUGGAGACUUGAAUACAUCUAAACUAGCCAAGUAUUCUUGUACUAUCUCCUUAGUUAUUCUGGGCUGUGUUUCCUUUGCUGAAUCAUUUGCUUCAAAUUCUUCAGGUCGGGCAUUGUUUUCUUUAUCGGAGAAGACUGAGGCAAAGAAGGCAUUGAGGAGUUCAGCCCUUUCUGUGUGCCCUGUUUGCAUUUCACCAUCUUCUCCUCUGACUGACCCCACUGUUUCUUUGUUCUUCCUUUUGCUACGAACAUACCUAUAAAAGCCUUUUUUGUUGCUUUUAACCUCUUUAGCAAGCCUGAGUUCAUUCUGUGCUUUAGCUUUUCUGACUUUGUGUCUACACGUGCUGGCUAGUUGUUUGAAUUCCUCUUUGGUGGUUUCCCCCCUUUUCCAUUUUUUGUACACAUCCUUUUUAAUCUUAACUCAGUUAAAAGUUCUUUGGAUAGCCACCCUGGCUUCUUUAGGCACCUUCCAUGUUUCCGUCUCAUUGGUAUUGCCUGACGUUGUGCUUUUACUAUCUCCCUCUUAACAAACUCCCAGCCAUCAUGAACUCCCUUUCCUUUUAGUAUUACUGUCCAUGGGAUCUCACCCAGCACUUCCCUAAGUUUUAUGAAGUCGGCUUUCUUAAAGUCAAGAAAUUGAGUCCUAGUAUGCUUGGCUGCUCCUUUCCGCUGUAUAGUAAACUUCAGAAGAGCAUGAUCACUCGCGCCUAAUGAUCCUUCCACUUCUACCCCACUAACCAGGUCAUCAACAUUGGUUAGGACCAGAUCUAAAAUGGCUGUUCCUCUUGUUGCUUCUCCCACUUUCUGGACAAUGAAGUUGUCUGCAAGGCCAGUGAGGAAUCUGUUUGACCUUAUGCUCUUGGCUGAGUUUGACAUCCAACAAAUAUCCGGGUAAUUGAAGUCCCCCAUUACUACUAUCUCCCUUCCUUUUGCAUGCUUGGCCAUCUGUUCCAGGAAGGCAUCAUCUAUGUCCUCCGUUUGGCUUGGGGAUCUAUAGUAAACUCCCACAAUGAGGUCACUGUUAUUCUUCUCUCCCUUAAUUUUGACCCAAAUGCUCUCACUUUGGCUUUGAGGUUCUAAAUCUUGGAUCUCUUCACAGGUAUACACAUCCCUGACAUAUAACGCCACUCCUCCUCCUUUCUUGUCUGGUCUGUUUCUCUAAAAUAGAUUGUAUCCCCCCCAUUAUUACAUACCAAUCGUGGGACUUAUCCCACCAGGUUUCAGUGAUGCCUAUUAUGUCAUAUUUAGUUUGCUGUACCAAGAGCUCAAGCUCAUCUUGUUUAUUUCCCAUGCUUUGCGCAUUAGUGUACAGACAUUGAAGUCCAUUACUCAUUCCCCGUGUCUCUUAUUUAAGGAUUUUUUCCUCCCACCACUAGGUCUGCGUGCUGUUUGCUCCAUUUGGUCUAUGACAUUUGGAUGAUCAUCUUCAUCAAUUGAUAGACUCCUACCUUCAGGAGCACUGUCUCCCUACCCCACAUUAGUCAGUUUAAAGCCCUCCUGAUGAGGUUUCUGAGAUUUUUGGCAAAAACAUUUCUCCCAACUGUUGUGAGGUGCAGCCCAUCGCUUGCCAGAAGUCCGUCUUCAAGAAACUGCAGUCCGUGAUCUAAGAAUCCAAACCGUUCCUGUUUACACCAUUUGCAAAGCCAGCUGUUCACUUCCACUAUUUUUCCUCUCCCCUGGGCCACGUUGUUCAACUGGGAGGACAGAUGAGAUGACAAUUUGUGCAUUUAAUUGCUUCAAUUUCCUGCCCAGAGCCUCGUAGUCUCUUUUUGAUCUUCUGGAGGCUAUUGCUUGCAGUGUCAUUGGUUCCCACAUGAACCAAGAGGAAGGGGUAUUUGUCAGUGGGUUUUAUGAUUCCUUGCAGUCGUUCAGUUACAUCUUGGAUCUUAGCCCCGGGGACAGCACACUUCCCGAGACAUCUUGUCAGGCCCACAGAUCACUGCUUCUGUUCCCCUCAGUAGGGAAUCCCCUAUCACCACUACACGCCUCCUCUUAGGUUUGGUCGGGGUUCUUCCGUGAGCUGUCCGUUCCAAGGUCGCCUGCACAUUCCCUGAGGACUGACUUUGCUGCUCGUCUUCAUAUACCUGAUCGACUGUAAUGAGGGAGAGAUCCUCAAAUGGAGUCUGCUCUUCGUCUUCCAUGCUAGGGAGAGGACCUCAAAGCGAUUGUGUAUUUCUAAACAAUCAGAGCGAACCCUGGGCCUCCUACUUCUUUGAGUCACGUUUCUCCAUAUAUCUGGCUCCUGUGUUGGUGAACUAGCCUCCUUCUCAGGGGAGUCCUCUGUCUCCUCCUUGGUGGAGACGGUGUGCUCUGUUGCUUCCAAGAAGAGCUCCAGCUCUCUAAUUCUUUGGAGCGUAGCUACACGUUCCUCCAGUUGCUGGACUUUGUCUUUUAAGAGGGCAAUCAACAUGCAAUUGCUGCAGGUAAAGCUGCCUGCAACCUUUGGCAAGAUGGCAAACAUUGCGCAGGAACCGCAGGCGACUGCAGCUGUUCCCUCCCCCUCCAUCUUGAGAACGUGUCGUUGGGCGGUGGCUACAGCGGUCCUCCAUCAUAAAAAGCGUGAAAACAGGACAAAUAACUCCCCCCACAAAAAAAACUUAGGUCUCCCCCAACAAACGUUUGAGACUAGCUCCCCUAAAUCUAAAAGAUGGAUCAAACAGCUAAUCAGCCACAAAGAAACACACACACACAAGAAAACCCUUUUUGCUCCUCCUUCAACUGCUGCCCUGCAAGUUCUGAUAAGCUCCUCCCACAGCUAAUCACUUGCCUCAACAGAAACCCUGCCCCCUCUGACCUUUGCACAGGGAGAGCAGCUAAUCAGCCACAAAGAAACACACACACACACACACACACACACAAGAAAACCCUUUUUGCUCCUUCUUCAACUGCUGCCCUGCAAGUUGUUUAGCGUUGACUCAGAUCCCUGCCUAUAAAAUGGGCAUAAGAGUAAACGGUCUCAUGUGGCCGAUGAGAGAGUGAAAAUCAUCGCCACUCUAUAAAUACAGUGGUGCCUCUGGUUACCAACUUAAUUUGUUCCAGAGGUCAUGUUCUCACCAUGAAGUAAAGUUCUUAACGCAAGGUACUAUUUCUGGGUUAGUGGAGUCUGUAACCUGAAGUGUUUGUAACCCAAGGUACCACUGUACUCUAUAAAUACUAGCUCGUAAUGGAAAUGUUAACUCUGUCAAACUGUUGUACCAAAACUUGCCAUCAAAGUACUUGUUCAAUAUUGUGGCUUUGUGUGCUACUAAGACUUUACGCUAUUGCCAAAACUGCAAGGGACUUUUGUCAUCAUUUCAGUGCAAAUUAAGGUGUGGGGUUUGGGUUACUAUGUUUCAGCAAGUUUAAAAAGAUUAUUUCAACUGUUGAUUGGUGAAAUGAAAGCUGGAAUGUUUGGAAAAGGAAAAAAUCUCAGGAUUCAGUUCCUUUUUGUACUAGCUGUUCUGUGUGAUGACUUGCAGUGCUACUUUUCUUGCAGAGAACAGCCAUCUGUUCAGGCAAGCAGCUGUAGUUUCCUCACUUGUACAGUCUAGGGAACUGUUUUAGAAAAGCACUAGAAAAAACAGUAGAUGUAUCUGAUAAAGAGGCUAGAAUGAGGGACAAGCAAAUGAAUUUGGCACAUGCCUUCUAACGCACAACAUGUAGCAGAUUUUGCCUUUGUAUAAUGAGUGAGAAUGGAGCAAUUAGUCAAGUAAGUUAGUGUGGAGUUUGCAUCCAUGGUGGGUUCCACACAAUAAAGGCAUUUUCUAGCUGUUGCUGUUCUUAGUUUUCUGGCUAAACCUAAGUAGCAUCUCCAAAAUACAUACUCCCUUUCCCUGGGAUUGCUCUACCCUCAGACUCAAACUACAUGAGGAGAACGGCUAAGGGAGCUGGGCAUGUUUAGCCUGGAGAAGAGAAGAGGAGGUUAAGGGGUGAUAUGAUAGCCAUGUUCAAAUAUAUAAAAGGAUGUCACAUAGAGGAGGGAGAAAGGUUGUUUUCUGCUGCUCCAGAGAAGCGGACAAGGAGCAAUGGAUCCAAACUACAAGAAAGAAGAUUCCACCUAAACAUUAGGAAGAACUUCCUGACAGUAAGAGCUGUUCGACAGUGGAAUUUGCUGCCAAGGAGUGUGGUGGAGUCUCCUUCUUUGGAGGUCUUUAAGCAGAGGCUUGACAACCAUAUGUCAGGAGUGCUCUGAUGGUGUUUCCUGCUUGGCAGGGGGUUGGACUCGAUGGCCCUUGUGGUCUCUUCCAACUCUAUGAUUCUAUGAUUCUAUACAUGUUCUGUAGAAUUUCAUGAGUCAUGCCUCCAUAUUUUUCCUUUUAAAAUUUGUAGUGACCUGAACAAGAUUACCAUAUUUUUGCAUGUAUAAGACUAGGUUUUUUACUUUAAAAUAAUGUCAAAAUUAGGGGGCGUCUUAUAUACGAAUACAUCUCCCCCCCAUUUUCUUAAAUCUGAGUCCUCAAAAAUAGGGGGUGUCUUAUACAUGGGGGCAUCUUAUAGACGGAAAAAUACGGUACAUCUGAACAGAAGGCUGAAAAAGACUGCUUAACUUUUUUACCUGUAAAAGAAUAUCACACUCUCUAAGCUAUUCACAUCCUAAGGCUCUGGGUUGAUGAGGAAAUAGUGUUCUUGUAUUUUCCCCAUUUGUUCCCCCUUACUUUUGAAAACCAAGGUACCACUGUACUAAUAUUAACACAUCAUCAUGUUUGAAACCUGGUGGGGGAAGCAUGAUCAGAAGGGUGAUUUAGCCAAGUUUUUAUUACAUGUGUACCACACAUGUAGGUAGGCCCUUGGUGUGAAAGCUGGCAUGUUCCCAUUUUGAGUCUUUCUUUCAGGUAUGAAAUCUUAUGUGGCUUUAGAUAAACUACAAUAUCUCAGCUUUCUCUUUACUCCUUCUCCUGUCCUUCAAAAAGGGGUGAUAAUAUUUAGAGGAGGGAUGGAGAACCUGUGCCCUUUCAGAGGUCUGCCCCAGCCAGCAUGACUUGAUGGUCUGGGAUCAUAUUAGACCUAUUUGCAUAUCUAGCAACCAACUGAUUUUUUUUGUUUUAUCCCUAUAAGUCACUUUGGGUAUAAUUCAUCACUGAAAAGAUUUGCUGGUGGUAGUCGUGAUGGGAGUUGCAGGCUAACAACAUCUGUGGGCCUACAGGUUCCUUGUCCUUGUCUUACAGUGUUUUAAGAAUUUCUGAAACAGUGUGUGAAGUGCUUUGGACUUAGCAUUGCUCUAUGAAUACUAGUAAAUACCUGUGAAGUGCUUACCUUCCCACCUGAGUUGUAAAAUAUUCUCCUUAGUAAAAAUGCUACAGGAAUUCUUGUCAAUAAAAUGGCUUAUGUAAAAUUGGUAUCUGAAGAAGUGUGCAUGCACACGAAAGCUCAUACCAAGAACAAACUUAGUUGGUCCAUAAGGUGACUUAUGUAAGUUUCAUAGAGCCGAUCCAAAUGUACAGGGAGACGUGUGACCCAGUCCUGCGCAGGCUUUGCCACCUUUAAAUUGUAGAGGCGCUACAGUGCCUUGCAGGACUAUACUAUGAAUCAGUACUAACAUUUAAAUUGGCUCCUGUGUGGUGUCACCAGCAUGCUCAGAAAUAAUAAUACUGAAAAUGUAAGAUAAGCAAGUACCUUCAGGAAUAGAUAUUAGGAGUAACUAAAGUUCUUUAAAGGACACGGGUGGUGCUGUGGUCUAAACCACUGAGCCUCUUGGGCUUGCCAAUCAGAAGGUCGGCAGUUCGAAUCCCUGCGACGGGGUGAGCUCCCGUUGCUGGGUCCCAGCUUCUGCCAACAUAGCAGUUCGAAAACACGCCAGUGCUUCCAGCGGGAAGGUAAAUGGUGUUUCUGUGUGCUGCUCUGGUUUUACCAGAAGCAGCUUAGUCAUGCUGGCCACAUGACCCGGAAAAACUGUCUGCGGACAAACGCCAGCUUCCUCAGCCUGUAAAGCGAGAUGAGCGCUGCAACCCCAGAGUCGUCUGCGACUGGGCUUAACUGUCAGAGGUCCUUUACCUUUUAAAGUUCUUUAAGUCUGAAAGUCACCUUUCAAGAUCUUAAUAUGUUCAAGAGUUUCAAGAGGCAUCCUGUUGUCUCACUUGUUGAUUCUACCUGUCCUUCCACUUAACACCUUUCAACCAUAGACACUAACCUUGCAUCCCUGGCCUGUCCUGUGAUUGCUUGCACAUCCUUACUUUGAAACACCCUUGCACAUGCUGCCUCCAUUGAGUCUUGCUCCUCCCACAAUCCCUGUGUCCCAUCAUGUUCAUUAACUUCUUCUCUUCACUUUCUUAAACUAUUACAGUUGAGUUGAUGUUUGAAGAGCCACAUUGGGUCAUCCUGUGGGUGUAUGUAAAAAUUUAUCUUAUAUUGAUUUAAGUUGUCACUUAGUUCCCCUGUGUCUUCUGGUAGAUGAAAAUAUGAGAAGUGCAAAUUAAGCUCCAAUGUAUUAAAGGAGGUUUGUGUAUUAAAGGAGGUUUAUGGAUUUAGUGGAUUCUGGUAAAGGCUAGAAUCCUGAUGAACAAUCUUAUGUUCAUUCAUGCAGUGUUUUGAUGCGAAACCUGUAGCCUUAGUCAAUAUUCUACAUAGUGUUCCCAGGGCUGGAAAACUCUUAGUGCCAGGAAUUUAUUAUUCCCAGUACAUUUCUUUUAGGGUUUGCUUGUUUAAAGCAUUUUGUCCCACUAUUUUGCCAAAAGGUUACUAGAGCAGCUUCAAUUAGUAGUAGCACAUAGAAUCAUAGAAUUGUAGAGUUGGAAGGUCCCAAGGGUCAUCUAGUCCAACGCUCUGUAAUGCAGGAAUCUCAACUAAAGCAUCCAUGACAGAUGGCCAUCCAACCUCUGCUUAAAAACCUCCAAGGAAGGAGAGUCCACCACCUCCCAUGGGACCUGUUCCACUGCUGAACAGGUCUUACUGUCAGAAAGUUUUUUCAAAUGUUUAGUUAGAAUCUCUUUUCUUGUAACUUGGAGCCAUUGGUUCAAGUCCUAGCCUCCAGAGCAGGAGAAAACAAGAUUGCUUCCUCUUCCAUGUGACAGCCCUUAAGAUAUUUGAAGAUGGCUAUCAUAUGUUCUCUCAGGCUCCUCUUUUCCAGGCUAAACAUACCCAGCUCCCUCAAGUACUCCUCAUAAGGCUUAGUUUCUAGACCCUUUAUCAUCCUGGUUGCCCUCCUCUGCGCAUGUUCCAGCUUGUUAACAGUAUUCCAGGUGUGGUGUGACCAAGGCAGAAUAGAGUAGUGCUGUUACUUCCUUUGAUCUGGACACUAGACUUCUGUUGAUGCAGCCUAGAAUAGUGUUAGCUUUUUUUGCAGCUGUAGCACACUGUUGACUUAUGUUAAGCUUGUGGUCCACUAAGACUCCUAGAUCCUUUUCACAUGUACUGCUAGUAAGCCAGGUGUCCCCUAUCCUAUAUUUGUGAAUCUGGUUCUUCCUGCCUAAGUGCAGAACCUUACAUUUGCCCUAUUGAAAUUUGUUAGCUUGUGCCCAGUUCUCCAAGGUCAUUCUUCUGCGGCAUUAGCUACACCUCCCAGUUUGAUGUCAUCCUGCAAAUUUGAUGAGCCAGUCUCUGUUCACAGGCUUAUAAUCUAAAAGAAGGAAAAGAGGAUGGGGAAAGAAGAAGGAGAGAGACACAAAUUCAGGCACCAGCUGGGAUGGAAACAGUUCAGAAAGCCUGAUAGUAUGGCUCUCAUUGGGUGACAGUUGAGAGAGGACGAAAGCCAAUUGAUCUCUCUGCAUAGGCAAUGGAAAUAACCUUGUUUCACUUAUCUCCUUCUCUGCAAACAGGUAUAAAAUUGCAAGCAGGUGUACAGUUAAUUCAUAUCAGGUUUACUACAGAAUAUAUUUGCUGUUACAAAUUACAAGAGUCAUUAUCUCAUGCUUAUCUCUCUUAAACUGGUGAAAGGAAUUACAUGCUUUAUACAGAGUCAGGCCACUGGUCUUUCGAGCUCAGUAUUGUCUACAAUGAUCGACAGAGGUGCUCUAGCACUUCAGAAAGGAUUUUUCUCAGGCCACCCUGGAGAUGCCUAGAAUUGAACCUGGAACCUUCUGCAGGCAGCACAUGCUUUCUACCACUGAGCUAUAUAACCCAAAAUACAGCUGAUUAUACAUAUCAAGCCAAUUGUCUAUCAUAUUUUGGCAGAAACCAACCAUAACCCUGAAUUCUUGCAUAAGUCAGCUUGUUUCCUGGCAGCAUGGCAAGAGCAGUGAAGAAGUGAAGUGACUGUGAUUUCAGCAGUGUGCACCUGUGCACUAUGUGUUCACAUUAAAUACUAGUUUAUUUUAACUACUGUAUAGCUUUAGUGACGCGGGGGGCGCGACUGGAAGGUCGGCAGUUUGAAUCCCCACGAUGGGGUGAGCUCCCGUUGCUUGGUCCCUGCUCCUGCCCACCUAGCAGUUCGAAAGCGCAUCAAACUGCAAGUAGAUAAAUAGGUACCGCUCCAGCGGGAAGGUAAACGGUGUUUCCAUGCGCUGCUCUGGCUCGGCAGAAGCGGCUUAGUCAUGCUGGCCACAUGACCCGGAAGCUGUAUGCCGGCUCCCUCGGCCAGUAAAGCGAGAUGAGUGCCGCAACCCCAGAGUCGUCCGUAACUGGACCUAACGGUCAGGGGUCCCUUUAUCUUUACCUACCUUAUAGCUUUAAUGUAAUGUGUGAAUGAGAAAGAUGAGGAUUGCUGAAGGGAGAGGCUAAGUUGCUUUCACGGCUAACUUUGAAACAUAGCUGUGACACUAUCGUGUCCCAAGGCUGAAUUAAGCAGUGGGGAACCAAUGAAAUUACUUGUCCGUAAUCUUCAAGAGAGAAAAAUUAUAUAAAAACUAUGCAUUAGUGCUGAGUUACCCAGGACUUCAAAGCCUGUCAGUUUAGGAUAAUUAAUUGGUUGAUGUUCAGUUUUGGAUAGGAAAUAGAAAACCUGUUUGGGGUGCAUAUGUGUGUCCCACAUGGGAAAGAUCCAUAUCUCUGUCACUUUUAUAUGCUGAAUCUUUUAUUGGUAUUGAAUCUCUAUUGACUGCAUUUUGUCAUGUGUUUGUAAAGCCACCAUAGCAAAUUCUUUUGAAAUGCACGUUGUAAAUCCAUUCAGUAUGUAAUUUAAGAAGGAUGAGUAUUUGAUGUGAUGAAAUGUGAUGCUUGCACUAGGAAUUUGAAAUAUUUGUUUAGCUAUGUCAAGGGCUGCUGUCUUAAAAAUAUAUAUUUAAAAACUCUGAUGAUGGAUUACAGGAAUUUGUAUCUGGUGCUUGGCAUUUGAAAUUAUUUUUUCCUGCCUUGAAUAUCCUCAUGAUGCAAUUCGUACUUGUAUUCAAAAUAUACUGCAUGUUACGUUUCUUCAAACUCCAUCUAGAUCUGAGCAAUUUUCAGUAUGGUCCUUAACUGAUCAUUCUCUCUCUUGUUGCCCAGGUUAGAGAAACCUUUGCUGAAAUCCGAUUAUAAGAUUUAUUGGUCUUUGGAGGAACUCCCUUCUUAAUGUUUGUGUGUUUCUGUCUCUCUCCAGCUGUCCCUUUCCCUCCUACGCAGCGGUUAACCCUGAAAGAAGUUUUUGAGGAUGGGAAACCCAGGCUGGAGGUCUUAAGAAACCACUUGGUGAAAGAAGGGCGUUUGGAGGAGGAUGCAGCACUGAAGAUAAUCAAUGAUGGAGCCUCCAUUCUGAGGCAUGAGAAGACCAUGAUUGAAGUUGAGGCUCCAAUCACAGGUCAGAGAAUGCUUUAUUUUGUGGCUUGUUGUUUUCUGAGGCUCAUCUGGAGUGACUGACUGCUAAAGCCAGCAGGUUUCCUGUUGCAUGUUCUUUCCACUGAAGUGUGCUCAAGAUCAGAAAGCUUUCUAUACCUCCAAGGGGAAGAAGUGUUUUUGUAGAUUGGAGAUUUGAGUACAGGAGCUCAGUAUAAUCCAACAAUUUAGACUGAAGCAAAACCAUGUUCCCUAUUGGUUCUGUGACCUUUCUCUUCUUAGCAUGUAAUCCUGUCCCUCUUUUUGCUGUCCUUCCUUCCCUAGUGUGUGGUGACAUUCAUGGGCAGUUCUUUGACCUGAUGAAGUUGUUUGAAGUUGGAGGAUCACCCAAUAACACACGCUACCUCUUCCUGGGAGACUACGUGGACAGAGGCUACUUCAGUAUAGAGGUGACAAUUCAACUGAGCCUUUGGGGAUUACACUUUAAAGUUUGGGCUGAGCCUAUGGAACCUUUUCUUCUUCCGCUUUGGUAGUUUAUGCAGCCUAGUACAAUUACAGAGAGUUAAUAUGCAACAAGGCUUAUCUUUAAAUCAGUACAAAUUUAUUUUUAUGUUCAUGAUGGCGAAGUGGCUAGAUUGCAGUGAAGGACAUUAUGGGUUCAGGUCUGCCAAGCCUCAUUCCUAAUGCUGCCAUGUUCUUCCCCCUUCCCACAAAUAAAAAUAAAUUAUGAUGCACAAGAGCAACUGACCUGUCAGUUUGCUAAGGACAAGUAAAGUAGUCUGUGUUGAAACUUGUUUCUUUCUUUGCAUGUUAUUUGUAUUAAAAUAUAGAGGCCAAUUUUCAACCAAAAGGUGUCCCAACUACAGAAUACAAUAAAAAUGAUAAGCUGUAGACAUCUGAAUACCAUUAUGGACUGCUUCAGUUGUGUAAAAAUGUGUGAUAGCUAAACAAAAUAAAAGUUUACCUCUUCUGUUCUCACCUGGACAUCUUUAUGAGCUCUAGUUGCCCUAAUGCAUCUUCAGGUUUAUCUGGGCUUAAAUACAGUUUAUUAAUAUUUCACUGCCUAAAUGUUUCUGUGCUUUUUUGGGGUCCCACAGGCCAGACAACAUAUAUUCAGAAUUCAUAGUUGACUCCAGUCUGCUAAAACAAUCCUACAAAAAUGGAUAAUUAGCUAGGGAUGGGUGAGCAGAGGAGGAAACAAUCACUUCACCAACUCACUUAUCAUUCAGAUGGAAAUAAUACUUCUGCUCUUACUACCAGCUGGCAUUCUGAAGGGUUGUACAGGAAUGGAUCCUUAAUUGCAUUCAGACUGGCUCCUAUUGGGUGGGAAAUUGUGAUAGCCAGGGAACUAUGAGGGUGUCCUGUUCAACAGAGGAUCCCAAUGUGCCCAGAUGCCUUGAUCCACGUUUACAGUUUUUUAGCGUCAUCUGAAGUCUGCUGUUUAUCAGCUUGAAUGCUGGGUCAGCUGUUCAGAUGGCUGCUUGCCUUCUUUUAAAGUGGCAUGUGUAUGUUUGCUUUCAUCCUUUGUGUUGUUCUUUUUUUAAAUUAAAGGGUAACAUUUUUUAAAGUUGCAGAACUAUUGGGAAGGAGUAGGGGGGGUCAGGUUAGUGAACUCCAGUAGUGCUAGCCAUAUGACAGCAUUUACAGCAAGUGUUUGCUGCAAGCUUGCAGAAACAUUUUUUCCCUUCCAAAGCUUGGCCCAGAAGAGGAAAAUACAUGUUUUGUUUUAAAUGUAUUGAGGAUGUUUCCAAACUCCCUCCCACUGCUCUACAAUGAUAUCCCUCUUUUCACCUUAGCAAUUGUGAGUGGUAAAAUGAGUUAGGGGUAUAUUUGGGGUAUUUGGUGAUUGGAAAGAAUUGGACUUGACCCUUAAUUAUUUUGGCUGCUAGCUUUCUGUUAAGUGGAGCCAGUGUGUGGCUAUUACCAUUGUGUGGAGUAUUCCUGUCAGCUAGUAUGAUUAGUGGAUGAGGAAUUGUCUCCUACUAGUAAAUGUUGCAGAUCCCCUAAGUGGUUGUGAUCUUUGGGUGAAAUGAAGUUGGCAAGUACAUGUAGGUCCCCCCCCCCCAAAUGUUAUAGUCUCUGCUGUGACACUUGAAAAUUUCCAAAGGGCAUACCACAUGGCAGGGCUACAUAGGCAUUGUUUCACAAAGGUAGAGGAAUGGAUUUCGGAAGCCAUUUCAAUUAAUGAAAGAUGUAAAAGUGAAAGGGCACCAAAUGGAACAGAAUGGUCAGAUCCAGAAAAACUGAGGAACUGGUGACAGUCUAUGAAAGUCGCAGGAGAAUGGAGUUUCAGUAAUCCAGAGGAGGACGCAGUAAACUGUUUAACAAGGUAGCAUAGUCACCUUUUCUGAUUCCAUCCAAUGCUUUCUUUGUCACUUCUAGGGCUAGCCAUGUUUGACUCUCACAGCAGAAAUAGCAAAGUGUCUUGUGGGACUUUAAUGCACAACUGGGAUGGCAAAAGCUUUGUAGGCCCAUGAAAUCUGGUCCCUGAGUGCUUGAUGGUACAAUUAAUUUGUUAGGCUGUAACCGUGCCACAAGACUCUGAGUUCUAUGCAUUCUGCUUGAGGGAAACAGAGGAUGAAGAAUUACAAGACAUGAUCACAUGUUAAAGGCCGGGAUUCUGAGCAUGGACCUAGUGGACCAUUGCUGUAGUGUUAAUUCAGGAGUUAUAGUGUGGAAAAAUUGUGAGGGUAGAGAGGUUGCUACUUUCAGUUGUUAAUAGGCUAAUAUUCAUAAUCUAUCCCAACAACCUUUUGAGAAAGUUUCUCCUUUGUCGAGGAGGAAUUCUGUGGAAUCAUGGCUCUGUUAUGUUUUAUGUUACCUUCGUAGAAUCAUAGAAUCAUAGAGUUGGAAGAGACCACAAGGGCCAUGUUAAUUUUUAGAUUUCAGUUGCAUAGUUUGAGCAUUGAGGGAACAAGGAUUAGCCUCCCUUGGCCACUUCUGCUAUUGAUACAGAGCACAUCAAUGAGCAAAGAGAGCCACCUCCAUGGGCCAUCACUCAGAAUAACAAUUGGCAGCAUCAAAGGGGGAGUACCAGCCCCCCACUUCCCAUUUUGUAUCAUUUUAGUAAUUACUUUAUGAGACGCGGGUGGCACUGUGGGUUAAACCACAGAGCCUAGGACUUGCAGAUCAGAAGGUCGGUGGUUCAAAUCCCCGCGACAGGGUGAGCUCCCGUUGCUCGGUCCCUGCUGCUGCCAACCUAGCAGUUCGAAAGCCCGUCAAAUUGCAAGUAGAUAAAUACCGUAUUUUUCGCUCUGUAGGACGCACCGGAGCAUAGGAGGGGGAGAACGGGGGGGGGGAAUCUCCCCCUCUCUGCUCAGCGCCCCUUCAGCGAAGUGGCAGGAGAAACAGAGCCCAUUCCAUUUCUCCUCCCGCUUCGCUGAAGGGGCGCUGCGCAGAGAGCGAAAACUGUGCAGCGCCUCUCCAGCGAAGCGAAGCCUGGAGAGCAAGAGGGAUCGGUGUGCACCGACCCCUCUCAUUCUCCAGGCUUCAGGCGGCUAUCCGCAAGCCUUCGGAGCGCAGCAGGAACUCCUGGGGGCUUCAGGCGGCUUCAGCGAAAGCAACGCGAAGCCUCCGGAGAGUGGGGGGAGCUCUCCCUCUGCGCUUCAGAGGCUUCGCGUUGCUAUCGCUGAAGCCAAGGAGCCUGCAUUCGCUCCAUAGGACGCACACACAUUUCCCCUUCAUUUUGGGAGGGGAAAAAGUGUGUCCUAUAGAGCGAAAAAUACAGUAGGUACCGCUCCGGCGGGAAGGUAAACGGCGUUUCUGUGCGCUGCUCUGGUUCACUAGAAGCGGCUUAGUCAUGCUGGCCACAUGACCCAGAAGCUGUAUGCCGGCUCCCUCAGCCAGUAAAGCGAGAUGAGCGCUGCAACCCCAGAGUCGGUCACGACUGGAUCUAAUGGUCAGGGGUCCCUUUACCUUUACCUAGUAAUUACUUUAUACAACUUUGAUGAGGAUGGGAUUUAGGCUAAUUGUUAACUAGUUAAUGAUAUAUAAUAACACUUAGAAAGCAUCUGAAAUUUUCUGUGCGAUGGUCUUUAUGACGCUUUACCUUCAUAGGAAGCAAGAAGUUCAGCUGCCUCAGAAGCUUGCUAACUUCUUUAUGAUCUCAUAGUUGCAUUUUUUAUUUUGCAGCCUACCUUUAGCAUACUAAUGGAAAAGUGAGGUGUACAGUUAAGAAAUAUAAGAAGGUGAUUGGUGACAGGCUACAGGCAUUUAGCUUUAUUCAUUUAAAUACAGUGGUACCUCAGUUCUCGAACGUACUCUGUUUCGGAAGACCGUUUGACUUCCAAAGCCGUCAAAAACUGAGGCGCAAAGAGCUGGCUGCAAGUUCAAUUGGAAAAAUGGAAAAACACGCAGUGGAAGCCGUUCAACUUCUGAGGAGCGUUCAAAAUGGAAACAAUUACUUCCGGGUUUUCGGCAUUUGAAAACCGAAACGUUUGGCUACCAAGAUGCUCGAAAACCAAGGUAUUUCUACUAGAGUUUUCCUCAGUCAGCUCGAAAGGUUAACGAAACAAUUUGAAGCAAUUAACAAUUUAGCAAUUUUAAAAGUUACAGUAACAAUCAACAACACCACUAAAGUAGUUGUUGGUUUGAUAUUUUCCUUCACUGAGCAAUUAAAUCCAGCAGAUGUCUGAAAAGUCUGAACACUGGUAUCGUUGGAGUUUAAGAUAAGUUCAAAAUAUUAGAAUCAUAGAAUCAUAGAGUUGGAAGAGACCACAAGGGCCAUUGAGUCCAACCCCCUACCAAGCAGGAAACACCCUCAGAGCACUCCUGACAUAUGGUUGUCAAGCCUCUGCUUAAAGACCUCCAAAGAAGGAGACUCCACCACACUCCUUGACAGCAAAUUCCACUGUCGAACAGCUCUUACUGUCAGGAAGUUCUUCCUAAUGUUUAGGUGGAAUCUUCUUUCUUGUAGUUUGGAUCCAUUGCUCCGUGUCCGCUUCUCUGGAGCAGCAGAAAACAACCUUUCUCCCUCCUCUAUGUGACAUCCUUUUAUAUAUUUGAACAUGGCUAUCAUAUCACCCCUUAACCUCCUCUUCUCCAGGCUAAACAUGCCCAGCUCCCUUAGCCGUUCCUCAUAAGGCAUCGUUUCCAGGCCUUUGACCAUUUUGGUUGCCCUCCUCUGGACACGUUCCAGUUUGUCAGUGUCCUUCUUGAACUGUGGUGCCCAGAACUGGACACAGUACUCCAGGUGAGGUCUGACCAGAACAGAAUAAAGUGGCACUAUUACUUCCCUUGAUCUAGAUGCUAUACUCCUAUUGAUGCAGUCCAGCAUUGCAUUGGCUUUUUUAGCUGCCGCGUCACACUGUUGGCUCAUGUCAAGUUUGUGGUCAACCAAGACUCCUAGAUCCUUUUCACAUGUACUGCUCUCAAGCCAGGUGUCCCCCAUCUUGUAUUUGUGCCUCUCAUUUUUUUGCCCAAGUGCAAUACUUUACAUUUCUCCCUGUUAAAAUUCAUCUUGUUUGUUUUGGCCCAGUUCUCUAAUCUGUCAAGGUUGUUUUGAAGUGUGAUCCUGUCCUCUGGGGUGUUAGCCACCCCUCCCAGUUUGGUGUCAUCUGCAAUUUUGAUCAGGAUACCCUUGAGUCCAUCAUCCAAGUCGUUGAUAAAGAUGUUGAAUAAGACCGGACCCAAGACAGAACCCUGUGGCACCCCACUAGUUACUCUUCUCCAGGAUGAAGAGAAACCAUUGAUGAGCACCCUUUGGGUUUGGUCAGUCAGCCAGUUACGAAUCCACUGAGUGGUAGCAUAGUCAAGACCGCAUUUUACCAGCUUCUUUACAAGAAUAUCAUGGGGCACCUUGUCAAAUGCCUUGCUGAAAUCAAGGUAGGCUACAUCCACUGCGUUCCCUUCAUCUACCAGGCUUGUAAUUCUGUCAAAAAAUGCGAUCCGGUUAGUCUGACAUGACUUAUUUUUCAGAAAUCCAUGCUGACUAUUGGUGAUCACAGCAUUCCUUUCUAGGUGCUCACAGACUGUUUGCUUAAUGAUCUGCUCCAGAAUCUUCCCUGGUAUUGAUGUCAGACUGACUGGGCGGUAAUUAUUUGGGUCCUCUCUUUUCCCUUUUUGAAAAUAGGGACAACAUUUGCCCUCCUCCAGUCUGCCGGGACUUCGCCUGUUCUCCAGGAAUUCUCAAAGAUGACUGCCAGUGGUUCUGAGAUCACAUCUGCCAGUUCUUUUAAUACUCUUGGGUGCAGUUCAUCUGGCCCUGGAGACUUGAAUACAUCUAAACUAGCCAAGUAUUCUUGUACUAUCUCCUUAGUUAUUCUGGGCUGUGUUUCCUCUGCUGAAUCAUUUGCUCCAAAUUCUUCAGGUCGGGCAUUGUUUUCUUUAUCGGAGAAGACUGAGGCAAAGAAGGCAUUGAGGAGUUCAGCCCUUUCUGUGUGCCCUGUUUGCAUUUCACCAUUUUCUCCUCUGAGUGACCCCACCGUUUCUUUGUUCUUCUUUUUGCUACGAACAUACCCAUAAAAGCCUUUUUUGUUGCUUUUAACCUCUAUAGCAAGCCUGAGUUCAUUCUGUGCUUUAGCUUUUCUGUACACAUCCUUUUUUAAUCUUAACUCAGUUAAAAGUUCUUUAGAUAGCCACCCUGGCUUCUUUAAGCACCUUCCAUGUUUCCGUCUCAUUGGUAUUGCCUGAAGUUGUGCUUUUACUGUCUCCCUCUUAACAAACUCCCAGCCAUUAUGAACUCCUUUUCCUUUUAGUAUUACUGUCCAUGGGAUCUCACCCAGCACUUCCCUAAGUUUUAUGAAGUCGGCUUUCUUAAAGUCAAGAAAUUGAGUCCUAGUAUGCUUGGCUGCUCCUUUCCGCUGUAUAGUAAACUUCAGAAGAGCAUGAUCACUCGCGCCUAAUGAUCCUUCCACUUCUACCCCACUAACCAGGUCAUCAACAUUGGUUAGGACCAGAUCUAAAAUGGCUCUUCCUCUUGUUGCUUCUCCCACUUUCUGGACAAUGAAGUUGUCUGCAAGGCCAACUUGGAAGAGCUGUUGUCAUGUCCUUAACUCAAGUCACAGGUGGACAGUCUGAAGUUCCUGACCUCAUUUGAUGGAGCCCCUGAGACAGCCCUGUUCUUCCAUCCCAUCAGAAUUCCUACUUUCCUUUAGUUUCUUCCUCAUUUUUCUUGGCUUUUUAAAUAAUCUCCCCUUUCUGUCUAGUUUCAGGAUAAUUGGAAGAGGCAGUAUUAUUAUUAUUAUUAAUAAUAACCAUCUGGCUGGGUUUCCCCAGCCACUCUAUUUAAUUUGAUAAAAUAUGUGUUGCUUUUUUUAGAACUCUUCCUAGAGCUGUCUGUGAACAAAUCAGUAGGCUUCUGCCAUGUGUGUGUGCAUAUAUCACACUGAUGUCAGAAAGGAAUUACUUUUACUUGCUUUCUAGAACCAUAGCUGUAUUGGUAUGUUGAACUAAAAAAAUCCUGGUAUAUUUGAGAGUAAUCCCACUUAAUAGGGUGAUACUAACUCCUGAAGAGACCUGCAUAGGAUUGGGAAUUGCAGUCUGAGGUAACUAUGGAAAAAAUUGAGGCAAGGUGGUCUGUGUAUCUGAUUUAGUUAAUUAGCAACACAUUUGCCUCCAACUCCAUGAAGAAUGCAGCCCUUCACAGAAAAAGAUGUCCACUCUGUCGUAACUUUUAGCAUCCUAUAGUUUUGACUUACAGGUGUCUCCCCACUUGCGCAUAUUCAACUUGUGUGUGAUGCUGGGAAAUAAUUAAAUAAAUUGAUUUAAACUUCAGAAAAGUGUGAAAAAGUGUGGCCCAAAAAGAGCUGGAAAACAGAUUGCCUUUGUGUUUGCAGUCCCAUGAGGUUUGGAGGGAGUUUUAGGAGGAUUUUUUUUGAGAUGACACCCAAACGCAAGGCAUCAUCAUCUUCCCAGGCGCUGAGAAACCCAAGAAGCAACAAGUGAUUUAGAGGAUGUUUACAGGCUAUUUAGAUCAUGUUCCCACUAAGCACGAUUCCACAUAUGUACACAGUACCUGGGAACGUAACCCCCACCUGUACGCUUGAGCUUUGUUGAAAUUAAUGUACACUCUUCAGGCAUUAGCAAUCCAGUGUAUGAAGAACAUGAAGGAGGCCUUGAGGACAAGCAGGGUAGCUCUGCUCUCAAGUCACAGAGUGAGGAGUGCCUGGUAUCCCUUGAGGCUCACUGCAUGUUUUGGAACACUGAUUUUCCAGAGUUUUAAAAUGCACAGGGAACCUCCAUGGAUGGCAGGAAGCUUUCCUGGUGGCGCUUUCCACAAGUGAAGAUUGAUGGAAGAGAUAACAGGACAGAGACAGUGCUAGCACACUUGUCCUCACUGACUUUCUUCAGAAUUUCUCUCAGAUCUCAGAUUUUAGAAUGUUGUAUUAUUUUAUUGUUGUUAGCCGCCCUGAGCCUGGCUUCGGCUGGGGAGGGUGGGAUAUAAAUUAAAAAAAAAAAUUAUUCUUAUUAUUCUUAUUAUUAUUAUCAUUUAUUUGCCUCAAAUUUUGUUUUAUGCACAAUUUCAUUGCCAACACCAUUUGUGACUUUUAGAACUUUUAUUUUUUUAAAGAAUUGAAAGCUGGAAUUCUCAAGAUUCAAAGGGAGCUGUAGGCUUCACAAAGGUCCUCUGAGGAAACCUUCAUGUUUCCUACCUCUGUAUUUAGUGAGAGAAGGUGGCUUUAAUGAGCUGCUAGGAACUUUGGAGGGGUGGUGGUGAGGGAGAUAAAAUUGUGCUGAGCUGCUGGGAUUUGUGGAGGGGGUGGAGAUGAUUGUGCUGAGAUGAUUGUUUGAAGUGCCACUUGGAAAUUAUAUGCAGUAUGGUACAAGGAAAUAUUACAGGGACAUGCUGCACAAACUAGUAUUUGGAAUCCUUGGGAGUUGCUUGAAAUCGCCAUCCUUUGUACGCUGUCAGCAUGCGGCCCUUUCAUGCUAUUCUUGGCCCUCCUCCUCCCCCCCAGCCCAGAAUGGAGAGAGAGCUGUGAAAGGCUUGUUCCUUUUCUACCAAGCAGGUAUUCAUCUUUCACAAAGCAAGGUGGGCUUUGAUUAGUACACGCGGGGGCUGCUCCAAAUGUCACUUGAUAAAAUGGAAUUGAGAAGCUUUAUUUCACUUCUGUGCAUGGAGAUAUGCCUUUUCCUCCUGCAUCCUGCAAAAUAACUUCUCUCUGCCUUGAAUGAAAGAUUUUCUGCUUAGGUGUGUUUAGCACUGGCUUCUAAUAUUGAGAUGGAAGCCAGACAGUAGGCUUGGAAGAGAGAAAAUGUAUUGGCAAAUACAAGGCAACAUUACCUAAGUAUUUACGGUUUUUGUCAAGGCUUGUAAUACAGGACCUAACUGCCUCAAAGAAAGAAAAGAAACUAGCUGGGGCAAUCUCAGAUAUGGAAGAACCUCAUUUUUGUGGACAGGCAUGAUCUCUUAUCACAGAUUUUCAAGAGUUUCUGUUAUACUUGGCUCCUGCUGUUGCUUGUUCCACUUUGCAACAUGGGUGGUGUGUGUGAGAGAGCUUUCAUGGGCCUUGGAUAUCGCAGUUUGAGUUUGUACAACUGGGUUGGGGAAAUUAGGGAGCAUCUGCCUGAGCAGUUGAUGUUAAUGACCAAACAAAAUAAAACAGGAUGUAAUUUUUAUAAUUGCACCCUGAUGCAGGCAGCCAGGAAGCAGGAUGCAGAGCUGGGAGGGAGGGAGGGGCAAGACCAGUGUUGUCAAUGCGAAGGAGUUACCUGCACUGCUAUGAACAUUUAUAGUAGAGUAUCAUGCUCUGAUAGUUGGACUUGCACCUGGAGGACUCAGGUUCAAAUCCCUCUUGGCCAUGAACCUCUCUCGGUGGCCUUGGACCAGUGUCUCUGCCUUUGUUUGGCUUAACAAUCAACUCUGUUGGCAUGUAUAUUGUUCUGAACAUAUAUGAGUGUAUUAAGUGCUUUAUGCUUAGUCAGAUCAUUGGUCCAUAUAAUCUAGUAUUGUCUACUUCAUAGCCAGUACUAAACACAGACAUACAACUUACAAAUGAAGCAUCUUACCCAGUGGCCAAGGCAGCUGACUGCAGAUAUUCUGUUGCAGGUAGUUCAAUGAAGCUGGGAUGUAUUUUUCAGCCUGUUUUGGAUUGCCCACCCCUACCCUUCCAAAAGAUCAGAUUUGCAGCUUGGACAUAUUAUUAGAUCUGGCUCUGUCUUUGAAUGCCCAAGUGAUAUCUGUGGCUUUCCAUCAAUAUGACUCCUCCUGGACAGAAAUAGUAUAGCCACUUCUACCCCUUGCAGUGAUCAGUGUCCAGUGGUGCCAUCAGCAGAGGGGAGUGGGCAGAGGCCACCUGGUUGGAGCCAGCCAACCUCUGAGGGAGGCGGAAAGAGAAGGGGAAGCAUAGAAAGUGGGGAAAUAAAAUAGGAGGGAGGGGAGGACAAAGGGGUAGUUGAACCUAGAGCAGAACAUCUCACAAGCACCUCACAGGAAGGAAACUAAAACCAAACCGAAAUAAAUAAAUAAAUGAAUAGGAGGAGGAGGAGGAAGCCAGAGAGGGAGGGAGGCAAGCAGCAAAGUGGAGCAAGGCGAGGGUGUGUGGAAACCUGGAUAGGAGUGGCGACAGCAGGUCAAGGCUCUCGCAGUGUCCACUGCGCUCUGGCUCAAAAAAGCACUGUGCACUCAUUUCUACUUUUUUGCAGAGCAGGAGGACAUGAUGCCCCUAAAUCGCUGCAUCAAUGGAAUCCUGGGUUUUAUUUUGUCUUCUGUGAGUAGCUGCCAAGGUUACUACUCUAAAGUGAGAUCAUCAAAGCUUCAAAAUUAAACAGGAAAUCUGGUCUGUAAACACGGUUGCCCUUUUCCCAUUCAAAACAUGGCCAAAGAAGGGCCUCUCCACUAUUUUGGAGGAAGUGUAAGAUACUUUUCCCCUUUCCUGUUUCUGCCUGUGUUUUGUCCUCGAAGGCCCUGGAACCCUAGCUUUCAGAAUUCAUCUUCUCCAUUAAUCUGUCUAAAACAGAGCAGCCCCGUGAUGUGCAUAGCCUCCAACAGGGACAUCCUAUUCAAUUAUUAUUAUUAUUUCAUUAUUUAUACACCACCCACCUGACUGGGUUGCCCCAACCACUCUGGGUGGCUUCCAACAUAUAUAAAAACACAAUAAAACAUUAAACAUUAAAAAUUUUCACUGCCUUCAGAUAUCUUCUAAAGGAUUCCUUAGCUCAGGAAUCGCAUAACUCCAUACCCUCCAACAUUUCUCCAAUGAAAAUUGGAAUGUCCUAACGAAAAGCAGGAUAUCCUGGGUUCAAAUCAGAAACCAGGAUGGUUUCUGUAAAUCUGGGACUGUCCCUGGAAAAUAGGGACCAAUGGAGGGUCUGAAUGUAGACUGUAGUCCAUACAGAGAGAACGCCAUCUCUGAUUAUAAGAGGAGCAAAGUGGCCAUUCCUGCUUCCAGUCCUUUAAUGAAGCUGCAUGCCCUUCCUUUCUUUCUUUCUUUAGAGGGUCUGUUAAACUUGAUAAUCAGAACCCACCUAUCUUUCGUUUACCAUUACCCAAAAGUUGCCUGUACUCUUUAUCUGCAUUGGUGUCUGCAUUCUAAGAGUUAUGACAGAGAAGAAAAAUCUGUGGGUCAUUGUUUGCAGCUAUGUUUGAUUCUAAAGAGAUGUUGCUCAAGAAUUCCAGCAGCUUUUGUCCAUUCCUCUACAAAAUUGAGUUUUUACACCUUUACUUCCUAGAUGUAUAAUAGAAGUGAACUUUUAAAGGAAGAAGUUUUUGGUUAUAAAAUUAAGGAAAAAGAAAAGGAGACAUCAGCUUUAAAUCUGGUAACCUGAAUAGUCCCUGUUUGGGAAUGGCAGUAUCUAGUAUCAAUUCCAUGCCACAAAUCUUUAGAAAAUCUGGAUAAAGGAUUUUUUUGCAGAUCAGUAAGAACUGAAUGUCACCCGCCUGUGAAUGUCAUUAAAUCACUCUAGUUUUUCAUCCCAGUCUCCUACCACAGAUUGUCAAAUUCUCCUUAUUCCAUGUUUUCCCUAUCCUUUCCACCAACACAUUUUCAGAGACUUGAGAAAUCCUUUCAGAACAGAAACAUCCCAUGAGCUUACUGAUGUCACUGGAGACUUUGUUUUCAGAUUAGAAGAAUUUGUUUUUCGUAUUUUGCUUAUUUCCAUAGAAUCCAAGAAUUGCAGAAUUGGAAGAGAUCCCAGGGGUCAUCUAGUCCAAUCCCCUACAGGAAUUUUCUUACUCCCAUUCUGUUAGUUUUGAAUCAGUCAAUGCAACAGAGGUGAAAUUUAGUGGAAGGUAAUACUCAAAACUAUUUUUAAGAUAUUAACAGAUUCUUACUUGAUCAUGAGCUUAAUGCUCACUGACAUGAUCAAUUUGCAUAUAGGUUGUACCACUUCAGAUUGAAAAUGGGGGCAGACUUGGCUGAAUGCUUCUCCUGCCCAGAAAAAGAAAAAGCAUUUAAAGCUAGACUAGAACUUUUCUCCCUAGCCUGCUGAUUUUCUUUGUGGUUGAAUUUGUGUAUGCAUGUGCACAUGUCUGUACAUGUGUGUAGCAGUAUUCAGUCAUGCUAGUCCCCACCUGCAAUCUAAAGUGUUCCAGUCCAGACCCAGGUCCCUUAGUGAGACUUUUAUACCAUUCUCAUUUGAAAGAUCAGAGAAGCCCUGGCCUUGUGAGUCGUUCUCUGUCCAUUCCAUGGUGUUCAUUGUCUUUCAGUCUGUACGUGACCUGAGAGCACUGCAAGUAGAGGAGAAGUGGGGGAAAGUAUGAGAACUCUCUGGGUUUAAGAAGGUGGGAGAAUAAAAACUCCAGUGGCAAGCUUGUUAAAAGUCUAUUUCACACUUGACUUUUUCAGAUCCUUAUUAAUACUCAUAUCUUUAUGUGUGCUGUAUCUUUAUAUUGGAAAUGGAACAAGUAAAUGGAACAAGUAAAACAGACACUUAAUCUGUAUUAUACUCUUUGCCUGGUAUGUGUAUUGGAAUGUGUAUUGUUCAGUUGAAACCUAUGAAUGAAUCUGCCUUAUACCCAGUUACCACUAGGGGUGAGCGCCUGGGUGGGUUGGAGAAUGGAGGUGAAAGAAGUUAAGUUGCUCAAAAGUCACAGACGGUUGACCCUGUGAGAGAGAGGGGGGCAGUGGGCAGCCAUAGAUGAGAAAUGGAGGAGGAGCUGUUGCUUGGACAAGCCGAUGGUUCAUUCCGUGGAAAGUUCCAUUUGUUUUUACCCAGAUAUUUAUUGAAGUGGAAACUUUAAUUGUUGUCCUCAGUGUACUUUAGCUUUGUUUGCUUUGUGAUGGAGCUGUUAAUUUUUUUGUUGUUUAUUGGACCUGUCUUUAUGAUGAUGUAAUGUUUGUAUAUAUUUUUUCUGUACAUCUUUUAUUAUUCAAUCCCCACUCUGGGAUUGAAAAUGCUCAAUUAAGGGCAGGUUAUAAAUACUUUUAAAAAACCAGUUAGACUGUUGGUUCAACCAGUUCAGUAUCGUUGACACUGAUUGGCAGCCACUUACUAGGGCUCCAGGCAGGGGAUACUCCCAACUCCUCCUGGAGAUGCUGUGGAUUUAGCCUGAAAUUUUGUGCAUGCAUGGCGGAAAUGACUGGCAGAAUCCGAGACCAGGGAAAAGAGUCGGUAGAAGAAGAUUGGAAGAAAUUUAAAGACUAUUUACAGAAAUAUUGUAAAAUUAAUGAAUGUUAGAAUGAUGUUGGAAUGAAGCUAGGUGGUUUAAGCAGUAAUGUUAUAAAGGUGUAGGUAAAAAAGGACUGAUAACAGAUGAAAAUUUAAAGUUAUAGUAUAUUAAGUUAAAGAAUCAUGAGAAAACAAAGAGGGAAAGAAAUUGAAUUGGAAUACAAAAAAGGGAGAUAUGAGGAGGUCAGGGAAGCAAGGAUAUGAAUGUAAGCUAUGGAAAGAUUGAUCCAUUUUCCUUUUUCUUUUUUUUCUUUUUAAGUGUCUUUUACUCUUUUUCUGUAUUUUGUAUUUUGUAUUUUUACUUUUUGUUUUUGUGUAAUUCUUGUAUUCUUUGAAAUUUUAAUAAAUAUCAUUUAAAAAAAAAAAAAGAAAUUUUGUGCAUACAAAGCAGGUGUUCUGCCACUGUUCUACAACCAUUCCCCAUGAAUGAAAGAUCUCUGGUUCUCUUAGUUUCCUCCUGGUGCUGAGGAAGGGGCUUAUGGGGGUAGGGGCACAUCUCCUGGAAAUAAAUCAAGAGUCUGCUUCUGCUUUGUUAUGUUACCAACCUGUACAAAGGAUGCAUUUCUUAUCCCUUCAUGUGAGAACAUGGCAUGACUAAUCUUAUCCAGCACAAAUUUUUUAAAGUGAGGGAAAGUCAGAACAGUACAGAACUUGAAAAAUGUUUGAAAACAUUCAGGUAGCUUCUACUGGAGGCUUUUAUUUUUUUUAGAGGUGGCCAUCUCUGUGUUUGCAUGGCUACUUUCCUGAUUUCUAGUUUCACCUAUUGUGCCUUGUUGAUCCUGUUUGCCAUACUACCACUAUUCUUUUUUGCUAAAAUGUUAUAAGUUCUUCAGAAUAGCCCAGCUGAAAUUAACAGUGCCAAAUUGAGAAGGUUGCUGCAAAUUAAGCAAACUUGCAGGAUUUAAGUGACAGUGAGCAUUCUUUGUUUGUUUUUAAAAGUAUGUGUUGGUCACUUGUGUUCCUUUGGUGGUGAGAGAGGUUGGGGUUGGCCUAGGGUGUGAUUGUUUGCUUGUGAUUGGCUGUGGUGAUCUUUGUUUUCGUGUGUGAGUGAGGUGGGUGGGUGUUUUGGAUCAGGUUAGCCAUAUUGAUUUGUAUGCUGUUGGUGGAUUAUUGUCAUUGUCCUGUUGGGCUGUGUAUGUGAUAAAUGGGAGCCAUACCGGGGUGAAGGCGUCACAACACAAGCAACGCUGACACCAAACUCUACAUACAUUAAACAUAAUAGAAACACCGCCACCCGACCCCACCCCCAUCCAUCUUCCCUCUCUCCACCCCCCCUUUUUCUUUUUUCUUUUUUUUUUCUUUUCUUUUUUUUUUCUUCUCCCCCUAAUGCCUCAACAAAUGAAACGGAUUUGUAAAAAUGUUACAUGGGGAAAAAAAAUACGAGGCACUACACUUCUGUAAAACAAGAAAAUCCUUAAUAAAAUAUUUAAAAAAAAAAAAAAAAAAAGUAUGUGUUGGAUGUCCUCCCUGAAGCACGGAUGCCACAAGUUAGCAGAGGCAGCAGCAAGAGUUUAUGGCCUACCUGGGGAGGAGGAUCGCUGGACUUGGCUUUGGCACAGUUAGAUGUACAGUCCUGCUUGCCAUUCCUGUGCUGCACUGGUGUGCCAACUUGGUGGCUCAGUGAAUUAGGAGGACAGGCCACCCCAGGAUAUUGGAGGUGGGGGCAAAUCUGCAUGGGCUGGAGCUAGAGGCAAAGCUGACUUAGGAGGACACUGUUAUAGCUUAGUUGGCAGAACAUUAGACUCUGAAUCUCAGGGUCAGGGUUUCAAGCCUCACACUGGGCAAAAUAUUUGUGCAUUGCAGGAGGUUGGGCUAGAUGACCCUCGUGGUCCUUUCCAACUCUACAAUACUGUGAUUUUAUGAUCUCAUGUUGGCACACUUGCCAAAAAAGUUGGGCAUGCAGUUGGAUAUUGAAGGUCCUUGUUUCAGUCCCUGGCGUCUCCAGUUAGAAGGAUGAGGUAGCCAGUGAUAUGAAGGACCUAUCUCUGAGACAAAGGUAAGUCUACCUGGCUAGAUGGACAAAAUGUCUGACCAGUAUAAGGCAGCUUUCUAUGUUUCCACUGUGAGCUCUUUGCAGCAGGACCUUGUGGAAUCGAGCUUUCUUCCUUUCUGGAAAUCCAGCUCCUUGGGCUUAUUUCCAGAAAGUUCCAAAGUGCAAUUCUCUGCAAAUGAAUUUUCUAAUAUGCUGCCUUCAAUCACUCUCUUGUAGUGUGUGCUGUAUUUAUGGAGUUUAAAGAUAAACCACCCCAAAACACUUUUCCUGCUCCGAGGGAACCACGAGUGCAGGCACCUCACAGAAUACUUCACCUUUAAACAAGAAUGUAAGUAUGGGAUGACUGGGGUAGGCUGUGCAUCUGGUUAGGAAAAGCUAUGGAUGUUGGUGUGAAAGCAUCCCGUAUGUCCUUGCCCUCCUCUCCUUCAAUAUGCAUGGAAGGGGAGUUUUAAAUUCCACAGAGCAGAGAGGCUGUGAGCACUGUUCCUAUGGCACUGUCUCCCCAGCAGUCUGACUCCAUGCAAGUUGUCCCUCCCACUCCCAUCAAUUUAGGGAUCCAACAUGCUGUAAUUAUAGCCAAGAGCUUUCAGUUCCAAAUUGUGCAGCUGGAAUCAGAGUUGGAUGGAAAUUGAGGGCUUUCCCUUUUUAACACAGAUUGAGUGAAACCCAAUCACCUCAUGUAAGUGUGUGUGAAGUUAAAUGGGCAGACCUUUGUUAGUUUUUUAUAGACUGAAUGGUGAUGGUGCAAAGGGGAGACUGGUCACUUUGCUUCUCAGUUUCAGAAUGUCAGUGCUAAAAAUUAGUUUUUCUCCAUUACAGUUCCUCUUCUCAUUAAAUAUGUUGUGCUGGUUCUCUGACUGUACGUAUCAACUUCAAAGUCUGAGACUCUACAUUUAAGGCCCUCAUCCACCCACAACAGUAUAUCCUUUUUCUCUGUCAUCCAUUACUUGCCUUGUACCUCCUUAUCACAUUUGCCCUUUCUGCCUUGGAAUACAAGUUCCCCUGUUUGAACUUCCCUGCUCCUUUUGGCUCCAGGCUUCCAUCAGCUCCUGUAAAAGGAAAUAGGAAGGGGCAACUGGCAGACAGAUCAACAGCUGUUGUGUAGAACUUCUUGUUCAUAUUUCUUGUACUUACUUUGUUCUCCCUUCUCUCUCCUAAUACCAUGCCACAUCUGAGGUGCAUGUUUGCUUUUAGCUUUUACCCAGUCCAUGUACAGUUUGCCUUAUUCCAGGAAAAGCUGGAAGUACAGUGGCCAUAUGUGCAAGAGAGCCUCAUGUUUUGGAAGUAAUUGUAAAGAUAGUCCAUAUUCUUAUUUUAAUCCUUCAGAAGCUUAAUUUUCAAGAAGUAGUGGAUUUUCUAAAAGGAUGAUGCCAUAACCAAAAGAUACAAGCCCGGGUAUCUGGAUUUGUAUUGUCAAUCAUCAUUAUGCUUCUAGAGUAUAUACAAACUUUAAUAUAUACAUUAUGCUGAUUAGCCAGGUACUUUAUGGGAAGAAAUCUUUCUUUGUUUUGAAAGCUGCCCUUGGCUUUAGUUGCCUUUCUGGGUCUUAUAGUCUACAGAAGAGAGUAAACAACACUUUUAACACUAUUUAUGAUACCAAUAUAUAUUUCAAACAGUGAAAAUCCAGACAAAAAAGUUGUUGAGCUUUUUUGGCAAAUUCGCAAAAAAAGAGAGAAGCUUUUGAGCUAUCUUCAAUCUCCAAAAACGGCACUGCCAACGUGGGUUGCCAUACGUCUGGAUUUUCCCGGACAUUUUUGUGAUUUCCACAUGGACACUGCUUUUGACUGCAGUAUUCCAGAUGUGUUCAGGAAUUUCCAGACGUAUGGCAACCCUACCAAUAUAUUGAUUUGUGUUAUAAGAGCUGUAAGUUGAAUAACUGGUGUCUGGACUGACUUUAGUAAGUCACUUGGGAAGCCUCUUUGUCUAAAUGUUUUAAAUAAAUUUGCAGUCUUUGCAAGGGCUGCUUUUCAUGACAAAUUUUAAAGAUACUGUCAGGGAACUGCCAUCAGUGCCGGAGGGAGAGAGCAAAAGCCAGAGGGAUUCCAGAGAGCGUCCAGGGAUCGGGAGGAGCAGCCCAUCUUCUGGGGAAGAGAAUCAGUGUAGCACCAGUGGGGAAGGGGGGCAGAUGGGGGAAGUGGCGAGGCAGUCCCAACACUCCUUGCCUGGGACCAGCGGGGAGAGUAGAGGUCCUCCGCUGCCCACGCCCUCCUUGCGCAGAAGGCUUUCGCGCAGAGAGAGUAGGAGGAGACUAGGCGUCAAAGAGCUUCUUUGCUGGAAGAGGUUUAAGAAACGCCCACUGACGGAUUCUGCCAGCGAUUGAGUCAGCCACGGGUGAGUGGCUGUCCGGACAGAAAAGGUUCACUUAGGCAACCCAGCCAGGUGUUUGCACCCAGCCGGGGAGAUAAGCACCGGCUUACGCACGAGCAACCCCUAGAACCAUUACAGAUACUAAUUCACCUAAACAGUUGUAUAAAGAUAAUAUAAGAUGUAUAAUACAUAUCUAACUUAGAGCAGGCCUAGAAAACCCUAACUACUUCCAGAGCCUUGCCAUGUAUAGUUGCUUUCUGCAGGAAAGCCUUGCUCAGGACAGUGGUUUUGAAAUUGUUUCUUGGAAGCUCAUCAGAUGCUCCUCAGUGGGAAUCAGUCCAGGUAAGCAAGUUUUCCUGGAAGAUGGCUUGUCCCAUCUUCUCCUGCAAUGUGCAGAAGCAGGACUAGAGAGCAUAGGAGCUAACACUUAGGGGUCAAGAUCCCUUUGCCCACCCAGUAAAAUGUUUGAGGGGGCCAGGCACCCCCCCCCCAAGUUGAUGGGCAUUGCCAUUCAAAUGGUGGGUGUGUGCUGUAUCAUUGAUUGAUUGAUUGAUUGAUUGAUUGAUUAUGUGGGGCUUACCUGCCCCCCAAAUAUUCUAUUCAAGUUGGUACCUGUGCUAGAGAGUACGUUCUGUUGUUCACUCCCAGUUCGGAGUCUGGAAUUUCCAGGACAUACAGUUUUCUGUCUAGAUAUUCACUGUUUGAAAUAUAGCAACUCUAUGGUGAAGCCUAGCAUAGAUGGCUACAAUUCUAUGUGAACUACAUGUACACCAUAGAACAUGUCCAAGAAUCUUCUGCAAUGGACAAGGAGUCUACAGGCGAUGUACUGCAGUUCCUUGGCAGACAUGUUGGUGUGGAAAGUCUCUGAAGCAGGAAAGGAGGAAAAGUCCUGGCUUAGAGAGAGGAAGAGGCAAGGCAGUUGUAUUUCUUAAGUCCAGAUGACUGGCAGUUUUCUGGGAGCCUUUUUAUUUUUUAUCUUUUAUAGUUUGCAUAAGUCAUUGCAGUUCUCUUGCUUCUAUUUCCUGCAGGUCGAAUCAAGUACUCCGAGCGGGUGUAUGAUGCAUGCAUGGAUACAUUUGACUGUCUUCCUCUUGCUGCCCUUUUGAACCAGCAGUUUCUGUGCGUGCAUGGAGGGCUGUCUCCUGAAAUCACAUGUCUAGAUGAUAUUAGGAAAGUAAGUGGUGCCUCUUUCUUUUCCCUCCACACCUCCCCUCCAUAAAACAACACAGGUAUCGUCGUUCCGGUUAGGGUCUUCUUGUAGGCUUACCUGUCCCCAUUCUGACAAGUUUCCACUCCAGGGUAUGUUUCCCCACCACCUUUUCUUUUAAGGCAUUCGCCCUCCUUCCUGGUAAGCUGAGGCUUACUCUCUGGUUCUUUUUCCUCCAUGCACCCUUUUUCGUGCCCUGGUGAGAUAUAUGCAGUUCUGUUAUUUUCUGGUGUCUGCCUUAUGUCCCGUCCCCGUCCCCCCUUCUAUGUAUAAAGCAAAGAAAGGUGUUACGGGGAGAUUCCUGAAAGUAGCAGAAGGAGACUUGCAGGGACUCGGGAAAGCAAAGUGCCAAGCCCUGAAUCGCUCCACAGGGGUGGAGAAACAGUCAGGGAGGUGGUUUAAUUUUCAGGACGAAUUAAAUAAAAUUGUGGUCUUCGUAGAAUUAUAGAAUUGGAAGAGACCCCGAGGGUCAUUUAGUCCAACACUCUAUUGUAGCCAGAAUCUGAACUAAAGCAUACACACUAAUUCAAUGUACUGAUUUUGGGGGGGUGGGGGUGGGAAAUAAUCACAAUAAACACGAACAAACUUUAACAGUCACGGCCUUCCCGCCCUUGUUAUGCCCAAACCCCACUUCUUUGACAGUGUCUAUGAGCAUGACUUUCUCAGAUGCUUGUGCAUUUUAAUUUAUGCAUUAUAUAUGUCGCCUUUUAUUAGCAUGGUCAAGGCCAGAGGAGUGGGGGGGGCAGACCGCCCAGGGUGUCAUCGCUGAGGGGGGUGACAUUCGGCAUGACACACGCCAUGACUCCCAAGCCUACCCCGAGCCAUCGGUGGUGGUGGUGGUGGUUUGACAAAAAAAAAAAUUGCACUUGGUACCACCUGACCUUGCUAGGCCUCUGAGGGUUGAACUUCUUUGUGUAUGCUGGUUUAUGAACAUCAUAAAGAUUUAGAUUGGAUUGGAACUUCUUUGUUCUCCUUCAAAGACAAAUUAAGCAGUUGGAAAAAUGUGUGUUGCCUUUAAUCCAGGGUUUCUCAAACUUGAGUCUCCAGCUGUUUUUGGACUACAACUCCCAUCAUCCCUAGCUAGCAGAACCAGUGGCCAGGGAUGGUGGGAGUUGUAGUCUGGAAGCAGAUGGCGGCCCAAGUUUGAGAAACACUGCUAAUCCUUACAGAGAUUGAAUGAUUAAAAUUUUCUUAUAUCUUGAGGGGGGAAGUGGAUUCCCUAUUCGUAAGUCUUCCACACUUAGAAAUCAGCGCUCAUAUAGGCAAUGUUUGUUUCCAAGAUGUGACAUCAUAAACUAUGUUUAUCUAGCACAGAUGAAUUGAGGUUUUUUUCUCAUGCACUGUAUUUUGGCAUGCUCUUAAUAAUGAGUUCUCUUAAUUCUGUAUGUUUAUAUCAAUUAUCUUUUUUUUGGCUUUUCUGUGUGUGUGCCUUUCAGUUAGACAGGUUUAAGGAGCCUCCAGCCUUUGGUCCAAUGUGUGACCUGCUGUGGUCUGAUCCAUCAGAGGAUUAUGGCAAUGAGAAGACACUGGAACAUUUUACCCACAACACUGUUCGAGGUUGCUCCUAUUUCUACAGGUAGGAAACAUUUCAAACAUAACCCUUGGUUAAGUGAAAAGGUAGUAGUGUGAAGUCCCAGUUGCUGUGCUCAAACCACUCUGUUCCAGGGCUUUGAGUGGGACUCUGUCCCACUUGUGAUUGUUGCUGUCUUAAAAAUACAACUUGUAUUACUACUGAAUUCCCUAUGAGUUUUCCCUCUUGUAAAACCGAAAAGCCAUUCGUUUGUGGCUUUCUGAGUUGUUUACAAGGUCAAAGAUGUGCCUGAAGGAUUUCAGAAAUACUAGAACAAGUUUGUGUGGACUUAUCAGAACUUUAAAACUUGCCAAGCAAGUUUUAUUUAGCAAAGCAAUAUAUCUUGAAUCUGAAUGUUAUUUGCUUCACAAGUCCCUCUGAAUGUUUAUUUGGAUGGCCUCAGGAUCACCACAAAUUCCCAGUUUCCAUAAAUGUUAGUUUGAUUUCUAGGUGCUUAGCAGCCCUAACAAUAGUCAAGUUUUGUUGUAGCCCUAAUUUUUUCAAUACAAACAUCAACCGCAAAAGACACAUACCCCAAAAACCAUAAUAACAAUAAUAACACAAUUUGACAAUUCAGAUUUGAAUACACUGAUAUACCUAUGACUACCCCUUUUUAAACAAUAUUUUCCCACCUCUCUCUCCUUCCCCUACUUCCCACCACUAUCUGCCUUAUCGCUUAAAUAUUUGUUCCAGAUUUCUUCAUAUUUAUCCAUUCUUAUUUUGCAACGACAUGCAAUUUGUUCGUAUGUCCAUAUUAUCAAUCCAUGUGCUCAAUGGAAUCUUUUUGUGGCUCUUCCAUUUCAUCAAAACAAGUUUUUUUGCUUCUAAUAUAGUACAGUACAUCCAUUUUUUUUGACCCCUUGAAAUCUCCCAUGUUUCUGGAAUAUAAUUUAGAAUUAAAUUCAGUUCCCCUAAAUAACAAUUUAUUUUUAUUACUCUUGCUAUAAAUAUCCUCGCCUCGCACCAAAAUGAUCUUAUCGGGCAGUUAAUCAGAAUAUGUACUAAGUUCGCAUCUCCAGCAUUAAAUUUUAUUUUUUUAAAAAGUUUUGUUGUAGCCCUCACCCUCCCUCAGGCUGUGUAGAAAGUUGGAGUUGGACUGUGGAGAUGUAGGUUCAAAUCCCUAUUGAGCCACAAUGGGGCAAGUCAACCUAUCUUCAGUUCUUUCAACCUAACCUGUCUUUGCAAGGUGAUUAGAAUAAUUUGGGGCAAAAGUGGAAUAUUCCUAACUUGUAUAUCCUCAUCCCUCUUGGGAAAAAGACAGAAAACAAAUGUGAUGAUGACUGCCUUCAGCAUGUGUUAAUAUUGCUUUUUAAAACUUCUUUUUCAGUUACCCUGCAAUUUGUGAAUUUUUGCAAAAUAAUAAUUUGUUAUCUGUGAUUCGAGCACAUGAAGCCCAGGAUGCUGGGUAAGUUCAGAGUCACUAUUCUGGUGCUGUGUUCAACAGCUUUGUUGUCUUUAUGUAUUUUGCAAAAGCCUGCCUAUCUUCUGCUCACUUUUCCAGGUACCGAAUGUACAGAAAGAGCCAGACUACGGGCUUUCCAUCCCUAAUCACAAUCUUUUCUGCACCAAAUUAUCUAGAUGUCUAUAACAACAAGGGUAAGAUUUUGACUGUGCCCAGGAUGCCAAUGUGAGGUUAUUAUGAAUUCUUUCCUGAUGUCUUGAUGUGUCCACUUUUAAUAGAAUCUCUAGCUCUUGCUUACCUUAUCUUUUGCUUCUUAAUACUUGGUUUCUUAAAAUGGACGUGGUUUGUGCUUGGGCAUUCUGCCAGAAAUGUUGGGUCCCCACAGAUUUGCAGGAACAAUUCCAUGUAAGUGGGGUACAGAAGAUGUCUCAUCUGAGAGGGAUGGUUGGGAUUUGGAGCAGCAGUGUCUGCAUUCAAAUCAUUGCUCAUUCAGAGGUUUACUGCGUGGCUCAACCUUACUUAGCUAUCUUACUAUCUUUUUUUUCCAAAUAAUUUUUAUUAAGUUUCCAUAUACCAUACCAAUCAAAUCAUAUUAAUUAUUCCAAAUCAUACCAAUACAAAUCAUAAAAUCCAAAUCCAAUUAUUUUGCCAAAUUAUAAAUUUUUGUGGGGGGUACCCAUGCUUCGAGAUCGGUAGGAGUCCAAUCAUCUUAUAUUUUCUGCUGCUUUGAUGUUCACAGUCCCAUCCUCUCAUCUCCUUGUUGUUACCCUUUUUCUUCUCAGUCACCUCCGAGUUAUCUCCACAAGUGAGUUGAAAGAAACAGUCUUGUUUAUAUUUCUGUGUGAACUUUGUAAUGAUCUCCCGUAAUUCAUCUCACAUAGAUCCAAUAGUCCAAGAGUCCCAUUCGAGCAGCCGUCGCCAUCUUAUUCAGUUCCGAUGAAAUACAGUCUAAAUGUCCGCUCGUUAAUUUUCUCAGACCCGUUGUAUCAUAAAUCAGUCUUUCCAGGAGGGUGAUUGCCCUUUCGAAUUUACGAUCCAAACCUCACACCAAAACAGCGGCUCAUCCUCCCUAAGACUACCAAUCUUACAACGAGGUCUGCCUCUCAAUGGUGGAUCACUUUUGUAACUACGCCACAAAGAAAGCCUCUCUUCUUUCCAGAUCUUUUCACGAAGUAAAACCUUUUAUAUUUUUUUCUUUCCCACACAGUUUAUUUUUCAUCUCACUUGCAAUUAGUUGUUGUGACGGUUCUUCUAAGGGGGAGGGUUGUUAGGUAAUCAUAUUAAAAAAGAAGAAAGUUUUUCCCCCCUUUCCGUUCCGUUCAACAUACCGAAAUGUCUGUAGUUAUUUGAUGCUGUCUUCUGUUCCUUCCGUCCCAUCAUUCAUCGUCUCAGUGGUAGAAUUAUUUAGCAGAUAAUACCCUCCUGACCUCGCACGAAGCAUGUGCGUUUACUUCUCCAAUUUUUUUUCCUUUUAAGCAACACAACCAGUUUCGCUCUUGAAAGCGGCAUCCGGGAGCUCCGAGCCCGCACGAGAGCUAUCCGCCCAGUGCCCCCACCCCCUGCUUCUUUCGAACUCGAGGGUGAUUUAUGGGCAACCGCGGGCGAGGCAGCAUCUUCUCACCCCCUGGGAAGACGAGGGAGACUGAUUUUACUCCCCAUAAUCAGCCUCUAAUUACCUCGUGUGAGCCGGGUAGAUGAUAUUGUCGGCCAUCUUCCAAGGCGCCCCCAGCGGCCCCCCUACUUAGCUAUCUUACUAUCAAUGAGGAAACAAUUCAUGUAACCCUCAGCUCUUUGGAACAAGAGUGGGUGUAAAUGUGAUAAAUACAAUCUUGGAAGGACUGAACCAGAAUCAAUUAAAUGCAAUUCCUCUGAAGCUUGUAUGUUAGAAAUAGUGUUUGUUCUAAAGUAGUUACUGACCUAGUUUGGAUUUAACACUAACCCAUAGUUUAGUGUAAAGUGCACGAGGCUGCUCCCCACUCCUCCAGUGGCCAUGGGGAGGAGAUAGGAAGCACCUGCUUCCAUUUUCAGCUAACUGCGGUUUGUCAUCCAAUAACUGCAGUUAGUUUAACAUACCGUGGCCCCCUAGAGUAUAACCUCUAUCAACCCUCAACACUGGCUGUGCUGUUCUACAGCAUGUGGAAGCCCCAAUCUGUCCAAGAAAUGCAGACUUGUGGACCGUCGUCUGAAUUGUGCUUGUUUCAGCAAACCAUAGUAAUAAUUAUUAUUAUUUUCCCCAGCCACUCUGGGCAGCUUACAACAUAUCAAAAAAACAUAAUAAAAACAUCAAGAUCAGACUAAACAGCUUGUCCUGCUUCAGAUGAAAUUACAAGCAAGCAUUUGUUGACUACUGAAGGAAGUACUUCCAAUCUAUUGAUCGCAGCUGUGCUGGAGGGGAAGCGACAGUGUAUGAGUCUGAGGCCUUAAAGUCAUGUGGCAUUAAAGCAUAGGCUAGUGUUAACUUAAUAAUAAAAUAAAUUUUAUUUAUAUGAUUUCUCCCCAUCCUUCUUCAGAAGACUGCAGGAUAGGUAACAACAUUUAAUACACAUUCCAAAAUUUAAAAACAACAUAUGAAAUUCACUCUUAAAACUUUUAUCAGAAGAAAAACAACACUUGUAACAGUAAAUUUCACCUGAUGUCUGAUGGAUAUUUUGACAUUCCUUACUGCCUCUCUCAUAGAGGGUAUCUGAUUUUCAUAGGGAUUUCUUUACACAGCUGUAUAAUUGCAUUUCCUAAGUUGUAUAACCCUGGAGGACAAAGAUAAAAUCAGCACUCUUGUAAUUUCUCUUUCUCCUUCUUGUUUUCUUCUAGCUGCUGUGCUGAAAUAUGAAAACAAUGUCAUGAACAUCAGGCAGUUCAACUGUUCUCCACACCCUUACUGGCUUCCAAACUUCAUGGAUGUUUUCACAUGGUCUUUGCCUUUCGUAGGGGAAAAGGGUAAGAAGGAGAUUGCCCAAUAAAAUUAUUGAUAAGCAAAGCAAUUAUCAAAGGAGCAGGAAAACAGAUCCUCCUGAUGCAAUAGGAUUGACUAGGCUGGAUAUAGCCUUGAGCAGUCUGUUGCUGCCAUAAAGGAGAGACAUUUGUGGAUUUUGCUAGCUUGCUCACUCCUGAAGCAAAGAAUUUAGAAAAUUCUGCAAAAUUUGGCCUUCAGGCACUCAACCUUCUAUUUUUUUAAAAAAUAUAUAUAAUAAAAAAUAAGCAUGUUAGUGGCCAUUAUUGUGUCAUAGGAAAUUUUCAAAAUAUAUUGUCUCAGGUUCAAAAAUCAGGUACUUGUGUGUUUAUAGCAUUUAUGUACUGUUUUCAACUUUAAAAAUCCUUAAAUCCCCAUUCAGACAUGAAGCUGACUAGGUAAUCUUAGACCAGUUGUACUCUCUCAGGUUGUUGUGAGGAUAGCCUUGGUGAAGAAUUGACAUUUUUAUCCCCCCAAAAGUUUUUGAUUUCAGUUUCCACUGAAAGGAGGCUGCAUUUUAAUAUUUUAAUGUUGUAUUUUAAUCUUGUUUUUUAAGUUGUAUUUCAAUCAAUUGUUUUAUAUUGGGUGUUAGCUGCCCUGAGCCCAGUCUUGGCUGGGGAGGGCAGGGUAUAAAUAAAAUUUAUUAUUAUUAUUAUUAAAACGGAGGGCACAUGGUAUGUGCUGCAUCAGACUCCUUGGAACAAAGAUUGAACAAAAAUGUAAUAAAUAGUUUAUGGUGAAUAUUAAAAUCAAUAACAAAACAACAAAACAACUGCUUGGCUACCUUGGGAGGGAGGGAUAUAAUAAAUAAAAUAUUUGCAAAUCAGUUUAUAAAAUGCAAAUAAUGGGAGAUAAAUCUGUGUAGAUGUAGUUGUACAUGCAUAACCUUUGUUUCAGCUGAGAGGAGUAGAAGGAUUAAGUAGCUGUUCUAACAUUUGUUAGGUUUUAUGUAACUGAAAUUUAAUUUCAGUUGAGUAUUUUAUAUAUGUGUGUCAUGUGCUCCCCAGCCUGCAUUUUUAUACAUGUAAUAUCAUAUUGGCAUGGUUCACACCUAACACCAAACUGUAUUGCUUUGUUUGCUGUGUAAGCAGUCCUGCUUGUACACUGUCUCUGGUUCUACUGUUCUCCAAUAAUGAAUUGGGAAUUGGGAGUUCGGAUGGGGAAAAUUGUUUGGGACUUUAGGUUAUAGAUUGAAGGAGUUUAAGAAGCACCAUAACCAGAGAAAAUGGUGUUCAGGGAUAAAACAGAACUUUUUAAGCGCAAGGCGUAGUUUGCUUUCGGCAUCUGAACCAGCAAACAGUAUAUGUUUGCCCUCCAAGACAGCAUUGCAAAUAACAGUUUGAAGUUGGUUUCCAAUCCUACUUUGGCAGGCAUUGAAACAGAGCGUGCUUGAGGAAUAGGAAGAAUACAAGCACAAGGUUUGUUCACGUAAUAAUCCAUGAUGUAUCAUCAUAUGUGAACAAGCCCAUUCACAUGCUGUGGCAGAUACAGAUACACACAUAAACACGCGCGCACACAAAGUCUCUAAUCUCUUGCCCAUUUCUCAUUAUUUCCUGCAGUUACAGAGAUGCUGGUUAACAUCCUUAACAUCUGCUCUGAUGAUGAGCUCAUUUCAGAUGGAGAUGAAGCGUUGGACGGUAACAAAACCUUUUUACUUUUUCAGGGUGGGUUAGGUUUGGUUGCUUUCAAGCACUUUUGGAAGAAAUGACAUUCAAAGCUGGAUGUGCUGCCUUGUUCUUAGCACCUUUUUGUUGCCAUCUUUUUCAUUCAUAGUUUAAGCUCACUGUCUUUGGCUGUUUUACAGACAAUUAUUUCUCUAGCAUAAUAAGAGCCACUCUGCGCCCUCCCUCCUACCUCCCACUAUGGCGGUUUCCUUGAUCCAGCAGCAGUAACUUGGUAUUUGUUCAGAUGGAAUGAAGGAGGAAAGGAGAGUUAGGAAGAGGAAGCCUGACCAGCGUGAGCAGCUGCCCUGUUCAGUUUUCAUUUACAUCUGCUGCUGCUCCUUACGCCCCAAUACAAAUGGAUGGAGUUGUGAAAUUGGCUUGUCCAGAUAUAAUAAUCAACUUCCAGUCCCCUCAGUUUCACUUCUGAAAGAAAUUGCACAUUUUUAACUGCAUAAGUACAUAUGUAGAUAUGCACCCAUCUUUUAUAAGAUUAAAAAAAACCCCUCAGUUCCAGAAAUAUUCUGAGCCUGUGGGUGGCGGAGCAGCUGAUCAUCAUGGCCACUCUUUCGUAUGCAUCUGUGACAGUUGCAACAAAAUGUACACAUGUAUUUUUGCAAAACUACUGGUCAUGCUUCUGGGGGCUUUUGGCUUUCCCAAGGUUCAGCCUGAAGUGCUCGAGGAACCCACAUAACUAGUUAAUGCUGCGAGAGGGGGCACAAAGACGGAACAGGCAAUGGCAUCUCUAUGAUGCCAACUCUCUGGAAGGCUACCCAACAGUGUGCAGUGUUAAACUAGUGACAACUAAGUAUGCAGGAAAACUGAAGACUACUUUUCUGAUAUUAUUACAAUUAUAGGAAUUUUUGCUGUCUUCCUUUGCUGCUUAAUUGUUUAAAAAAUACUAGCAAUUUGCACUGCUAGAUCAGUUCUUUUGAUCAUUGGUCAUUGGAUUGGCCUUUCCAUCUUUUUUGCAAAUCUGCAGAAAUAGAUCCAACCUCCUCCUUUUUGGCCCUUGCUAGUAGUUUAUAGAAUUGUAGAGUUGUAAAGGACCACGAGGGCCGUCUAGUCCAACCCACUGCAAUGCAGGAAUCUUCUGCCCAAUGUGGGGCUCAUACCUUAUGCAUCUGAGAGACAGAAGGAAAAUUGAUUUGUCCGUCUGGAGUCUGACAGCCACGUGAGCAUGACACAGGUGCAGAAGAGAACUACCAGCUGACCCAGCGCUAACCUUCAUGUCCCAUUGCACUUAAAAAAGAAAUGUUAUUCCCUCCCUCCCAUGGAAAUUUAAAUUUGUUUCUUCUAUCUCUGUCUUCAUCUCCUUGUUACUUGGUGUCUCCUCUCCCUGAAGAUAACUACAUUUCAAGCUAUCCGAAAGGUACCCAGCUAGAAUUUGCUAAAAGCUUAAUUCUCACUGCCUGUGCCACCAGAUUUCCUUGGAGUGGAUUUUGAAUAGCUGACUAGUUGAACAGUCUCGCCAUUUCCCCCUUCUUCCCCAUCAGUUUUAACAUGAACGUGGUGCAUUUGGUUUUUGUUUCUUUUUUCCAACCCUGUUGUGUUCCACCAGGAACCAGAGCGAUGGGGGUCACGUUUCUCUUUGACGUUUGAAUGCAGCCACCUUGUGCAUGGCUGAUCCAUUGGUGCAUGUCAGUUCUCCAGUUUGGCUUGUCCUGUUCUUAAUGCAUAGUCGGGCAAUUAAAAAAGAAGAUCUUAGCUUAGAGGAGAUGUAUUUAUCAUUCAGUGUACAGUUGAGCUCCCAGAACCUCCAUGCUUUUCAGUCCAUGUUUGGUCUGUGUAGUAAAAGGGAGUGUACUUAUCCCUAGCACAUUGUAUUCGUUGAGGACUCAAGCAAAACCACAAGAUUCCAGCCAUUCCUUUGUCUGCAUCUAUGCCAAAGGUGGUGCUUGUGUGACCGCUCUCCCUUCUGCAAGCACAGCCCAGCAUCCUGAUGUCUUCACCCUCACUGGGGCUUGUAGUUGUGUUCUUGCCUUGCAAAACUGUGUCUCAAUGGCUGAGUCAUUCAUGUUACAUCUCAUGUGUACUGUGGUCAAACAUGUCUGGGCAGGCAAAGAGGUCUGCUGCUCCGAUCAACACUUGUCCUACUACUUCUGGUGCUCCUACUUCCCCCUGUUUGGACUUCCUCUUUGUGUGUCAUUCUGUCCAUCACUUGCUGCCCCUUUCAUUCAGUUCAUUACCAUUCUAUGGAAUUUAGCUGUAAAGUUGUAAUCGGAUUUCUCUUUCCUAGAGCCAAGCAGAUGCUUCAUACUGGCAUUGCCUGAGCCUUAGUUUUCCUCCCUCAUUCUUUUAAACCCUUUUUGAUUUUUUUCCUAAGGAGGCACCACUGCCCGUAAAGAGAUCAUCAGGAAUAAGAUCAGAGCCAUUGGGAAGAUGGCACGAGUCUUUUCAGUUCUUCGGUAAGUUUGCUCGCUUUGGUGAAUCUCAGCUUGAGAGAGAGGGAAUAUCAUUUUGCCAGAUUGCCCUGGCUGCACCAGGGCAGAGAAUGGAAGGUCGGCAAGUCUUGGACCAGUGCAUGUUAAGUGUUUAAAAGUCCACUGCUACAGGACUGAUUCGUGUGGGACUAUCACCUGGAAUUUGCACUCUCCUGGCAGGGAGCCAAUUCUGUGGGAAAGACCCUACACAGUGGUGGUCUUGUAAAUGUUACAGCCAAGCUGCUCCCAUUGCAGGACUGUUAGAGAUGUAAAGUGUCAGUAGGGAUUGUUCAGGGAUUUUUUUCUUAGUACAUUCAUAUUCCACCUUUCUUCUAUCAUAAUUGGGGAGGGGGUACAAGACCUUUGUGGACUUUGGAUUUUUGUUUUGAUCAAUAGAUUCCAACCCCACCCCCCAAAAAAACCCAAGAUUUGAUUCUUAAAUGCUGUUUUACACAUGAUUGGAAGCUGCCUUGUACAGUGUAAAAUUGUUUCUCUCUAGCCCAGUAUUGUCUGUCCAGAGUCUCAAGGCAAAGGUCUUUCCCAUCAUGUGAAAUUGAUUCUUUUAAUUCAGAGGUGGGGAAUAUUUUUGGCCCAGUGGACCAGACUGUUAUCUGUCCCUACCCUCAUGGGCCAACUUCAACAUAUUGGUGGGAUUAACCCACCUGUCAGUCACCUGAUUCAAUUAUGAAGAUAUAAGAACAGACAAAGGACAGGUGGAUGUGCCUGCACACCUGUCAAAGGUCCCUUGCCCAGCAUCUUCUGAGUGCCUGACAGCCAGCUCAUUGUCGCGUGCCUGGGAAGGGCAGUGUGAAGCUGGCGAAGCUGCUUUGUGCAGGGGUUGACUGCCUGAUGGAGCUUCCCACAGAGAACUCAGUCAUGCAACCGAUUCAGCUGGGUCUCUUCCUGCUCUGCACCUGUUGUCAGGUGUGGGACAGGUGGCUGUGGUUUGAGGAAAAAGGCCUUUGGGGCUAAAUUGGGACCCAAGGUGAGCCCAACUUGGUCCACAGGCCAGAGGUUCCUCACUUCUGUUUUUAUGGGCGAUGCCAGAGAUGGAAUUGGGGACCUGCAUGCAAAUCAUGCUCUGUUGCUGCCCUGUCUACAGGCCAGCAAAUAUGUGCUCAACAGGGAGGUGUAUCCAAUCCCAGCUCUAAAUGCAGCUUUAUGGCUCACGUAUUUACAAACGUAACAAUUUCACGCACAUUAAAAUGUUUAUCAGUUCCCUAAAAAGAUCUUGAGUGUGCAGCUGAGGAAACCUAAGAGGUGGGAUCAGAUAUAAUUGGUCACUUUGCCUCUUUUUCUUGCAGGGAGGAGAGUGAGAGUGUUCUGAUGCUCAAAGGACUGACUCCUACAGGUACUCUGCCCCUGGGAGUCCUCUCAGGGGGGAAACAGACUCUACAGACGGGUAUGUAUAUGUCAUAGGUGCCAACUCCCUGUGGGGCCCACAAAAUUCCCCAUGAAGGGCCUGGGCAUCCACAAAUUUUGGUGCCAGGGCCAUGCACGCUGCAUGGCACCCACAGCCCUGGGCACUCAUGGUUGCGGGGCCAAGCUGGCACUCCUAGUAUAUGUGCAGGAUAAGACCAGGUGUGACGUGUUAAGAGAUCAUCUAGGUUUUGUGGGGGAGGCACUGAUAUUUCCACUGUUACCUCCCCUUCCCCUUCCCUUCAUAGUAUCUGCAGUUGUGUCACCAGAAAAGAUGGGCUUUAGAUGUCCCCAUAAGCUUACAGGCCUUUAACUCUGGCACUGAAUGGGGGCGGGGAGAAGCUCAGUUGGUGGAGCAUGGGACUCUUAAUCUCAGGGUUGUGUGUUUGAGCCCCACGUUGGGCAAAAGAUCCCUGCAUUGCAGGGGGUUGGACUAGAUGACCCUUGUUAUCCCUUCCAACUCUACAGUUCUUUUAUUCUAUUAUUCUGUGAAUGAAGCUUAGAGGAGAAUAAUAGGAGAGGCUGAGAACACUUGGACUAAUUUAAUAGAAACCUGGCAAUGGGACUUGAGGGAAGGAUUUCGUCCAAGGCAUUUGUAUGAUGUUGUCAUAGCUGGUGAUCUUGCUGGGAAUAGAGACUUGAAACUUGCAUAGUGUUCUGGAAUCUGUUCUUUGAACAACUAUUCAGAUUUCAUCUCUUUAACAGCAGUUGCCCUUUAGACUUCUGCUGCUGUGUAAGAGCAUGUACAAAUGCCAUCAGCCUGCUUUUUUGUUCCCUCCUGUACUAAGCCCAUCUGUUCUCAGUGCUAACAUUGAAAACUAACAGCUGUGAGUUUGAGAUUCUCUUUCUGGGUAGGUUUUUAAUAUGGACAUUUAUGCUGGUGUUUCAACUUGUGUGUCCUUCUCAGACAGCUUGGGCUGGGGCACAGGCACCAGUGCUUAUGAUGUGUGCAGACCACUUUUUCCUUGGCUUUUUAUGUCAUUUCAUUCUUGUCCUUCAUGGACUGGAACUAAUCUGUGCACAAUUGCCAGCUCCAUAUACACCCAUUGCAGUUUUGAUGAAGAGAAAACAAAACUUAAGUUUACACUGUUGCACUGAGGCACUCUCAUAGCUGUAUACCAGAUGUUAAAACUAUUAAGCUGUUUCUGGUUGUAGAUCAUUCUUUCCUACCCUCUAGUAUAGUGCCACAGCCAGGUUUAGCAUCUACUGAAAGAGAUAAACUGAUGAAAUUAGAUGGAUGAGUGCAAUAGGACAAAUCCACAAACAACUAUUUAAAAAGAAAGAAAGAAUCUAGGCAAGGGGUACUAGCAAAUACCAGGAAGAGAAAGACAUCACAAGACUUGGGUUGAGAUUAAUUAGCUCAGCAUUUUAGGACUCUAGCACACACACAGUUGAUCUUAAACAGGCAACUUAUGAGAUGUGAAUCUGAGAUUCUGCUUGCAAGCAACCAGCCAGCCAGCAUUGGCCAAAUGUGUCUGCAAGGAAGCCCAUGUGCACCAUCAGGUCAGGGCAGCUUGGAUAGUUCUACCAAAUCCCUAUAUAGGCUUCCUGGUCAGACUUGCUCACAGGUCUGCCCAGUAGGAGAUCCAGCUCUUACUGCUCUCUGUUGGCUUUGGGCUACAACUUCCUUGCUCUUGCUUGGCCUUUGCUUCAUCCUGCCCUGAAACUGACAUACACAAACAUGUGUACAAAUAGUGACUCAUCAUGUUGUGCAGUGUUGGAAUUUGUCCCUUCCUUUUGUGAAUAUCAGUGGCAGAUCAUACAAACAGCAACCCCAAAACCUACCAGUCUGGAUGCAUCUUUAGGGAGUCUUCUUCAUGCAUCAUUGUUUGCCUGUACACACUUCCCCAUAAGAAAAAGUUUUAGAGAAGGCCAUUCUUUUUCAAUGACAUUUAGUAUUGUGACUGUCAAUAGCUGAUACAGUUCUGGGGUUUUUCCACACCUGCCAAAAUCAAAGCAAUCAAGAGAUCCCAGCAAAUCUAAAGAACUCAGCUUUCUUAAUGUUGAGAUAAAAUUGCACACCCAAAAUCUGAAGUGUUGGGAAAUUGUGAAUAUUUGCAAAUAUUUUUUCAGCUCCAGUGUAUACUUCCUGUUUUGUCACAUGUACACUCUUCCAGAACAGCACACUUGCUUUUUCCUACAUUAAGGUGAUAUUGUGUUAAAUUUUGUUAAUCUACUGCAGAUAGCACUGAAGAUCAAACUUUGUGGGCAAUCAUGACUGGUUGUGAGGUCAGCAAAUGAGUUAUAGCAACAUGUCUCUCCAGAGCAGGGGUCAGCAAACUUUUUCAGCAGGGGGGCCGGUCCACUGUCCCUCAGACCUUGUGGGGGGCCGGACUAUAUUUUUUGGGGGGAAUGAACAAAUUCCUAUGCCCCACAAAUAACCCAGAGAUGCAUUUUAAAUAAAAGGACACAUUCUACUCAUGUAAAAACACGCUGAUUCCCAGACCGUCCGUGGGCUGGAUUUAGAAGGUGAUUGGCCCAGGCCUUAGUUUGCCCACCCAUUCUCUAGAGGGAACCCUGUGAUCUAGUGUUUUAAUCCUUUUCUGCUGCCAGCCUUCAUGUUUGGCAUUGAGCCAGGUGAUUUUAUUUCUCAUCAAUGUUGGAUGACUUCCUGGUGUACUGGAAAGAGACUUGCUUUGGCACUUGCUAGCCUAGAUUUUAAAUUUCUCACAUGGAAGAAUAUUGUAGCAGAAUUUUCCAUGGUCAAAGGAGGUGGUGAUUUCCCUUCUUUCUUGCAGGGGAAGGCUAGACUUAAUUUUCCAGAUAGUUGAACAUGUUUUUUCUCUCUAAUGGAAUAGGAAGUUGGCAGAUGAAGGUGUAGGUGUCAAGAACUCCCUUUCUUGAGCUCUGCAAUAAAUCAGGCUGAACCAUGUGCUUUAGAGACUGACUAGGUGUCUAAUAACUUGGCUGACUGUUUUUAACUAUUGCUACAUCGGAUUUUUAAACUUCAUAGAAACCUCCAAACAUAAGCAUCUAAAAGCUUCCACUGAAGCGUCAUCACACUGAAAUUAAGCAUAUGAAUUUUAUGAGCAUUGUAACUUUACAGGAUCUGUUUUGAGCUUCAGUAAAGAGAACACAUUCUCCUGCUCAUUUCCUCCUGUUUCUGUCACAUUUAAUCUUCACACAUACCGUAUUUUUCGCUCUAUAACACGCACCUGACCAUAACACGUACGUAGUUUUUAGAGGAGGAAAAUCUGUAGGCAUGCCACCCGUAGGCAUUCCCUCCAUAACACGCACAGACAUUUCCCCUUACUUUCUAGGAGGAAAAAAGUGAGUGUUAUGGUGCAAAAAAUACGGUACUUUUUUUUCUGCAUGUAGUUUCUCUUUCCUCAUCUCCCAACCAAUCCCUGACUUUACAUUUCCCUGCCUUUGUCCUCAUUGCCUGAAAACUCUCCCUUUAUACAUCAGAGCAUCAGCUCUACUUAGGCCCGUAUCCAAGUCAGUUUCAUACCUCCAUUCAUUCCACCUUUUUUAAAAAAUAGCUACUUAGCUAAUAUAAGCCAAAUUAUCUCCUUCUAGAAUUGUCUCUGAGACCAGUGUUCCAUCAGUAACAAUGUCUUAGCACACCUGUUUUUUAAGGUUGUCCUCUCCCAUGCAAGCCUCUGGUAAUCCUGAGGCUGAGAGCUGGCAACUUUACCAAGGCUGCAUAGAGGGAUUUGUGGCUGGCUGAGCAGUGGUUUUCACUAAGGUCCAGCACUGUGUUCAGGGAGGCAUUCAGUCUCCUUUAAUGUGUCAUUUGUUGCAUGAAAAACAGGACUUGUUUCCUGGAUCAUGAGAUCAGAGAUCCUGAACUUUGUCUUGGUCUUCACAAACUUGCAUGCUGUAGCUGUCAGGUAAUGUUUUAAUCCAGCUCCAGCCCAGCACAGAAACCAAGACCUCUUCGUUAUGCCCCCCAAAAUGAAGAGCCUCAACAGGGAUGCUUUAUCACCAGCAGUUCCAGCACUGAGGUGCAACUCAGAUCAAUCCAUGUAUUUCAUAUCAGAGAGUUCCAGUAUGAACUCUCAACACUUGGAAAAAACGUUUGAUGCCAUCAAAGCCUUUGAAGAUAGUGCCUGGAUAUGCCAGAUCUUGAAAACAUGGGAGCUGUGCUCUAGUCAUGUAUCAGAAAGGUCCCCACCAUUACAUAGUGCAUGUGUGAGCAACAGCCAGCCAGGAAGCAUGGCCCUUUUGCCAUGGUGUGCUUUCACCAAGGGCCUAUUGUCACAGCUGUUGCAUCACCCCAAAGCACCAUUCUUUUUGAAGCGAUACUGUGGCACCACCACAAAUCUCUUUCCCAACAAGUUAGGACUUCUGCUUCACAUGGAUUUGAUAAAGGCCGCAUUCAACUGAACUGGAUUUUAACCAGUGCUCCAUUGUGGUUUCAUGAUAUUGAUAUAUGUGUAUGCUGUGGUUAUCUGUUGUAUGUGUAUAUGGUUAUUUUGUUUAAAUGGGAAUUUAGUACACACUUUUAUACACAAUUUGGUCUUGUUAGUGGAUGAUCUGGGUUACUGGGACUCUCAGUGUGGUUAGAGUUCUAUCCAUUGGCAAUCUGUCAUGUACCUUUGGACAGACAUAGGCAAACUCAGCCCUCCAACUCCCAUCAUCCCUAGCUAACAGGACCAGUGGUCAGGGAUGAUGGGCAUUGUAGUCCCAAAACAUCUGGAGGGCUGAGUUUGCCUAUGCCUGCUUUAGAAACUCCCAGGCAAAGUGAGAAGGUAACAUGAAUAUAUAUUUAAAGAAACAUGAACUGUCAUGGCAAAACACACUUUACAGUAGUCAUAUUAUCUCUGGCAGUUUGGAACCACACAGGCCAACACGCAAGAAUGGCCCCCUGACAUUGCUCAGACAUGAUCUGUUUUAUUUAUUUUAAAAGUUAAUUUGUUGUAUGUUGUGCUAGAAUGCUGUGAAAAUACAAAUCAAAGCUAGAGCGUCAAAGCUCAGCAAAAUACAUGUUGCUAAAGUGCUCCUAAAUAAGAAUUGUUCUGUAUUGUUUCUGAAACAACUGCCACAGAUCUCCUUGCGGCUGUCUGAGGGCAGCUGGUUCCAAAGGCAGGGGCCAUAACCAAACCAGCUAUUUGAAGGGGCAUGCAGGAACACUGUGCAGAUUAAAGUUUCUGUUCUAUAGAGAGCUGCUUGCCUUAUUGGAAAUCCCAGUGCAAAGGUAGAGUGGGUGCUUUUUGAUGGCAAAAGCAGAGGAUCUUUGUUCAUAGGAAAUGAUAUGACAUAGCUAUAAAACCAUUUUGGGAGGUGGGAUUGAUCUGGUGUUAAACAAAGCAGGUUAAGUCUGGGGCUGAAGCAUGGAACAAGCAAGUAUCCCUUCUAUUAUACUCUUUUCUGAGGAAAAUAUGUGUUGGUUCCAGCCAUGUGCUGUUGAUAGCAGCUGUGGCUAUUAAAUGCAGCUGUGUGCACCAAUGGGGAUAUGUUGCUGCCUGGUCCUAUCAGUCAUGGAAGAAGCUACCUCCACGACAUCCGUUGGACUCCUGGUUUUGAAAAACCAGUCCUGCCAUUCUCUGUUCUUUUUCCCCUUGGGGCUUGGGAUAAUUAGGUUUAGGGAAGAAAACUAUAACUCCCCUCUGUCUCUCUGCCCUAUUGCCACCAUCCUCUUCCACUGGUUGUCUUCACAAUCCUCCUCGGUUGGGACUGGGAGGGUUGUAGAUCUCUAACAACCAUGGUUAUGUUAAAGUUCACUCACUCUUUUCUGUCUUCAUUUUUGCAUGCCACUGUUCCUUCUGUAUUACAGCCACAGUAGAAGCGGUAGAGGCACGGGAAGGUAUGGCUAGAAUCUUGCAAGAAGCGUGAUGGUUUGUGUGUCUGCUGAUCCUCGCCCCCCCUUCCAAGAGCUUUAUUCUCAGCAGCAGUACGAACGCUUUUUACUCUUGCAUCACCAGAAGGGGGAGAAGGGGAGAGGGACAUGGCCUGGCACACCUCCCACCCCUGGGGUCCAUCCACAUGGGGAGGAUGCACAGAGGCAUCCGUCAAACUCUCUACCCUGCUUCUAUAAUCUCUCCUACAUGGUCUUCAUCAUAGCGUUAGAACUGGGUAGGCUCAAACAGCCAUGGAGAUAUAAUGCUCCAUACUGUGACAUUAUUUCUAUUUUAGAUGAACAAAGCCUACCAUUCUAUGUUGGCUUCAGGGCUACGGUGUGGAAUUGGACCCAUCCCUUGAGACUUCUAGCUGUGCUGAGUUACAGCAAGAGUAUUGCAGCUGGCUCAACCAUGGUAGGCAGACUUGGCAGCUGCCUAGAGUGGCACAACUCCAAUGGGGCUCCUGCCUUGCCAGAAGCAGCAUGCAAGUUGUGUUUUUGGUGUUCCUCUCGAAAGGUUUGUAUCAGCUUCUGAUGGAAGUUGUAAUCUGAAACAUCUUGAGAGUAGCCAGUUUGUUGGGCAAGGCUGGCUUAUCUGUCCUGCCCCGUCCAUCUAGCCCAGUAUUACCUUCUCAAACUGGCAAUGGAUCCAGUAUAUCUCACUCCAGCAAUCACCCCAGAUCCUUUUCCUUGAGAUGCCAGUGAUUGAGCCCAGGACCUUUGGGCAUGCAAAGCAGGCACUCUCCAGCUGAGCUCUAGGAAUGUGGUGCACUCUCAAAAUGACCACCAUGAAUAGGGCAGCAAAGUGCUUCCAACUGGUCCUGAACAAAGUCAUAGAAUGUGCCUCUUUGUGACUCUUCUUGCAGAGCAUGAAGUUGUUCAGGACAUAUUGCUCUCCAGUAACCACCUUUGGCCUUCCCUGUGGGUAGGCUGGUCAGAGCUGUAAUCGUCAAAUGGCUCUGUCUCUUUACUUUCUCACCUCUGUGAUCUGCAGACACAAUUUUUCCCAAUCUUUAAAGGAAUUUGUGCUUUGCAGAAAAAAUAACCAUUCUAAAUUCCUCUAGCUCUUUGCUUUUUCAGAAACAGUGUGCAAAAGGAAAUGUGCUCUGCUCUGGAACUGAUGGAGAGAACAAGACUAUUCCACAUGUGCGCCUUGUCACACUUGAGGCUUUUCUUGGCAUUCCCUUCUUGGUCAUGCAAGAUUUAAAAAAUAUAUCUACUGCUUUUUUUAUCCAAAGAUUAGUUUCAUUCUCCCAUUCUUUGUUGUGUUGUGAGUGUGUGGUGUUGUAUGUGACUUUGAUUUAGUCCUCACUAUUAUUUUUGAUUUUAUGUUUUUCAGUUUUCAAAACUAUGCUGCUGUUUCACUGCACUAAUGCCUCGAUUAUUGAGCACAUAUCUGACUUGAUUCUUUUUUUCUUCCAAGAUUAGGCCAGGAAUUGUACUGAGAAAAAAGCAAUACUAAUGAAAGUCCCUUACAGGGGUAAUUUUGCCUAGGAGUUUAGGCUGGAGAGUCAGUUUUAAGAGCAUCGAAUGUUGUUUGAGAGGGCAUCUGUUCCUACAGUGUAUACAUGUAUAUAUAUUUUUGUCUCAUUGUCACGUCUACUCAAACAGAUGCAGCAGGCUUUUGAAGCAGUGCAAAAACCAACUGAAUUUGUUUUUGAACAGUGACCAGUGGAAUGAAUGUACACACUGUGAACAGAAAUCCUUCUUUCAUAACAUCUUCAGCUCUGAGAGGAAAAUAUUUCCAGCCUUACUUAAAGAGACGUCUUUUCACAUCAUGGGCAUAAUAGUUUGUCCUGUCCAGUGUAAAAAAAAACCCGUACCACCUCCCCCAAGUCAGACGCAUGCUCCAUAGUCACAGCUCUGCAUAGUAACUGCAGGAUGGUAUGUGUGCACAUUUGAGCAACCAGGCUUGGAAACUUGCUCUGAUUCCUUUUUCUCGCUCUUUCUCCUCCACUCUAGCCAUCCGUGGAUUUUCGCCACAGCACAAGAUCCGCAGCUUUGAAGAAGCAAGGGGACUGGACCGUGUCAACGAGCGCAUGCCGCCACGCAAGGAUUCCAAGCACCCCGACGGGCCGGUGAACUUAACCUCCACAAACUCUGCGGAAAAGAACGGGAUGGGGAAGAAAGCCCAGUAACAGUUCAGGCGCCGCCCACUCUGUCUCACUAAAGGAUCCAAAACUUAAUGAAUUCUAUUUAUUUAUUAUGAAGGGGGAGGGCAAGGGGGGGGAAACCAACUUAGCCUGGAGGCACAUCCAUAAUCCAGUUUGCAUCCAUUCUGUAAGAGAGGUGACCAUUUUGUAAGUUUUUAAAAUUUUAUGUUCAAUAUAUAAAAAGUCAUCUUUUUUUAAUUUAGGAAUGGGUCUAAAUACUAGUACAUAUAUAAAGUGUUGUUUUGUACAGAUUGCCUGUCCCUGCCAGAAGGGAAGGAGCCUGUGCGUGUGGCUGGGGGGGUGGGAGGAAGGGAAGCAGAAACAAGCCAGGGCAGCUCUGGGAUCUGAUUUUAUAAUGGAACCGUUUCAAGUUAUCCUUGUUUUUUAAAAGUGGCAACUUUCAUUUGAAAGCAACAUUUUUCUCCUCCCAGAUUUUGCUGUGUUUCUUCUAUUUCACACUGCAUCUGAUGCUCCAGCAGUUGACUUCCAUUAAAGGCAUGUUGCAUAGGGCAAUUGGUAAACUUUCUCCUUUUUGGAACCCUGUGUCACAAGGCAAAUGUUGACAUGCGCAGGUCAGCUCCAGCUGAAUGUCUGGAACUGGAGAAAAGGAUCUACCUAAUCCUGCCUCUGCCCCUUCAGAUGUUGCCAUUGAUUUCCCUUCAGGAAUCCAGUUUCAGGAGAGAAAUGAAUUCUCUUGGAAUAAACCAGUAGGUGGGCUUUGAUGAAUGUGAUCUUGCAGUCUCCAUUCAUCUUGAGUUCACCCAGCUGGUUGCUCAUGUCGUUCCAUGAACAUAACCAUAUUUGACAUCACACAGGUGGGAUUUAUGUGAUUUUCUCUGACAGGAAACUAACCUCCACAGAUUGUCAUGGACUCAUAUUCUUAAUGUAAAAAAACUGUACAAAAUUAGUAUUUUAGGAGUGAGAUACUUUCCCUUCUUCCCACAUAAUAUUCCUCUCCCACGCUCCAUGAUGUGAGCUCCAGCACAAAAUCUCUCUGUGAUAUGUCCCCCAGGAACCCGCUUCAUUUCCAAUUCAUGGCUUUAGCUCUACCUGGAUAGUGUGGGAAACGUGAGGUGUAGGAGGAAAGGUAAAGUUUUGUGCAGAGUUCUGCACAUCAGCAGCACUGCUUCCUUUGUCUUUGUGUAUCCUAUGUGGGACAAGUAGAAAAACCCACAGUGGUUAUAAAUGGGUGCUCACUUGGGAGUCUCCCUUGAGGGGGGAAUGGGCAGAAGUAGACCUGUGAAGGCUCCCACGUUCGGCUCCUGCAUACAACUGGCAAAGCUCUCCUGGGCUGACUAUAAAGGGCUUCUUGGUAUCUCAAGGGCACAGCCAGCAAUGAACGGCUGAUACUCCGGCCCCUGUAAUUAGCGUCAAAGUGAUGCUACAGCGUUUUGUGAUCAACAGCGUUUUGGACCAAAUUUUCACAAUCAAAGCAUUUCCCAUCAGCAUUGGCUCAUGGUUCUGGGAGUGCCUAAUCCCACUAUUUUCUGGUCAAUGCCAGGCUGUAUUCAGUUUAAUUCUGCCCAGAAUAGACCCACUGAAAUUAAUGGACCUAAGUUAGUCAUGUCCAUUAAUUUAAGUGGAUCUACUCAUCGAGUGUGACUAGCUUAGGGUACAGCUUCAUUGAGCUCCUUUUAAGAGGCAGCAUGAGUGAAGAGGCAGGUUGUUUCAGCUUUGUAACAGGAGACACUACUGCUUCCUUCUUCCUCAUUACCCCAAAACCAACAGUAGCUAUAUGUGGAAAGGGUGUUUGCAAGGAGGCUCACUCGUGGCCAGGAGCCCUGAUGGGCCACAACACAUGCUAGGGAGCUUCACAGUGCCCACCUGCCAUCAUAACUUUGUGUUUACUAUGGAAAAUUCUGGCAUACUUGUGGCAAGCACUUUUGCCAUGUAAAAUGUGCAGCUCCCAGGUUUGCAUCUGGAAACCCUAAACCUGUAACUUUUGCAAAGGGCAGGAGACCUUUGGGCAGAUUCCUUAGCACUUCUCUUGAAGUAUAAUAAUAACAUGAUUGAUUGUUUGACAGAAUGCGUCAGUCUUGUUCUCUGCCAAGUGUUGCAAAAACCACUAAGGGCUCUACAGAUGUGUGCAAAAUGUUUACUGCAAGCUGAAUAGGUGACCUGUGAGUAUAGGGGUAAUGUACUGUGCCCGUUUUGUAAUGAAAGCAGUACGUUUUCUCAUACUGCCAGAAAGGAAGUCACAGGCAGGUCGGCUUUACAGGUUGGUGAGAGGGACAAAUCUUAAGAGAGAAGAUGCAAUCCUUUUGGCUCUUUUUAGUGUGAGUGAAUAGCCAAAUUACAUUGUAUGGAGAAACUUCGGUAGAACUGAGUGGGGUUUUUGAGGAGAAACUGUUUAGUCAGCAGCUUGAGCCUGAGGUCUUCAUUCUUUGAGGGAUAUUUAUUCAAGUCAGAGUUGGAAGCAAGGGGAUUAUGUUCUAAUGUGCCAAAGAAUAGCAACCAAACAGAUGUGCUUGGAAGAAGGGAACCCUGUGUGUAGAAUUGAGCCUGUUUAGUUUUUUUUAUCCUGACUCUGAUGGAAGCCAGGUGUCGGUGGCAACUGUAUUAUUAUUAUUUAAGCCAAACUUGGUAAUUCAUUGGAAAGUGGUGCAGAUACCUUCCUCCUGGAGUUCAACCAUUACCCUUCCAGGCACUGUUUGGGGUAUGUCUGAAGCAGUCUUCCACAGGGCCAUUCUUUCUUCUGCCCUCUUGUAACUUAGUGAUGUUACACAAUCAGACAGCAUAGAGGUGUUGCAUAAAAGGAUGCCUCUUAAUCACAGUGCUGCUGACUAUUUUUCACUUUGAACAUAGGCUUUCUCCGUUCAUAAUUAUUUCACAUCUUGGUUGAGAAUUAUGAAACGGCUUUGUUUGCAUUUUCAAGCAGAUGCAACUUUGGGAUUAUGUACUCAUGACUAUCCUUUUUAAAUGAAUGGGUGCUUUGAAACAGUGCAAACAUUUGUUCCUCUUGAAGAUGAAGGGAUUUUAUUUAUGUUAAAGCUAUGCACACCUCUUAUGGCUUCUGUUGGAGAAAACCAUGGCACUUAUUCUUUCAGAACAACACUGAUAGCAAUCUCUUCCAGAGAGAUCUCAUGUUUGCUGCUUGGUAGGAUGCAGACAAUCUGGCUUUAAGUGGAGUGUCUUCAGUUUAAGAACUGCAGAUUCUUACAAUUCAAAGGGAAUUAACACCUUUGCAUCUACCUGGCUUGACAUGGUUGUUGCUGCUGCUGGCUGCUCUCAUGAUGUUCCCAGGAACAUACAAAAACUUCCACCCAUGUGGUUGGGCUUCCUUGCAUGUGUGCAUAACAUGCAUAUGAUAGACCUUCCAAGCGAGGUGGGCAUUACAUACAUGUUGAGUGAAUAUGCAAGCAAGCCCAGCUAUGUGAACAGAAGUCUCUAUAUAGCCCAGGGAGCCACGUGGAAGGCACCGCUGGGAGCUCUGGUGUCACAGGACAAUUUCUGGGCCCUUUGGUGUAACAAGAAUAAAGCUUGGCUAGCACAAUCCUAUCUCUCUCUCUUGGGCAGAUAACAGCCAUCAUGCUUCUCCCAUUCAUCAGCUUUUGGAAGUUUAAAUUCAUGGCAACAAUACAUGGCCCCUCUUCUCUCACUAGACACAGUUGAAAUGUUGCGCUUGGACUGCUGAUUUGUUAAAGCGAGAAAUAUUUGGGCCCUUCUCUUAGCUGAUUCUUGCAAAAUAGCCAGGUAUGUCCUUCCUUCACCUCUUCCUGCAUCUCUUUGUUCCCUGUUUUGAUUUUUCUCCUCUCAGGUGAAAUAGUAGUCUUAAAAAUAUGUCCAUUUGGUGCCCCUUAUGCCCCCAGAGUUCUGACAGGAUUCCAUUUGCUCUUGGAGGAAAGGGAGGCUGCUGAAACAGCCAGGCUGGGCAACUGUCCCAAGGAGGGGCAACUCUGAGGCAGGAGGGCCCACUUGGGGUCUUUCCUGUUCCUUCAGAGUUGCUUUGACACUAAAGAAAAAUGUAUUCCCUGUUCCAUGUACAAAGACAUGACUCGCUGGCUGUCAGGCCAAGCCUAUGCUCUGGUUGCCAAGGGAACGCUGGCUCUGGGGCCUCUUUGCUUCCUGCUCACAGCAUGCAGCGUUCAGGGGUGGGGAGCUGGAGGGGAGAGUGGGUGUUAAUUUACCCCCCCCCCAUUAGCUCGUGCGCCUUCUGUAACAUGCUCUCAGCUAGCUUCCCCAAGUUUUCAUGGAAAGAGUGAGCUAAAUUCCUGGUACCCUGAAGACACAGACAGGCACAGUGUCUUGUGUGCUGAAGUCCACCCUUUCUCCCCUGGAGAUCCUUGCUGCUUCUUUCCCCCCACCCCUGUGCUAGCAAACUAGAGUUUGAAAUGCAGUGUGGAAAGCAGCACUGAAGCCUUGCGCUUCCCCUCUCUCCUCUGACUUGGGAAAGACAGCUGCCAGCCAAGGCUACCACCCCUUUCUGGCAUGGACGUAGCACCAGCUUCUCUAAGGCCCAGUGCCAAGGAGACAUUCCUUGAUCUCAGCCAGGGCUCCCUCUUAACCAAAAAUGUGAAGUUGAUGAGAACCCAGAUGAGAACCAUAAUAAACGCUGGAGACCCACUUAACCCUCAAACCAAAUGUUCUUGGACCCCAGCUCCCAUCAGCCCAUGGUAAGGAACGAUGGGGCUUUUAAAAUCCUAACAUCAUCAGGAGGGGCACAGGUUCUUCACCCCUGCCUUGAACUAUGCAUGUGAGGUGGCAAGUGCUUGAGAGGUAGGGAAUGUUGCACCCACAGCACCCUUGGAGGUCAGAAGAUGACAACCUAAGAAGCCAUACUCUGAAAGGAGCAGCCAUUAACCACAUGAAAACGUGACGUCCCAGCAGGCAAUUCCAGCUGUCCAGUGCUAUAGCUUUACAUGGGGGAGUGGGGAUUGCUGACCAGAGCAGUGGUGGGUUGCAGGGCAGGAGGGGGGCUUAGAUAUGAGAUGGCCCUCUCUAAUUCCCCCCACGCCCAAAUACUGGGGAAAUGCUCCUGGGCCAGCUGCCCCAUCCCACCUGAAAAACCAGCAGCGAAUCUGUCUUAGAGCCGUGAAUGCUUCAAGAGGCCUUGCCUCUGCUCAUCAUCCCACCCAUUCUCCACCACUUUGCUGUCGUUGUUGUUUUGCUUUUUAAUUUCAGGGACAACCAUGAGCAACGAAAGCAGAAAAAGAAACAUUUUAAAAGCCAAGAAAGCCCGCCAGCCCAUGGGACUUCAGUGUAUUAAAGGCUGUGUGUGCUACCCCCUUACUGUGAGGUUGCCUAUAAGCACCCUUUUUAAAAAAUAAAAAUAAAAAUUGUCUUGCAUGAUUUUAAAAAGCAAGAAAAAGCAAGGUGCAUGUAACAAGGAGGGGAGUCAACAGUGGGUCUUCCAAACUUCAGGACAAAGGUGCUUUCACCUUAUUGAAGAGAACCUGCCCUGUCAUGGUGCCACAGCCUGCUUGCACCUCCCCAGUUUAGCUAAUCUUGAUUCUGCUACCAGAGCCUCGUGUCAGCUUGGCUCCAUCCCAGAAAAGGUGGAAUCACAAACCCCAGGAAAGGUGUGGGUGAGGACUGAGGUUCUUGAUUCUGAAGUCGUGUUUGCCCAUUGUCUGGAGGCUGACUCCUUUCUUUUCUUGCUCUUUUUUUAGUUGCGUUUAAAGAAGAAUGGUGAAGAAAUGUUAUUUAUUGGCAGAAAUUAUUAAAUAUAAUUUCUCUUUUGUGAACAAGGAAUGAAUUUGUUAGAACUGUCUUACUGUAAAUUGGAAAGUCAUCUUUAAGGGGGGGGAGUUAAAAAUUAAAUGACAGUUGUUUGGCUCUGGUGUCCUUUUUGGGAGUUCUUGAGUGGCAGCGCACUUCAGACAUUUGCAAAGAAGGCUCUGAACCCUUUUUAUAUUUCUGACUUCUUCAGGGGUAGCGGGAAUAUCCUUUGAUGGUACAUGGCAGACUGCACUUCCUGCCUUGUUUUGAAGUUCUCUUUGUCUGGGUUAAAGUAGUAGUGGACCAGUUGAGAAAUGAGGCACUAAUUAUCAAAACAUAAAAAGUUCUACCCUCAGUCAACUUUGUAAAAAUUGCAAAUGCAGUUGGCACACCUGCUGAAUAGAUACCCAAACCGUGGCUUGGUUUGUUUUGAUGUCUUCUCAAUGGAACACCCCUGCAAGAAUUAGUAGGAACUCAGUACAAACCAUGCUAAAUUGAUUCCCUUCUCCUCCCUCAAGACAGUCUACACCAGUCAGGGCUGAAAGGUGGAUAGCAAAUAGAAUGUCUGGAUGCAUCAGAAUGCCUCCUUCUCGCCUGGGUGCCCAUCUGAUUUCUCUGCUGAAGAACGCCUGUGCAUUGCAAAGUGUUCUGGGGUAUAAUUCCAAGGGGGGCUGGCCUCACCACAGUCCUGUACAAAUUAAAGUUGAUGCCCUAUGCAUGUCUAUUUGAGAAUGUGUCUGGGUUUCACAAAUUACCUACAAUUAUUGAGAAAGGGUCGCCAUAUUAUUAUUAUUUUUUCUUCUCAUUGCGCCAGGAGUGCCAAACUGCCUUGGUUCGGCCCUGCUGGCCAGUAGAAGAGAAUAAGCUUGAUUGGCAGGCUUGAGACAUAAAAUGGUGGUAAUUGGUUAGGCCUGGGGUGGAGGUGAGAGCAGGUUAAAGGGUGAGACCUGUGACUUUUUAAUGGAUAUUCAUUUUAGAUGAGAGACUUUUUUCUUUUUCUUUUUUUAAGUAGCUGGGGUGGGGAAUGGAAACUGACCUUGCUUUUCUAGAUGCAGGACAGCUAGCUCGGCUUUUUUGCUCUAGUAGUUGAUUGACAGCCAUAGACUCAUGUCUUGGAUAAAGAUUAUCUCCAUCUUCCAGCAGUGGACAGCAGUGGUCUGAUUUGCUCUGGACUAAUGACCGCAUCUGAAACGAUAUGUUCCAGAGAAGUAGCCAGGUUAGGCGGCGGCGGCUGCUGCAAAAGAUGCCUUUGAGGAUACUGCAUUUCUUACCAUCCAACCUAACCAGUUCCUAAGAAGUUCCGUGCUGCAGGUUGUCGACUGCUCUUGCAGCAGUUUCUCAAGUGUUCCUGUCUGAAACCACAAUUCAAAAUCAUUGCAGGGCUCCAUAAAGACUAGGCAUAGAUGAUGAAUGCUCAGUAAAGAGCCCCAAGAAGAGGGAGGGAGGCUGAAUUGUUCUUGAAGGGCACUGCAUGGUUAAUUCACUGUGCCUGAAGGCAACAGAUACCUUUGGAGCCCACAGCAGCAAUACUAAAAUAUCACCAGCAGGUGGCGGUGAUUCCUUGAAGAUGAAGUGUGAGAAAAGCUAAUCAAUUGAGUGCAUUUAAGGAAACAGAAGACAGAACAGGUGAGAGAAGGAAAGCCACUACCUGUUUGAGUGGGCUGCGCUAGGCUAGGCUACAUGCUCAAAAAGGCAAUCCCAUAAUAGAAUCGGAGAGUUGGAAGGGACCCCAACGGUCAUCUAGUCCAACCUCCUGCAAUGCAGGCAUAUGCAGGUGGCCCAUAUGGGGAUUCAACCCACAAUCUUGGUGUUAUCAGUACCACACACUAACCAACUGAGCUAACUGUCCAUCCUGGCAGUGCUUCUCAGAACAAGUGUAAGACUUCUUCUUAGACCACGCAACCUGAGUGCUGGGCGCUUUUGCUUCUGAAUCGUAGGUGCUGAGUAGCAGGGGGGCCAGGGCCCCUCACCAAUAUUUCUGAUGAAAUGGAUGAGCAUCCCCAAAGUUCUACAGCGGCAAGCCACGGAGCGUCCACACGUCAGCAUGCCUUGCACCAUGCGCAAGGGAUGUCAGCACACCGUGGAGCAUGCUGGUGUCAUGCGUGCCUGCUGUGGGGUGUGCUGAAGUUGCGUGGCUCUGGGCCCCCUCAAUUGGGGGGGGGCAAGGAGGCGCGCAUGCUCUUAAUAGUAUAAAAUGUUGGUGGCAUCCAUCUGCCUCGGGAGACCAUGGAGGAGUGCGCCAUUCAGGAUGAAGUCUAACUAUUGGAAGGAGACGAGUUUUGCUGCAGCUGGGGCAAAGGAGCGUGGCCGCUUGUGCUGCUGCAGAGGCACCUGCUGUUUCUUCUCUCUGCGCUCCUCCCAGCGCUCAUUCCUCUUCUGGUCACUGCAAUGGAGACACGUCCUGAUUGUCUGUCUCCAGGAACUGCAGUUGUCUGCAGGGGAUUCCACAAGGCGCAUUGAUGGCGAGCUGGACAAGCCUAGUGGCAAGGCAGCUACGGCAAUGGCUGGCCUCUCCAGAAGGAUAUGGGAGAAUGGGAUGCUAGGUCUAAUCCCAAAAAGGAGGUCUACCAGGUGUGCAUGAUGGGCACGCUGCUUUGUGGAAGUGAGUCAUGGGCAACUUACAACCAUUAGGAGUGACACCUCCGUGCCUUCCACAUGUGCUGCCUCAGAAAGAUUUUGGGUAUCACAUGGCAUGACAGCAAGCAUGAAACUGCCAUUUUAAAAUGUUUUGUUGAAAUAUUUAUCUUGGACUAUUCACUUCAAAGUGGGGGGAUGGUGUUGGCAUGUCAGGCCUGCAGAGGAAGAUGUGGGGAGCAGCACGACAUGCCCCUGGGGAGGGCACAGUACUUUUCUUGGGGGGGGGAGUUGCCUCAAGUGGCAAAAUGGCCCAGCACUGAAAAGAGGGGUGUUCGGAUUAUUCUUUUUGACACUGUUGAUAGUUUUUUAAAAAUAUCAAACUCCACACUUGUAUACAGAUUUUUAGCAAUGAAGCAGCUUGGUCUGGGACUACUGAGAAUACCAUUGUAUUAUGGAACACCUUGUUAAAUACAGAGGGUUCUCACUGGCAAGGGAGGUGCACUCUGUACAUGCCCAUUCCCUUUAUUUAUGAGGCCCAUAGUUCCUAAGUAAUUUUCUUGCACUAUACCUCGUAAACUCCUUUUCUACCCAUAGGCCUUUAUUUACCAUCCCGUGCACAGUCCCAUUGACCCCAGGGCCAGGGGGCCAACACUGACCACUUUGGGAGACCCUCUUUAGAGUGGAGCCUAGAAUGGGGUGACCAGUGUGUGCCUCAGUAGCUUCCUCUGGUAUGAGCAGAGCCUCUGAGCCCACCCCCUUGCUUACUGCCCCCUUUCUCAUGAGGAGGUGAGGUUAGUCACCUUAUUUCCCCACCAAGAAGGAGAGAGAGCUGAAGGAGUAAGAAGAGCAGCUUUCCUUCUGCUGCUUUCAGUUUUAUGCGCUUUUUAAGGCUCUGUGCAUCAUCUGAGCAGCUGUGAAGGGAAAGGAGUGGCUGAGAGGAUGGGAGAGGAAGGGGGGCAAUCUAGGAGAUGGCUGUGGGGAGCCAGCAAAAGAGAGUCCAUGUGCCCAUGCAUGUGCGUGCGCAUGCACACACGCUCCUACACCCCUACAUCUGAUCCAGUGAAAUAAAUACAGUGGUACCUCAGGUUAAGUACUUAAUUCUUUCCGGAGGUCCGUACUUAACCUGAAACUGUUCUUAACCUAAAGCACCACUUUAGCUAAUGGGGCCUCCCGCUGCCGCCGUGCCGCUGGAGCACAAUUUCUGUUCUCAUCCUGAAGCAAAGUUCUUAACCCGAGGUACUAUUUCUGGGUUAGCGGAGUCUGUAACCUGAAGCGUCUGUAACCUGAGGUACCACUGUACUCCUUAACCUGCCUACUCUCCUUAAAAAACAAACUCAGAUCACAGAUUAUAUCUAUCUCCUUCAAAUUAGCGGUAAACAAUGACAGAUCCUGUGCUUUCUUGCAUGGCCGUGCUGUAAAAGCAGAGAUCCGAGACAUGGAUCCUUAUUGAUCCUCUUAACCUUUACAACGGAUUCCCUCACAACCACCAUCAAAUCAUAGAAAUCAUAGGUCAUUCCUGAGCCCACAGGUGUGUUCUGUGAUUUAUUGGAGGUUUUAUUGUCAUUGCCCGGGCAAAAAUCUUAAAGGUUAAAGUGGAUCCUUUAUUUGGAUCCAUGUUUUUCUGCUGCUGGCAAGUGCUGCCUCUGGGACGCCCCCUCCUUGCAGUCUACCAAGGUAUGUUUUAAUUUUAUUGGGUGUGGGGUGUAAAAAUCAUACAAAUUCAAGCAGAUUCUAUUUAAUUCUAUGGAAUCUGACUUUUACCCAGAUUCCAUGGUUAAGAAAUGAAUAUUGGGGGCAGGGGCGGGUAUGUGUGUCUUUCUGCACACCUGCCUGCUUUCAGUGACCUUCUCCCCCUCCCUGGGAGAAGGAAGUCACCCGGGGUGAACUCCCUUAAAAUUAGAAACCUACCCAGGGUCCAAAAAACAAUGGCACCCCCUGCACAUUGCAAGGGAAUGCUGACGUUUUCUCAUGGAAGCGCAGGGAGUUCUUCCACAGAAACUCCUGGACUUUUCAAGGAGACAGUUUGAGAAAUCCCUGGUUUAUCACCAAGCUGCAGAGAGUUUCCCCCCUUCUGAUGACACAUUCUCCUCCUUGCAUCCCCGGGAAGCCUGUCUGCGGCCCUCUCACAAAGGCAAAGCUUAACCCUGGAACUAUUCCUGGCAAGAAGGCUUGACUAGCCAGCUUUUGUUAUGCAAAGUCCUUUCCUUUUCCCUUUUCUGCCUGUAUUUGGAUCAGCCUUACCUAAUUGAUGCUGGCAUGGUUGGCAGUUUGUGUUUCAGACACAAAGGCUAAAGUCCAUGUGAGUCAUAUUGCAAGUUCUAGGAAGCAAGCAGAAAACAAAAGGUUGCCGUGCCAGUGGAAGGAGGCAGGGAUCUGCUUACAAGGUGGAUGAAAUGAGGACACCACCGUCCGCUGAGGCUGCUCUGCUGGAGGCUUCCUAUCAGCUUCAAUGGGCCUUGCAUCGGAAAGCUCCCCAGUGGAUUGUCCUAUGUUAAACAGCAAUUUCUAUUUUUCAACCUGACCAAAAAACCAAAAAGAAAACCUUUAGCCCAAAGGAUAUGGCAAGUUUUGGGUUAGAGUAACACCUAACUUCUUCUUAACCUCUACGCUUGAAGACCGUAUUUUAUCCAGAUGGUACAGAGCAAUUCAAGACAAAAUCCAUAGUUUAGGCAUUGCCCUCGAGAGCCUCAAAGUAUGUGACGAAAAUCACUCAUUCCAAUUAAUCAAGCAGCAGCACUAUGACCACGAAAGACAGCACUUGUUACCUCAUACUCCGAGAUCUUGUUCUCCAGAGGCCUUAGGUUUCACAACACCCUACGGAACCUGUGCCAAUUAUCUAAAGGAUCUACUACUCCCUUCCCAUCGAAGACCCUUUAUGCUUGCGAGACUAAAUGCUUUCCCCUCUGCAGUGACCAAAGGCAGAUUCUCACACAUUCCAUUUCAAGCCCCUUUGUGUGCCUGCAAUCAAGAAGUACCCGAUUCAAUGGACCACAUUCUCUUU